GAGCAGUCGUGCAUUCCCCGCCUCGCCUCGGGUGUAGGGAUUGCAAAAAACAAAACUACACCGUCAAGACUGUGUAGUUUUGUUUUUAUGAUUAGAGGCUCUUCAAUUCUCAUGCUGGGAUUGUCUAAAAAAACCUUACUCUGGAUAAGGACGUCGUUCAAGAAGAUUUCGUUGGGCUUAGCCCACUCUUGCAGGCACUUUGAGAGAUCAGAGUGCCUGUAAAGAUGACGACGAAAGCUCCAACAUUUACACAGCCCUUACAAAGUGUUGUGGCACUGGAGGGUAGUGCCGCAACCUUUGAGGCUCAUAUUAGUGGUUUCCCAGUUCCUGAGGUGAACUGGUAUCGGGAUGGCCAGGUUCUCUCUGCUGCAACUCUGCCCGGUGUGCAGAUCUCGUUUAGUGAUGGCCGCGCUAGACUGGUGAUCCCCACCGUGACAGAAGCCAACAGCGGGAGAUACACUGUGCAAGCCACCAAUGGAUCUGGGCAAGCGACUAGUACUGCUGAGCUGCUUGUCACAGCUGGAACAGCACCACCAAACUUCUCACAACGACUACAGAGCAUGACUGCAAGACAAGGAAGUCAAGUUCGACUUGACGUGAGAGUGACUGGAAUCCCUACACCUGUGGUGAAGUUCUAUCGGGACGGAGUAGAAAUUAAAAGUUCCCCCGAUUUUAAAAUUUUACAAGAAGGAGACCUUUACAGCUUAAUAAUUGCAGAAGCAUAUCCUGAAGACUCCGGCACCUAUUCUGUAAAUGCCACAAAUAGUGUGGGACGUGCGACUUCAACAGCUGAAUUGCUAAUUCAAGGCGAGGAAGAAGCCGUUCCUGCUAAAAAGACAAAGACGAUUGUUUCGACUGCUCAGAUUUCACAAACAAGACAAGCCAGAAUUGAAAAGAAGACUGAAGCCCACUUUGAUGCCAGAUCACUUACAAGUGUUGAAAUGAUUGUAGAAGGUGCAACCACCCAACAGCUCCCACACAAGGCACCUCCACGAAUGCCUCCUAGACCUACAUCAAAAUCACCAACCCCGACAACUGCGGCAAAAGUACAAAUGGCACGACAGCAAUCACCAUCGCCCGUCAGACAAUCACCAUCACCUGUAAGACACGUCAGAGCACCAACACCUUCACCAGUAAGGUCGGUUUCUCCUGCUGGGAGAAUCUCCACCUCACCUAUUAGACCAGUGAAAUCUCCAUCUCCAAUCCGUAAACCACAUGUAGUGACAACUGGGACUGACGUCCCUCCUCCAUGGAAGCAGGAAGGGUAUGCUGCAACCAUGGAAGCCCAGAUGAAGGAAACAAGAGUAUCUACGAGCACUACCCAAGUGACUGAAGAAAGAUGGGAGGGGAGAUACGGGGUCCAAGAACAAGUUACUGUUACUGGCGCUACGGCUGGCGAGGCGGCCCCUGGUGCUAGAGAGGUGAGGAAGGACAGUGAAAAAACAGCAGCUAUUGCUACAGUUGUUGCUGCUGUGGAUCAAGCCAUGGUGAGAGAACCAGCUCCAGGUGUUGUAGAGCAAGCUGCUAAAAGGACAGCAAUGACUGCAGUCCACGUUCAGCCUGUUCAUGAGCAGAUGAAAAAGGAGGCAAUGGUAGUAGUUACCAGUGAUAAAGCCACAAAACAAACAGUGAUAUCGAGAACUAGAGAAGGCAUUGUAACUUCACAAGAACAAAGACACAUCUCUCCUGAAAAGGUGAGAAAAGAACCAGAGAAAACUCCAGUACAGACAGUAAUAAUUGCCACAGACAAAGCCAAAGAACAAGAAAGAAUAACAAGAGCCAGAGAAGAAAUAUCUACCAGACAUGAGCAAGUGCACAUUGCUCAUGAACAGAUAAGAAGGGAAGAUAUGAAACCUUCUGUACCUAAGGUAGUAAUUUCUACUGAUAAACCUAAGGCACCGGUCAUAAUAUCGAAAAGUACAGAAAGAGUUGCCACCAAACAAGAACAAGUGAGCAUAACACGUGAAAAGGUUCAAGCUGGAAAAAAGGCUGAAGCUGUAGCUACAGUCGUUGCAGCAGUUGAUCAGGCACGUGUUCGAUCACCCUGGCAGCCAGAACAAGCAGAUGAAGCUUAUGUAAAGGAGAAAACUUUGGAAUAUGGUUAUAAAGAGCACACUGUUACAGACCGUGGUUCUGAGGUCCCAGCAGAACGCCAUGUUGUCACUAAAGAAGUCAAAACUGUCUAUAUUCCUCCUGAGAAACAUAUAUCAGCUCCUGAAAAGCAGGAAUUUCAUAUAUCAAAAGAGAUAAAAAGAACGACAGAACUUGAGAAAACAAUUCAUGUUGAACCGCCGCGACCUCGCACAGCAAGUCCUCACUUCACGGUCUCCAGAGUUGCUGUUCCUAAACAAGAUCAUACGUAUGAGGUUUCAAUAGCUGGAUCUGCCAUGGCUACUCUGGAAAAAGAGUUAUCAGCUACUUCUGCUGUGCAAAAGAUCACCAAGCCUGUAAAACCACCUCAGCUAAAGCCUCAUGAAGUCAGGACAAAAACAGAGCCAGUUGCCCCUCCAGAGUUCCCCUUUGGAGAGGCUGCUGAGACGUAUAAGAGUCACUAUGAUGUUGAGACUAAAAAGGAGACAAGCAUUAGAAGUGAAGCAGUGAGGACAGAACACUUGAUGCUGCAUAAAGAAGGUGAAGCAAAGGUGACAGAAACUGCCAGAGUUCCUGUGCCUGCAGAAAUCCCUGCUACUCCACCCACCUUAGUCUCAGGCCUCAAAAAUAAGACUGUGACUGAAGGUGAGUCUGUCACUCUGGAGUGCCAAAUAUCUGGUCAUCCUCAGCCUACAGUGACAUGGUACAGGGAAGACUACAAAAUUGAGAGCUCAAUGGACUUCCAGAUCACCUUCAAAGCAGGACUUGCUCGCCUUGUGAUUCGUGAAGCCUUUGCAGAGGACAGUGGAAGAUUUACCUGUACUGCUACCAAUAAGGCUGGCAGUGUCAGCACUUCUUGCCACUUACAUGUGAAGGUUACUGAAGAAAUUGAGACUCGAGAAACCAUUUCAGAGAAGACUGUUGCAGAAGAGAAACGCUAUGUGGAGACAAAGGACAUUGUAAUGGAAGAUGUCUCUGCUGCAGCAGAGGAAGUAUCGGGAGAACCCAUACCUCCUUUCUUCAUAAGAAAACCCAUGGUGCAUAAAUUAAUUGAAGGUGGGAGCAUUGUUUUUGAAUGCCAAGUAGGGGGCAACCCAAAGCCACAUGUCUACUGGAAAAAAGGCGGAGUUCCUCUAACGACUGGCUACAGAUACAAAGUGAGUUACAAAAAAGAAACCGGGGAAUGCAAACUUGAAAUUUCCAUGACUUUUGCCGACGAUGCCGGAGAAUACACUAUUGUUGUUCGUAAUAAUCUUGGAGAAGCUUCUGCAACGGUCUCCUUACUAGAAGAAGCUGAUUACGAAGCCUACAUAAAAUCGCAACAAGAAAUGAUGUACCAAACUCAAAUGACUGCAUAUGUACAAGAACCUAAAGUGGCUGAGGUAGCCCCACCCAUUUCCUAUGGUGACUUUGAAAAAGAGUAUGAGAAAGAACAAGCUCUAAUUAGGAAGAAAAUGGCAAAAGAUACAGUGAUGGUCAGAACUUUUGUAGAAGAUGAGGAAUUCCAUAUUUCUUCUUUUGAAGAAAGACUUAUCAAGGAAAUUGAACUCAGAAUUAUUAAAACUACCUUACAUGAACUUCUUGAAGAAGAUGGAGAGGAGAUGAUGGUUGACAUUUCUGAAUCUGAAGCUGUAGAAGCAGGAUUCGAGUUAAGAUUAAAAAAUUACAGAACCUUUGAAGGGACAGGAGUUACCUUCCACUGCAAGACAUCUGGAUAUCCAUUGCCAAAGGUGGCAUGGUACAAGGAUGGCAAACGUAUAAGGCAUGGAGAGCGCUACCACAUGGAACUUCUGCAAGAUGGCAGCGCCACUCUGCGUUUACCUGUUGUUUUACCUGAAGAUGAAGGAAUUUAUACUGUCUUUGCCAGUAAUAUGAAAGGAAAUGCCAUUUGCUCAGCAAAGCUCUAUGUUGAGCCAGUUGCACCUACAGCAACUCCAGGUUAUAUGCCAGGACCUGAAGUUAUGAGAAGAUAUAGGUCUAUCUCUCCACGGUCUCCAAGCCGGUCUCCUGCCCGCAGUUCUCCUUCUCGUUCUCCUGCCCGGAGAUUAGAAGAAACGGAUGAAGGCCAACUAGAGAGACUAUAUAAGCCAGUUUUUGUGCUGAAACCGACAUCAUUUAAAUGUUCACAGGGGCAGACAGCACGAUUUGACUUAAAAGUUGUUGGCAGACCUAUGCCAGAGACAUACUGGUUUCAUAAUGGCCAACAAGUGAUUAAUGACUACACCCAUAAAAUCGUGAUUAAAGAAGAUGGUACUCAGUCAUUGAUCAUUGUCCCUGCAAUGCCUGAAGACUCCGGAGAAUGGGCUGUCAUUGCUCAGAACAGGGCAGGCAAAGCUUCAGUCUCAAUGACACUGACUGUAGAAGCUAAGGAAGACCUAGUCAGACCACACUUUGUGGAAAGGUUGAGAAAUGUCAGUGUGAAGGAGGGCUCUAGACUGGAGAUGGCAGUGAAAGCUACUGGUAACCCUAAUCCUGACAUUGUAUGGCUCAAGAACAGUGACAUCAUUGUGCCCCAUAAAUACCCCAAAAUAAAGAUUGAGGGAACCAAAGGGGCAGCUGCCCUUAAAAUUGAAUCUACUGCCAGACAAGAUGCUGCAUGGUAUACUGCUACUGCUAUCAAUAAAGCUGGGCGGGACACUACCCGCUGCAAAGUAAAUGUUGAAGUUGAACACACAGAACCUGAACCAGAAAGGAAAUUAAUAAUUCCAAAAGGAACUUACAAAGCCAAGGAGAUUGCAGCACCAGAGUUAGAACCUCUCCAUCUGCGUUAUGGUCAAGAGCAAUGGGAGGAAGGAGAUCUCUAUGACAAAGAAAAGCAACAGAAACCAUUUUUUAAGAAGAAGCUCACAUCUUUAAGGCUCAAACAAUUUGGACCAGCACACUUUGAAUGCAGGCUUACACCAAUUGGCGACCCAACCAUGGUGGUGGAGUGGCUGCACGAUGGCAAACCCUUGGAAGCAGCUAACAGACUCCGCAUGAUCAAUGAGUUUGGAUACUGUAGCCUGGACUACGGGGUAGCCUAUUCCAGAGACAGUGGAGUGAUCACUUGCAGAGCAACUAACAAAUAUGGUACAGACCAUACAUCUGCUACUCUGAUUGUGAAGGAUGAGAAAAGUCUUGUGGAAGAAUCCCAGUUGCCAGAAGGCAAAAGGGGACUCCAGCGAAUUGAAGAGUUAGAAAGAAUGGCCCAUGAGGGUGCUCUACCUGCUGUUGCUCUGGACCAAAAGGAAAAACAGAAACCAGAAAUCGUUUUGGUUCCUGAACCUGCAAGAGUCCUUGAAGGUGAAACAGCACGAUUCCGCUGCCGUGUGACAGGCUAUCCUAUGCCCAAGGUCAAUUGGUACCUCAACGGACAGCUCAUCCGUAAAAGCAAAAGGUUUAGACUCCGUUAUGAUGGAAUCUACUACCUGGAUAUUGUGGACUGCAAAUCAUAUGACACAGGAGAGGUGAGAGUCACCGCAGAGAAUCCAGAAGGCUUUAUUGAACAUAAGGUGAAACUUGAGAUCCAGCAGAGGGAAGACUUCAGAUCUGUUCUUCGUCGUGCUCCUGAACCCAAACAUGAGCCUGUAGUUACAGAACCUGGGAAACUUCUGUUUGAGGUACAGAAGGUAGACAAACCUGCAGAGGCAACAACCAAAGAAGUGGUGAAGCUGAAAAGGGCUGAAAGAAUCACUCACGAAAAGCUUUCAGAGGAAUCUGAAGAGCUGCGUAGUAAAUUCAAGCGCAGGACAGAAGAGGGCUACUAUGAAGCCAUUACAGCUGUGGAACUCAAAUCUCGCAAAAAAGAUGAAUCAUAUGAAGAAAUGUUAAAAAAGACGAAAGAAGAACUUCUUCACUGGACCAAAGAGAUCCCAGAGGAAGAGAAGAAAGCACUUCCUCCUGAAGGCAAAAUCACCAUUCCAACAUUCAAACCAGAGAAGGUGGAGCUUAGUCCAAGCAUGGAGGCUCCCAAGAUACUUGAACGAAUUCAAAGCCAGACUGUAGCCCAAGGAACAGACGUACACUUCCGUGUGAGAGUGGUGGGAAAACCUGAUCCUGAAUGCCAGUGGUUCAAAAAUGGUGUUCAGAUUGAAAGAACUGAUCGUGUGUACUGGUACUGGCCUGAAGAUAAUGUUUGUGAAUUAGUUAUCAGAGAUGUGACUUCUGAUGAUUCUGCCAGCAUCAUGGUGAAAGCAGUCAAUAUAGCUGGUGAAACUUCUAGCCAUGCUUUCCUGUUAGUACAAGCCAAGCAGUUAAUCAGCUUCACCCAGAAGUUACAAGAUGUUGUUGCUAAAGCAAGAGACUCCAUGGCAACAUUUGAAUGUGAAACAUCAGAGCCCUUUGUCAAAGUGAAGUGGUUUAAGGAUGGAAUUGAGAUUCAUUCUGGAGACAAGUACAGGAUGCACUCAGACAGAAAGGCUCAUUUCCUUUCUGUAUUAACAAUUGAUAUGUCUGAUGCUGAUGACUACAGCUGUGCACUGGUCGAAGAUGAAUCCAUAAAAACCACUGCAAAGCUUACUGUUGAAGGUGCUGCAGUUGAGUUUAUUAAAGAACUUGAGGAUGUUGAAGUACCAGAAUCCCUCUCAGGUGAACUUGAAUGUGAGGUUUCCCCAGAAGACGUGGAAGGGAAAUGGUAUCAUGGUGAUGUUGAACUCACUUCUAGUCUUAAGUAUGUGAUUGCAUCCCGCCGUGGUCGCCAGAUCCUCACCAUUAAAGAUGUUAAUAAAGAUGAUCAAGGAGAGUAUAGUUUUGUUGUUGAUGGAAAAAGGACUCAAUGCAAACUUAAGAUGAAACCUCGUCCCAUGGCAAUUCUUCAAGGACUUACUGAUCAAAAAGUCUGUGAGGGAGAUAUUGUGCAACUUGAAGUCAAAGUCUCCCUAGAAAACGCAGAAGGUGUCUGGAUGAAAGAUGGCCAAGAAAUUCAAUCAAGUGACCGUAUUCACAUUGUGUUGGAUAAACAGUCACAUAUGUUGCUCAUAGAAGAUGCCACAAAGGAAGAUAGUGGAGCCUACUCUUUUAGUGUUCCUGAUCUUGAGCUGUCAACCACUGGACAGAUCACAGUGUACAGUGUGGAAAUAGUAGUGCCUCUAGAAGAUGUUCACGUAAUUGAAGGGACAAAAGCCAUCCUUGAAUGCAAAGUUUCAGCACCUGAUGUGUCCUCCUCCAAAUGGUACCUGAAUGAGAAUCAAAUAAAGCCUGAUGAACGUGUGCAAGCCGUAUGUAAAGGCGCUAAACAGAGGCUAGUGCUCACCAGAACCCAUGCAUCAGAUGCAGGACGUUAUAAGCUGAUGGUUGGCAAAGUGGAAACAAGUUGCAAUGUCACAGUUGAAGAAAUUGAGAUUAUUAGAGGUCUUCAUGACAUCACCUGCACUGAAACACAGAAUGUGUCCUUUGAGGUCGAGCUCUCCCAUUCAGGGAUUGAUGUAAUUUGGCAUUUCAAAGGCCAACCCAUUAAGGCUGGUCCUAAAUAUAAAAUUGAAGCACAUGGCAAAAUAUAUAAAUUGACAGUGGUGAAGAUGAUGAAAGAUGAUGAAGGAGAAUAUGUCUUUUAUGCUGGAGAGAAGAAAACAUCUGGGAAGCUUAUAGUAGCAGGCGGUGCCAUUUCAAAGCCUCUCAGUGACCUGACUGUGGCCGAGUCCCAGACAGCUGUUUUUGAAUGUGAGGUGGCAAAUGCUGACUCAGAGGGCCAGUGGCUACAAAAUGGUAGACCAUUAGCUACAACAGAUCAGUACCGCGCUGAAUCUGAUGGUGUAAAGAGAAGGCUUGUUAUCCCUGCCACGAAACUGGAAGAUAUGGGUGAAUACAGCUAUGAAAUAGCAAGCUCAAAGACAACUGCCAAACUGAAGGUCGAAGCUGUUAAGAUAAAGAAAACACUAAAAAACUUGACUGUGACAGAAUCACAGGAGGCAGUUUUCAGUGUAGAAUUGACCCAUCCUGACGUGAAAGGAGCUCUAUGGAUUAAAAAUGGUGUUGAACUUGAAUCAAGUGACAAAUAUGAAAUUACAGUGAAAGGAACGGUUCACACACUGAGAAUCAAACACUGUGUUGUCACCGAUGAGUCUGUUUACAGCUUUAAACUUGGAAAAAUAGGAGCAAAUGCCAGACUUCAUGUGGAAACUGUCAAAAUCAUCAAAAAGCCAAAGGAUGUGACUGCUUUGGAAAACGCUGUUGUCUCGUUUGAACUGAGUGUUUCCCAUGAUACUGUACCAGUCCGGUGGUUUCAUAAAAAUAUUGAGCUUAAGCAAAGUGAUAAAUACAAGAUGAUCUCUCAAAGGAAAGUUCACAAGCUUAUGCUGCAUAACAUAUCUCCCGAAGAUGCUGGGGAAUACACAGCUCUUGUUGGGCAAAUUGAGUGCAAAGCAAAACUGUUUGUGGAAAGCAUACACAUCACAAAGACCAUGAAAAAUAUUGAGAUCCCUGAGACCAAAACUGCCUCUUUUGAAUGUGAAGUUUCUCAUUUCAAUGUGCCUGCUGUCUGGUUGAAAAAUGGUGUGGAGAUUGAAAUGAGUGAAAAGUUCAAAAUAGUUGUCCAAGGGAAACUCCAUCAGCUCAAUAUCAUGAAUACAAGCAGUGAAGAUUCCGCAGAAUACACAUUUGUCUGUGGAAAUGAUAGAGUCAGUGCUACCCUGACUGUAAAACCCAUCCUAAUUACCUCCAUGUUAAAAGACAUCAAUGCUGAAGAGAAAGACACAAUAACAUUUGAAGUAACUGUUAAUUAUGAAGGCAUCUCAUAUAAAUGGCUAAAGAAUGGCAUAGAAAUAAAAUCAACUGAUAAAUGCCAGAUACGAACAAAGAAGCUUACGCACUCCCUCUCCAUAAGGAAUGUGCAUUUUGGUGAUGCAGCAGAAUACACUUUCGUUGCCGGAAAAGCAGCUUCAUCAGCCACUUUAUAUGUGGAAGCUCGUCACAUUGAGUUUAGGAAGCAUAUUAAAGACAUCAAAGUGGUGGAGAAGAAGAGGGCUAUUUUUGAAUGUGAAGUUUCAGAACCUGACAUUCAGGUCCAGUGGAUGAAGGAUGGGCAAGAACUCCAGAUUGGUGAUAGGAUGAAAAUUCAGAGAGAGAAAUAUGUCCAUCGUCUCAUCAUUCCUUCCACAAGGAUGUCUGAUGCUGGUCAGUACACUGUAGUAGCAGGUGGAAACACAUCCAGUGCCAAUUUGAUAGUGGAAGGCCGUGACAUUCGUAUCAGAAGUGCCCAUAAAGAUAUUCAGGUCAUUGAGAGACAAAGAGCUGAAAUUGAAUUUGAAGUCAAUGAAGAGGACAUUGAACCACAGUGGUACAAGGAUGGUAUUGAGAUCAAUUUCCAAUACGAGGAAAGAUACAAGUAUGUGGUGGAAAGGAGAGUUCAUCGAAUGAGCAUCUUUGAAACCACUUACUCCGAUGCUGGGGAAUAUACUUUUGUUGCAGGACGGAAUAGGAGUUCUGUUAUUCUUUAUGUGAAUGCUCCAGAGCCACCCCAGAUUAUUCGGGAGUUAGAGCCAACUACUGUGGAGUCUGGCAAACCUGCCCGCUUUUGUGCUAUUGUGUCAGGGAAACCCCAGCCCAAAAUUUCCUGGUACAAAGAUGAUCAACAGCUUUCUCCAGGUUUCAAGUGCAAAUUUCUUCAUGAUGCACAAGAAUAUACUCUAUUGCUGAUUGAAACUUUCCCUGAAGAUGAAGCAGUGUACACCUGUGAAGCAAAAAAUGACUAUGGAGUAGCUACAACUUCAGCUUCACUUUCAGUUGAAAUCCCAGAAGCUGUCUCUCCCGAGCUAGAAAUGCCAGUGUAUCCGCCUGCUGUCAUAAUACCACUACGUGAUACUGUUACAUCUGAGGGACAUUCUGCUUGUUUUCAGUGCAGAGUUACCGGAACAGAUCUGAAAGUGUCUUGGUACAGCAAAGAGAAGGAGAUCAAGCCGUCACGGUUUUUUAGGAUGACUCAAUUUGAAGACACUUACCAGCUGGAAAUUGCUGAAGCUUAUCCAGAGGAUGAAGGAAUCUAUACUUUUGUGGCUAGUAAUUCUGUAGGCCAAGUGACCAGCACUGCUACCUUGAAGUUAGAAGCUCCUGAAAAAAUUGUCCAUGAGAAGCUAGAGGAAGAGGUUGAAGUGGAAGUGAAAGUUGCACCAAUCCUGAGGAGAAGGCUUGAACCCUUGGAAGUGGCUGUAAAUCAUGUGGCCAAGUUUACCUGUGAGGUAGAGAUGGCUCCCAAUGUCAAGUUCCAGUGGUACAAAGCCGGACGAGAGAUAUAUGAUGGGGACAAAUACUCCAUUCGCACCUCCAACUACCUCUCCACACUGGAGAUCCCAAGACCUCAGGUUGUUGACUGUGGGGAAUAUAGCUGUAAGGCUUCCAACCAACAUGGCAGUGUAAGCUCUACAGCUGUUUUAACAGUAACUGAGGCAUUUCCGCCAACGUUUCUUACCAGACCUGAACCUAUUACUACCUUUGUUGGCAAAAGUGCCAAGUUCCUGUGUACUGUUUCGGGCACUCCAGUCAUCGACAUCACCUGGCAGAAAGAUGGAACAACGAUUUUGCCGUCAGACCACCACAAGAUCUCCAAAGUGGAAAAUAAACAUGUUUUAGAAAUUUCCCUUCUUACCGCUAGUGACAGAGGGGUUUACACUUGCAAAGCUUCCAACAAGUUUGGGGCUGAUAUUUGCCAGACUGAAAUGGUCAUUAUAGAUAAGCCCCACUUCAUUAAAGAUUUGCAGUCAGUACAGUCAGCAGUUAAUAAAAAGAUACGCCUUGAAUGCCAAGUAGAUGAAGACAGGAAAGUAACUGUAGGGUGGACAAAGGAUGGAAACAAAAUCCCUCCAGGCAAAGAUUAUAAGAUUUACUUUGAAGACAAAAUAGCCUCACUUGAGAUUCCUCUGGCUAAGCUCAAGGACUCAGGCCACUAUGUGUGUACUGCUUCAAAUGAGGCAGGAAGCAGCUCCUCUUCUGCCAGCGUCACAGUCAGAGAACCACCAUCCUUUGUGAAGAAGGUCGAUCCAUCUUAUUUAUUGACCCCAGGAGACUCUGCACGCCUUCAAUGCAAAAUCAAAGGGUCCCCUGAAAUCCAAGUUACUUGGUUCAAGAACAAUAAGGAAAUCCAUGAAAGUAACAUGCACAGGAUGUCUUUUGUCAAUUCUGUGGCUGUAUUAGAUAUUUUGGAAAUGAAAGUUGAUGACACUGGGACCUACUCAUGUGAAGCUGUCAACGAGGUUGGAAGUGACAGUUGCACUACCGAAGUGGUUGUCAAAGAACCUCCAUCUUUCAUCCGAACACUUGAACCUGCAGAGCUAGUGAAGGGAACAAGCCCCAUUCUUCAGUGUGAGGUUGCGGGCACUGGCCCCUUUGAGAUUAGCUGGUACAAAGACAAGAAGCAGAUUCGCAGUAGUAAAAAAUACAGGUUGACCUCUCAGAAGGCUGUUAUUUCUUUGGAGGUGUCCUCAUUUAAUAGUGCAGAUGUCGGUGAAUACGAGUGUGUGAUAGCUAAUGAAGUCGGGAAGUGCAUGUGCAGUGCCACAUACAUCUUGAAAGAACCACCAUCUUUUGUUAAGAAAAUCGAAAAUGUGACAGCUCUGGCUGGAGAUAGUGUUACAUUACAGGCCGUAGUGAAAGGGUCAGAGCCUAUUUCUGUGACAUGGAUGAAGGGCAAAGACAUUAUUAAAGAUGAUAACAAUGUGAGAGUAACAUUUGAUCAUGGUCUAGCAACGCUGCAAAUUACUGGAGUCCAGCUGAGCUCUGGUGGCAAAUACACCUGCGUGGCUGAGAAUGAUGCAGGAAGUCAGUCCUGCUUUGGUGAACUAGCAGUGAAAGAACCUGCCAAAAUAAUUGAAAAAGCUGAAAUGAUCCAGGUUACAGCAGGGGAACCAGCUAUUUUGGAGUACACUGUCACAGGCACUCCAGAGCUAAAAACCAAAUGGUUCAAAGAUGGAAAGCCACUACCUGCCAGCAAAAAAUAUAGGAUCAGCUUCAAAAAUAACAUUGCCCAGCUCAAGUUUUAUGCCACUGAAAUGCAGGACAGCGGUGAAUACACCUUUGAGAUAUCCAAUGAUGUGGGCAUCAGCUCUUGUACUACCAGCUUCACUGUGCUAGAUCGCACUAUCCCUCCCUUCUUUACCAAACCACUGAAGAAUAUUGACAGUGUCAUUAGCGCCUCGUGCCGCCUAGACUGCAAAAUUUCGGGCUCUCUCCCUAUGACUGUCUCAUGGUUUAAGCAGGAUACUGAGAUCACUUCAAGCGCCAAGUACACAGUACAUUUUGCAGAAGGCUCAGCAUCUUUGGAAAUAAAACAUCUAGAUGCAAAUGACGCUGGGGUCUACAUUUGCAGAGCUACAAACUCUGCUGGUAGCAAAGAAAGCAGUAGCACUUUGUUUAUAAAAGAGCCACCCAGCUUCACUGUGGAACCAGAGUCUCAAGAUGUAUUGCCUGCAUCAACUGUACAUUUCAAAGGAAUGUUUAAAGGCACAACACCACUGACAGUGAAAUGGUUUAAAGGUGAUACUGAACUGCAGACAGGAGGAGCCUGCUACAUUAUGACAGAAGCAUUAGCAAGUUACUUGGAGCUUUAUGCAGUCAAACCAUCUGACUCUGGGAAAUACACCUGCAAAGUCUCCAAUGUAGCUGGUUCAGUAACAUGCAGUGCAAACUUAUUUGUGAAAGAACCUGCUGCUUUCAAGGAGAAGCUAGAGCCAGCUCACCUGGUAAAGAAAGGUGGAUUUGCUGAACUGACCUGUGAAGUCACUGGUACUCCUGAGAUUAAAAUCACAUGGUUCAAGGAUGAUAGAGAGCUGAAAGAGAGUGACAAAUACAGGAUAUCUUUUACAAAAUCUUUGGCAAUACUCCACGUUUCAGAGGUUGAUACUGAAGACAGUGGAGAAUACAUUUGUGAAGCCAAAAAUGACGCUGGGAAAGAUAUCUGCAGUAGUGUUGUUACAGUCAAAGAGUCACCUUAUUUUAGCAAGGAGUUUCAAUCCAUGGAAGUCCUGAAGGAUUCUGAUGUGGUUUUGGAGUGUGAGGUGCUUGGCACUCCUCCCUUUGAAGUGUUUUGGGUGAAAGAUGAUAAACCCGUGCGGAGCAGUAAGAAGCACAGAAUAAGCAUUGAGAAAUCUUUGAUUAGCCUCCAUAUUUUCAGGUUUGAUGCUUCUGAUGUUGGCGAGUAUCAGUGUAGAGUAACAAAUGAUGUUGGGAGCUGCCUCUGCCAUUCAGAGGUCACGCUGAAAGAGCCUCCGCAGUUUUUGAAGAAGAUAGAAAACAUUAGCUCCCUUCGAGGGGGAACAGUUGUGUUUCAGGCUGCUAUUAAAGGUUCCUUGCCCAUCACUGUGUCCUGGUUAAAAGACAAUGAUGAAGUGAUUGAGGACAACAAUAUCAAAAUGACCUUUGUGAACAAUGUUGCCACUCUUAUGGUGAGAUCUAUUGAGCUGAAACAUGAUGGGAAAUAUUUCUGUCAGGCUAAAAAUGAGGCAGGAAUUCAGAGGUGUUCUGCUCUGCUGACUGUCAAAGAACCUGCUACAAUUGUGGACAAGGCUGUGUCAAUAGAUGUGACUGAGGGGGACCCAGCAACAUUGCAAUGUAGAUUUUCAGGAACAAAACCCAUUACAGCCAAAUGGUUCAAAGAUGGCAAGGAGCUGACAUUGGGCCCAAAAUAUAAGAUCAGUGUUACGGAUACUGUCUCAGUCUUAAAGGUGCUUUAUGCAGAUAAGAAAGAUAGUGGAGAAUACAUUUUUGAAGUUCAAAAUGACGUUGGGAGCAGUAGCUGUUCUGCCAGCAUUAAUGUCCUAGAUCUCAUUAUACCACCUAAAUUCACCAAAAAACUCAAGAAAAUGGACAGCAUUAAGGGGUCUUUUGUCCACCUGGAGUGCAUAGUGUCUGGUUCACAUCCCAUAAGUAUCCAGUGGUACAAGGAUGGCCAAGAAAUAACAGCAAGUGAAAAGCACAAAUACUCUUUCCAUGAUAAUACUGCAUUUCUGGAAAUAAAUAAACUGGAAGGCACAGACAGUGGCUCUUACACUUGUGAAGCAACAAAUAAAGCAGGAAGCAACCAAUGCAGUGGGUUCUUAACAGUCAAAGAACCACCAUAUUUUGUGGAAAAACCCCAGUCUCAAGAGGUUGUGCCCAAUGCUAGGGUUCAGUUCAAAGCACUGGUGAAAGGGUCUACUCCUCUGCAGAUAAAGUGGUUUAAAGACAGCCAGGAGCUCCUGUCUGGAGCCAGUCGAUCUGUCUGGAAGGAUGACACUUCUAGUGUUCUGGAGCUCUUCUCAGCUAGGACAUCUGAUUCUGGGAACUACACUUGUCAGAUAAGCAAUGAUGUGGGCACUGCAACCUGCAAAGCAACUCUGUUUGUAAAAGAGCCCCCCAGAUUUAUUCAGAUGCCAACUUCUGUAGUAGCUUUGCGUGAAGGACAGUCCACCACUUUUGAGUGCCAGGUAGUAGGCACACCAGAGAUCCACAUUACAUGGUACCUGGAUGGGAAUGAAGUGACUGAUCAAGCUAAGUACAGCAUCUCCUUCAUAGAUGGUUUAGCCACUUUGAGAGUCACUCAAGCUAGAGUGGCAGAUAGCGGGAUUUAUGUUUGCGAAGCCCACAAUGAUGCAGGUAGUGAGAGCUGCAGCGUCGAGCUGAAAGUGAAAGAGCCUCCAACCUUUGUUCGGGAGUUGCGUCCCACCGAGGUAGUGAAGGGUUCAGAGGCCACACUAGAGUGUGAGGUGACUGGUACCCCUCCAUUUGAGGUGAAGUGGCUGAAGAACAAUAGGGAGAUGUUCAGCAGCAAGAAAUACGCCAUCUCCACCAAAGAAUCAGUCUUUACUCUUAAUGUGACUAACUGUGACAUCUCGGAUGUUGGUGAAUAUCAGUGUAUUAUAUCAAAUGAAGGGGGGAGCUGUUCUUGCAGCACAAGACUCAGCUUAAAAGAACCACCAUCCUUCGUCAAGAAGCUGGAGAAUGUCACUAGCAUUUUGAAAGGUGAUGCGUUCUUUCAGUGCGUCAUAGCAGGUGCUCAGCCCUUAUCUGUGUCAUGGAUAAAAGAUGAGAAAAUACUAGAAGAUGAUGAGCACCACCACAUUACCUUUGAGAACAGGGUGGCCACACUGAAGCUUACUAAUGUUGACCUCAGCCACAGAGGGAGAUAUACCUGUCAGGCAAAGAAUGAAUCUGGCAUGGAGAAGUGCUUUGCUUUGCUUUUUGUACAAGAGCCUGCACAGAUCAUAGAAAAGGCUAAAUCACUUAAAGUCACUGAAAAAGACCCCGUGACUUUGGAGUGUACUGUGGCUGGGACACCAGAGCUCCGAAUAAGAUGGUACAAAGACGGCAAGCAGCUCCUGCCCAGUAGAUACUACACAAUGAGCUUUGAAAACAAUGUGGCCAGUUUCAGGAUCGAACCCGUAUCAAAGGAGGAUAGUGGUACAUACAGUUUUAAGGUUGAAAAUGACUUUGGAAGUAGCACCUGUGAAGCUGUUCUGACCGUGCUAGAUCAAUCAAUUCCUCCUGUAUUUAUCAAAAAACUAACCAAAAAGGAUACCAUUCUGGGAUCUUCUAUCCAAAUGAAGUGCAAAGUCUCUGGGUCACUACCCAUUGCUGCAAAAUGGUUUAAGGAUGGAAAAGAGAUAACUGACAGUGCAAAAUAUAGAAGCCUGUGCCAUGAGAAUACUAUGUCACUCGAGAUUGCUAAUCUAGAGCUGGCAGACAGUGCAAAUUACACAUGCAGUGUCUCUAAUAUUGCUGGAAAUGAUUCUUGCAGUGCCGUCCUGACUGUGAAAGAGCCACCAAGCUUCUUAGUAAAACCUGAAAGCCAGCAAGCCAUACCAGAUUCCACAGUGGAGUUCAAGGCCACACUGAAAGGAACACCACCUUUUACAGUGAAGUGGUUCAAAGAAGACUUAGAACUUGUAUCUGGUCCAACUUGUUUCAUUGGGAUUGAAGGUUCAACUGGGUUCUUAACCCUCUAUUCAGUGGAUUCUUCUAGGAGUGGGCACUACACUUGCCACGUUUCAAAUGACGUUGGCAGUGACUCUUGCACUGCAACACUGAUGGUAACAGAACCCCCCAAGUUUGCUAAGAAGCUAGAGGCAGCAAAAGUAGUCAAGCAGGGUGAUUCAGCCCGGCUUGAAUGCAAAGUAAGUGGAUCUCCAGAGAUGAAAGUGGUGUGGUUCAGAAAUGACCAUGAAAUUGUUACCAGUGAAAAAUUCCGGACAUCAUUCAUUGACUCUGUGGCUGUGCUUGAAAUGAAUCAUCUCAGUACUGAUGAGAGCGGUGACUACAUCUGUGAAGCUCACAACCCUGCCGGCAAGGCCAGCUGUAGCACCAAAGUCACAGUGAAAGAACCUCCUGUCUUUAGCAGGAAGCCUUCUCCAGUAGACAUUGUCAAAGGAUCUGAGGUUAGCCUGGAAUGUGAGAUUUCAGGAACACCUCCAUUUGACGUUGCCUGGUACAAAGAUAGGAGACAAAUCCGCAGUAGUAAGAAGUACAAGGUUACAGCCAAGAACUACCACACAAGCGUUCACAUUCUUAAUGUCGAAGCUGCAGAUGUUGGUGAAUAUCAGUGCAAAGCACAGAAUGACGUAGGAAGUGACACUUGUAUUUGCACUGUGAAGCUGAAAGAACCACCAAAGUUCUUGACUAAAAUAAACAGCAUGACUGUUGUUGUUGGUGAACCAGUAGAGUUACAAGCAAGAGUGGAGGGCUCCCAGCCAAUUUCUGUGCAGUGGCUUAAAGACAAAGAGGAAAUUAUCAGAGAAAGUGAGAACACAAAGAUCACGUUUAUGGAAAAUAUUGCAACUUUGCAAUUUGUGCGCACAGAGACAGGCAGUGCUGGAAAAUACACCUGCCAGAUCAGAAAUGAUGCUGGAAGUCGCGAGUGUAUGGCUACCUUAACUAUUCUAGAGCCUGCAGUCAUUGUAGAGAAAGCAGAGCCCAUGAAAGUUACUAUAGGAGAUGCCUGUACUUUGGAAUGCAAAGUAGCAGGCACACCCCAGCUUUCCACUGGGUGGUUCAAGGAUGGCAAAGAACUGACCAGCAGCCAAAAAUACAGAAUCACUUUCCUCAAUAAUGUAUCUACACUUAAAAUUAUGGAUGCAGAAAAGGAAGAUGGUGGAUUGUACACUUUUGCUGUGCAAAACGACGUGGGGAAAAGCAGUUGUACGGCAUCGGUUGAUGUUUUAGAUCGAAUCAUUCCUCCUUCUUUUACAAGAAAACUAAAGGAAACCCCUUGUGUUCUGGGUUCCUCAGCACUGUUGGAAUGUAAAGUGUCAGGUUCACCUCCUAUUUCUGUUGCCUGGUUCCAUAAUGGACUUAAGUUAGUCAGUGGAGAAAAACAUCAAAUCUCCUUUUCAGAUAACCUAUGUGUUUUAGAAGUUAAUUUACUGAACCACUCAGAUACUGGCACUUACACUUGCAAAGCUACCAACACGGCUGGCUCAGAUGAAUGUAGUGCUGCAUUGACUGUACAAGAGCCACCUUCUUUUGAGAGGACCCCAGAGCCUCUGGAUGUAUUGCCAGGCACAAGCAUCACUUUCACAUGUGUUGUGAGAGGAACCCCUCCUUUUAAGGUUAACUGGUUUAGAGGGGCCAAUGAACUUGUGCCAGGGGACAAAUGCAAUAUCUACUUGGAGGAGUCCAUUGUGGAGCUUGAGUUAUUUGAUGUAACUCCUCCCCAAAGCGGAGAGUACACUUGUCUAGUGACUAAUGAUGCUGGCAGGGUAAAUUGUACAACACACCUUACAGUAAAAGAGCCAGCUGUGUUUGUGAAGAAGCUGAGUGAUCAGUAUGUGGAGCCUGGCAAGCCCAUCAUCCUUGAGGGCACUUACACAGGCAGCCUGCCCAUCUCUGUAACAUGGAAGAAGAAUGGCCACACCAUCACACAAUCUCAGAAGUGUAGCAUCACCACCACAGAGAAAUCCUGCAUCCUGGAAAUACUUGACAGCACCAAAGAAGAUGCAGGAGAAUACACUUGCCAUGUUGAAAAUGAGGCAGGAAGAGAUGUUUGUGAGGCUGUAGUCUCUACCCUAGAACCUCCCUACUUUGUUACACACUUGGAACCUCUUGAGGUGUCAGUUGGGUCUUACACAACAUUGCAAUGCCACAUUGCUGGAACACCAGAAAUUACUGUGUCUUGGUACAAAGGUGAUACAAAACUCAGGUCUACUCCUGAGUAUAAAGUGUUCUUUAAAGACAAUGUUGCUACACUUAUUUUCAACAAAGUGGCUAGCAACGACAGUGGAGAAUAUACCUGCAAGGCAGAAAACAGUGUAGGAACUGCAUCUACAAAGGCUCUCUUAACAGUUCAAGAACGCAAACAACCACCUUCCUUUGCAAGAAAAUUAAAGGACAUCGAGCACCCCGCUGGUUUACCCCUUAAGCUUAUGUGUCGGCUCAACGGCUCAGAGCCUAUUACUGUCACUUGGCACAAAGAUGGUGUGCUGCUAAAGGAUGACCACAAUGUGCACACAUCCUUUGUAGAUAACGUUGCAGUGCUGCAACUGGUGCGAACCGAGAUGAAUCAUACUGGGCAAUACUCCUGCACAGCCUCCAACUCUGUGGGCACUGCCACCUCAAGCGCUAGGCUCACAGUGGCAGAACCCAAGCAAGCACCUGUCUUCGACAUCAAACCAGAAUCUAUUGAUGUGCCUUUUGGAGAAAGUGCUGAUUUUGAAUGUCAUGUUACGGGAGCCCAGCCCAUACACAUAACGUGGUCCAAGGAUGGUCGGGAGAUCCGAACUGGAGGGAAUUUCAAUAUUACAUUCACAGCCAACACAGCUCACCUUCGAGUGCUCAGAGUGGGUAAAGGAGACUCUGGCCAAUAUACUUGCCAAGCUAGUAAUGAAGCUGGGAAAGACUUCUGCUCAGCACAACUCAGUGUCAAAGAGCCUCCCAAGUUCAUCAAGAAGCCUGAAGCUUUGCGCUUCGUGAAGCAGGGGGACACAGUUCAGCUUGAAUGUAAAAUCAGUGGCACACCAGAGAUCAGAAUCGUGUGGUACAAAAAUGAUCAGACACUCCAGGCAAGCGAUAGGCUGCACAUGUCCUUUGUAGACUCCAUGGCAACGUUGACCAUCUUGGGUGCCAGUGCUGAAGAUGCUGGGGAUUACAUCUGUGAAGCCCACAACUCUGCUGGCACAGCCAGCUGCAGCACUUCAGUCACAGUGAAAGAACCACCUGUUUUUAGCAAGGUGCCAAGCCCUGUCGACACUCUUAAAGGCUCAGAUGUUAUCCUUCAGUGCGAGAUAUCAGGGACCCCACCCUUUGAGGUGGCUUGGUUCAAGGACCGGAGGCAGGUCAGGAGCAGCAAGAAGUUCAAGGUGACAACAAAACUCUCCGUUGCCAGUCUUCAUAUUCUCAAUUUGGAAUCUCAAGAUACUGGAGAAUAUCAAUGCAAAGCUAUGAAUGAAGUGGGAAGCGACACUUGCACCUGCCCAGUGAAAUUCAAAGAACCUCCACGGUUUGCCAAGAAGCUGAGUGACACUGCAAUCUUCAUCGGGGAGCCAACAGCCCUGCAGGCAGUAGUGGAAGGAUCCCCACCAAUUUCUGUUGUCUGGCUCAAGGAUAAGGGUGAAGUUAUUAGGGAGAGUGAAAAUGUUCAAAUGUGGUUUAUGGACAACAUUGCAACUCUUGAGAUUGCCAGUGCAGAGGGAACUGACGUUGGAAAGUACAUCUGUCAGAUCAAAAAUGAUGCUGGCAUGCGGGAGUGCUCUGCCUUUUUACAGGUCCUAGAACCAGCAGUCAUCUUAGAGAAGACCGAGCCCAUCACAGUAAUGGCUGGCAAUCCUUUUACCUUGGAGUGCAAAGUAGGAGGAACACCUGAGCUUAUCACCAAGUGGUACAAAGACGGCAGAGAACUAAAGAGUGACCGCAAAUACCAAAUUAACUUUUUCAACAAUAUAUCCACUUUGAAAGUCUUUUCUGCAGACAGGGGAGACAGGGGCUUGUAUACUUUUGAGGUGCACAAUGAAGUGGGGGACAGCAGCUGCACUUCUUCAGUUGAUGUCUCAGAUCGCCUUGUUCCUCCUUCAUUCUCAAGAAAACUAAAGGAGACGAAUGGGGUGCUAGGUUCCUCUGUGCUGCUGGAGUGCAAAGUGUCUGGCACAGCUCCUAUAUCUGUGUCUUGGUUUCAAGAUGGGAAUGAGAUUGUUAGUGGAGAAAAAUAUGAAAUCUCAUUCUUGGAUAAUGUUUGUGCUUUGAAGUUGAAUGCCCUAGAUGUCACAGAUACAGGGACAUAUACAUGUGUGGCAGCCAACGUGGCUGGAUCUGAUGAAUGCAGUGCCUUCUUGACUGUACAAGAACCACCUUCUUUUGUGAAGACACCUGAUCCUCAGGAAGUUUUGCCUGGAUCAAAUGUGACAUUCACCAGCUACAUCAAGGGCAGUACUCCCUUCAAAGUGACCUGGUUCAGAGGCAUCAGGGAGCUGGUGCCAGACAGCAACUGCUCCAUCUCUCUCAAUGAGUCUGUGGCACAGCUGCAGCUGUACAACGUGGAGCCGGGCCACAGUGGGGACUAUGCCUGUGUGGUCACAAAUGAUGCUGGCAGUGCCUCAUGUACAACACAGCUCUUUGUGAAAGAGCCUGCAGUUUUUGUGAAGAAAUUAAGUGAUUUCAGUGUGGAGCAGGGGAAGUCCAUUGUGCUAGAAAGCAGCUACAUUGGCACCCCUCCCAUCUCUGUUACCUGGAAGAGAAACGGCAUGCCCAUUGCUCAGUCUCAACGCUGCACUGUUACAACUACUGAAAAAUCUGGCAUUCUUGAAAUCUUCAACAGCACAAAGAAUGAUGAAGGCGAAUAUACCUGUGAGGUGGCAAAUGAGGCGGGUGGGGAUGUUUGCCACAGCCUUGUAUCCAUCUUAGAACCACCUUAUUUUGUCACACAUCUGGACCGUGUGGAGGUGAAGCUUGGUGAGCCCUUGACCUUAAAAUGCCAGAUUAGCGGUUCACCAGAAAUCAAGGUGUCCUGGUACAAAGAUGACACCAAGCUCAGAUCAACGCAGGCUUACAAAAUGCACUUCAAGAACAAUGUGGCAACACUGGCAUUCUCUGCUGUAGAGGACAGCAACAUCGGAGAAUAUAUCUGCAAAGCAGAAAAUACCAUCGGCUUUGCCACCUCCACAGCUUUGCUUGUUGUUAAAGAACGUCAACUUCCCCCUACAUUCACCAGGAAACUUAAAGAUAUUCAGGAGGUGGUUGGUGCCCCAGUGACAUUUGACUGCCGCAUAACUGGCUCAGAGCCUAUCCAGGUGUCUUGGUACAAGGAUGGGGUUCUCUUAAGUGACACUGAUAACAUGCAAUCAGCCUUCUUAAAUAAUGUUGCAACCUUACAGAUCUUAGAAACUAGUAUGGAUUACUGUGGCAAAUAUACUUGCUCAGCCCAAAAUGCUCUGGGGACUGCCUCUUCCAGUGCCAAACUUCUCCUUACAGAACACCUACAACCUCCCUUCUUUGACAUCAAGCCGGUAUCUAUCGAUGUGGCACUAGGGGAAAGUGCAACCUUUAAGUGCCACGUGACUGGCUCUGCUCCCAUGAGGAUUACUUGGACCAGAGACAACAGAGAGAUUCGUCCAGGUGGCAACUACAAAAUGACACUGGUGGAAAACACAGCCAGCUUGACAGUUCUAAAAGUUGGUAAAGGGGAUGCUGGACUCUACACGUGUACUGCCAGCAACAGUGUUGGAAAGGAUGCGUGUGCAGCUCAGCUGGCUGUACAAGAACCACCAAGGUUUAUUAAGAAACUAGACUCCUCAAAACUUGUGAAACAGCACGAUUCCACAACGUAUGAAUGCAAAAUAGGUGGAUCUCCAGAAAUCAAAGUCACCUGGUACAAAGGUGAAACUGAAAUCCAUCCCAGUGAAAAAUACAGAAUGUCCUUUGUGGAUUCAGUGGCAGCCAUUGAAAUGCACAACCUCAGUGUUGAAGACAGUGGUGACUACACCUGUGAAGCUCAGAAUCCAGCGGGUAGUGCAAGCACUAGUACUACACUGAGAGUAAAAGCACCCCCCAUUUUUACCAAGAAACCCCAUCCAGUUGAGACCUUGAAAGGGUCUGACAUUCAUCUGGAAUGUGAGCUUCAGGGCACUCCUCCAUUCCAGAUUUCAUGGUAUAAAGACAAACGAGAAAUUCGGAGCAGCAAGAAGUAUAAGGUCAUGUCAGAGAACUACACAGCUAGUCUUCACAUUCUCAGUGUGGAUACUGCAGAUGUUGGUGAAUAUCACUGUAAGGCUGUAAAUGAUGUGGGAAGUGACUCCUGUGUUGGCUCUGUAACACUUAGAGCACCACCAACCUUUGUGAAGAAGCUGAGUGAUCUCACUGUCGUUGUUGGGGAGUCGAUUGAACUGCUGGCUGCAGUACAAGGAUCACAGCCCAUUUCUGUUCUGUGGUUAAAAGACAAAGGGGAAAUCAUCAGAGAAAGUGAUAAUCUUUGGAUCUCCUACUCAGAAAACAUUGCAACUAUGCAGAUUGGAAAUGCAGAACCAACCAGUGCUGGGAAAUACAUUUGUCAGAUAAAAAAUGAUGCUGGAGUUCAGGAAUGCUUUGCAAUGGUGAAAGUGCUAGAACCUGCAGUGAUUGUAGAGAAGCCAGGCCCAGUCAAAGUUACAGCUGGAGACUCUUGUACUCUGGAAUGCACAGUGGAUGGCACACCAGAGCUUACGGCUAGGUGGUUUAAGGAUGGUAGUGAACUGUCCACUGACCAUAAAUAUAAAAUCAGUUUCUUCAACAAAGUCUCUGGGCUUAAGAUCCUCAAUGCAACACUAGAAGACAGUGGAGAAUAUACUUUUGAGGUGAAAAACAGUGUUGGUAAAAGCAGCUGCACAGCUUCAGUGCAUGUUUCAGAUCGUAUUAUACCUCCUUCUUUCACAAGAAAAUUGAAAGAAACAUAUGGUCAGCUGGGUUCUUCUGCUGUACUGGAGUGCAAAGUUUAUGGGUCACCCCCCAUUCUGGUUUCCUGGUUUCAUGAUGGACAAGAGAUUAUCAGUGGAGAGAAAUAUCAGGCUACUCUUACAGACAAUACCUGUUCUCUGAAAGUGAAUGGACUUCAGGAGUCUGAUAUGGGAACGUAUUUGUGCACAGCUACUAAUGUAGCUGGGUCUGAUGAAUGCAGCGCAUUUUUGAGUGUUAGAGAACCACCAUCUUUUGUGAAGAAACCUGAACCACUGGAUGUUUUGUCAGGGGCAAACAUAACCUUUACUAGUAUCAUAAAAGGUUCCCCUCCACUGGAAGUUAAAUGGUUCAGAGGCAGUGUUGAGCUAGUACCAGGACCCAGAUGCAAUAUCACCUUGCAAGAUUCAGUUGCAGAACUGGAGCUCUUUGAUGUAAAUCCACUUGAGAGUGGAGACUACACCUGCCAUGUCUCUAACGAGGCAGGGAAAAUUUCUUGCACUACACAUCUUUUUGUCAGAGAACCAGCCAAAUUUGCAAAGAAGUUGAAUGAUUUAAGUGUAGAGAAGGGGAAAAAUUUAAUCUUGGAAUGCACAUAUAUGGGUACUCCACCGAUUUCAGUGACAUGGAAGAAAAAUGGACUGAAAAUAAUGCACUCUGAAAAGUGUAGCAUCACCACUACAGACACAUCUGCCAUACUGGAAAUCCCUAGUAGCAGACUAGAAGAUCAGGGGCAAUAUUCUUGUCAUAUUGAAAAUGAUUCUGGGAAAGAUACUUGUCAUGGUACAAUCACAAUACUAGAACCACCUUACUUCAUUACACCCUUGGAGCCAGUGCAGGUGACUGUUGGGGAUUCUGCAUCCUUACAGUGCCAGGUUGCUGGAACACCAGAAAUGAUUGUGUCAUGGUACAAAGGUGAUACAAAGCUGAGAGGAACUGCUACUGUGAAAAUGCACUUUAAGAACCAAAUUGCUACUCUGGUUUUCAGCCAGGUAGACAGUAGUGACAGUGGGGAGUACAUCUGCAAAGUAGAAAACUCUGUUGGGGAGGCUUCUUCAUCGUCUCUGCUUACAGUUCAAGAGCGUAAACUUCCUCCUUCUUUUACACGAAAAUUAAGAGACGUUCAUGAAACUGUUGGCUUACCAGUUGUGUUUGAUUGUGUCAUUGCUGGCUCAGAACCCAUCGAAGUAUCUUGGUUUAAAGACGGCGUGCGUGUAAAAGAGGACUACAAUGUUCACACAUCCUUUGUAGAUAAUGUAGCAACUCUCCAGAUUUUGAAGACAGAUAGGACCCUUAUUGGGCAAUACACCUGCACAGCUGUCAAUGCUAUUGGGACUGCUUCUUCUAGUGGCAGGCUUGUCCUUACAGAAGGGAAGACUCCUCCAUUCUUUGACAUCCCACUUACACCUGUGGGUGGCAUUAUUGGAGAAAGUGCUGAUUUUGAGUGUCACGUUUCUGGAACACAGCCUAUUAGAGUUACUUGGGCAAAAGAUAACCAAGAAAUUAGAACAGGAAAGAACUAUCAGAUCAGUUAUGUAGACAACACAGCCCAUUUGACCAUCUUGAGAGUUGACAGGGGAGAUUCUGGAACAUAUACAUGCUAUGCUAGCAACGAAGUUGGAAAGGACUCUUGCACAGCUGAACUGACUGUUAAAGAACGAAAAACUCCUCCUACUUUUACUAAGAAACUGUCUGAAGCAGUAGAAGAAACAGAAGGGAAUGAACUUAAACUUGAGGGUCGUGUUUCCGGCUCUCAGCCUUUGACUGUUGCUUGGUAUAAAAACAAUCAGGAAGUCCAUUCAAGUGCUCACUGUGAAAUAUCUUUCAAAAACAACACCUUGCUUUUGCAUAUAAAGACCGUAGAGCAAUCAGAUGCUGGUUUAUAUACCUGUAAAGUGUCCAAUGAAGCAGGAAGCGUGUUGAGUACAUCUUCUGUUGUUAUCAGAGAACCUAAAAAGCCUCCAGUUUUUGACCAGCCACUUCAGCCAGCAGCAGCAGAGGAAGGUGAUACCCUACAGCUUAGCUGUCAUGUCCAGGGAUCACAGCCAAUCCGGAUCCAGUGGCUGAAGGCAGGAAGAGAAAUAAGAGCUUCAGACAGAUGCAACUUCAGCUUUGCUAAUGGAGUAGCUCUUCUAGAACUUGUUGCAGUUACCAAAUCAGAUUCAGGAGAAUAUGUAUGCAAAGCUUCAAAUGCAGCUGGCACUGAUACUUGCAAAUCUAAAGUGACAGUCAAAGAAAAACCGGCAGCUGCUCCAGCAGCUAAGAAAGCAGACGUGGAAGGCAAACUUUAUUUUGUGUCAGAACCUCAGAGUAUCAAAGUCAUGGAAAAGACCGUUGCAACAUUUAUUGCAAAAGUUGGAGGAGAUCCAAUUCCAAAUGUUAAGUGGAUGAAGGGAAAAUGGAGGCAACUCAACCAGGGAGGCCGCAUUAUAAUCCAGCAGAAAGGAGAUGAAGCCAAACUAGAAAUAAAGGACACAAUAAAAACUGAUUCUGGCAUGUACAAAUGUGUAGCUUUUAACCAACAUGGUGAAAUUGAGAGGAGUGUGAAUCUGCAAGUUGAAGAAAGAAAGAAAGAAGUUGUUGAAGGGGAUCUCAGGGCAAAACUAAAAAGCACUCCAACAAAAAGAAAAGAAGAGGAAGAGCAACCUAUUGAUAUCUUGGAGCUUCUCAAAAAUGUAGAUCCCAAAGAAUAUGAGAAAUAUGCUCGCAUGUAUGGAAUUACAGAUUUCCGUGGCCUCCUGCAAGCCUUUGAGUUACUAAAGCAAACUCAAGCAGAAGAAAGCCAUAGAUUGGAAAUUGAGCUCACAGAGAAAGCUCAAAGGGAAGAUCAGGAGUUUGAUGAACUUGUAGCUUUUAUUCAGCAACGACUCACACAAACAGAGCCUAUUACUCUGAUCAGAGACAUUGAAAAUCAGACGGUUUUAGCAGAUGAGGAUGCUAUCUUUGAAUGUGAGAUUAAGAUUAACUAUCCAGAAAUUAAACUGUCAUGGUACAAAGGAACUCAGAAACUGGACUCCAAUGACAAAUAUGAAAUUAGAAUUGAAGGUGAUCGCCACAUACUGAGAAUUAGAAACUGCCAGCCUGAAGAUCAAGGAAAUUUCAGAAUAGUAUGUGGACCACAUAUUGCCAGUGCUAAACUAACUGUGAUUGAACCUGCAGUUGAGCGGCACCUUCAUGACACCACUUUCAAGGAAGGAAAAACAUGUACACUGACUUGUCAGUUCUCUAUCCCAAAUGCCAAGUCUCAGUGGUAUCGAAAUGGGAGACCCAUUAAGAUAGGAGGGAGAUAUUCAACACAAGUCUCUGACAAAGUGCACAAACUCAUCAUCAAGGAUGUUAGAACGGAAGAUGAGGGACAGUAUACCUGCAAACUUGACAGUCUAGAAACAACAGCAGAUCUGGCCAUUGAAGCGGAACCAAUUCAGUUCACCAAGAGCAUACAGAACAUCGUUGUGAGUGAACACCAGUCCGCAACCUUCGAGUGCGAGGUGUCUUUCGAUGAUGCAGUUGUGACAUGGUAUAAAGGCCCCACUGAACUGAGAGAGAGCCCCAAGUACAGCUUCAGAAGUGAAGGUCGUUGUCAUUAUAUGACUAUUCACAAUGUUAAUGCAGAAGAUGAAGGUGUGUAUUCUGUAAUUGCUCGUCUUGAACCAAGAGGAGAAGCAAGAAGCACUGCAGAGCUCUAUCUUGUAACUAAAGAAAUCAAACUGGAGUUGAAGCCACCAGAUGUUCCUGAUGCCAAGGUUGCAGUUCCACCUCAAAAACCAGCUGAAGCUGCCCCUAUUCCCAUUCUUCUGCCUCUUGUUCCACCUCCAGAGGAGAAAAAGCCAGCAGAGAAAAAGGUUCCAUUAAAGAAAGUCCCUCAAAAAGUGGUUAAAAAACCUCCCGAAGAAGUCGCACCACCUAAAGCUCCUGAGGUGCCACCAGAGAAGCCCAAAGAGAUCAAAAUAACAUCCAUGGCAAGGAGAGAAGAGAUACAUGAAGAAAAGAAAAUACAUGAAAUGCCCAAAGACAUUUAUGAAGAAUGGGAAGAAGAUUAUGGUGAAGACCAUGACUAUUAUGUCAAAGAAGAGGGCUAUGAUGAAGGGGAAGAGGAGUGGGAAGAAGCUUAUGAGAAAAGAGAAGUGACUUAUGAAGAAAAAAGAGUAAUUCGUGAAGAAGUGACUGAAGUUCCUAAGAAACCCAUGCCUGAGAGAAAACCACCAGCCAUUAUAACUGAAAAGAAGGAAAAGAAGGAAGUAACUGUUCAAAAAGUUGUCAAGAAACCUGUUGAUGAAAAGGUGGAGGUAACCACUCAGAAGGUUGCAGAAGAAAAAGUCAAAAGAGCUGAGGUUACCAAGAAAGUUCUCCCACCAAAACCUACGCCAAUGCUCGUUGAGGAGAAAGUUAUGAAAAAAGAAGUACCAACAGUAGAAACAUGGACUGUUUCAGAAGAAAAGAUGUCAGUUUCUGUCCACAGAGAAGAAGAGUAUUCAUAUGAUGUUACAGAGCCAACAGAGCAUGAGAAAACAGUUGAAGAAAGAUUCUUUGAAGCUGUUUACCCCAUUGAAGCACAUAGAGAGGUUGAGGAGGAGGAAGAAGUCAUUUCUACAGAGCUGGAGAUCUCUCACGUUGAAGUGCCUGAGAUACCAAAGAGGCGUGUUCCAGAAGAAAGAAAGCCUGUUCCUGUCCCUAAAACAGAGGCUCCAUCAGCUAAAGUGCCCGAAGUUCCUAAGAAACCUGUUCCAGAAAAGAAAGUUGCUGUUGCUAAAAAGGAAGAAGUGGCUCCCCCAGCAAAAGUGCCAGAAGUUCCUAAGAAAGCUCCCCCAGAGAAAAAGGUUGCUGUUCCAAAAAGAGAGGAAGCUCCAACACCUAAAGUGCCUGCAGUUCCUAAGAAACCUGUCCCUAAAGAAAAAGUAUCUCCUGCUGUUCCUAAAAAAAUUGAGGCUCCUCCAGCUAAAGUGCCUGAAGUGCAGAAGAAAGCCACUUUUGAAGAAAGAGUACUUAUUACAGAAGAAAGAGUAUCUGUUGCCAUUCCAGAGGAAAUCCCAUCACCUGAAGAGCCAACAGUUGAAGAAUGGUCUGAAGAAGAAAGAGAGGAAGUAUCUAUUUCCAUUCACAGAGAAGAGAUUUCUGAAGUGACUGAAGAAGAGUCUUACUACAUAGAGGAGACAGUAACUGCUCCAAAAAGAGAGGAAGCCCCACCAAAAAAAGUGCCUGAGAAGCACAGGAGAGUUGUCCCUGAGCCAAAAGUCCCAGCUGCUCCUAAGGAAGCUCCAGGAGUUAAAGAACCUGCAGAAGCAUUGGUGCCCACUUUUGAGGCAGAAUUUGAAGAACCUCCAACAACCAAAGUGACUGAAGUGCACAGGAAAAUUAUCACAGAAGAAAAAGUUGCAGUUGCUAAAAAAGAAGUGGCUCCACCAAAGAAAGCAGUGCCCAAGAAGCCUGUGCCAGAAGACAAAGUACCUGUUCCAAUUUCACAGAAAGUGGCAGCUCCACCAGCUAAAGUGCCAGAAGCACAGAGGAAAACUGCCAGAGAAGAAAGAGUAUCUAUGGCUGUUCAAAAGAGAAAAGUGUCUCCACCACCAGAAGUACCAACAGAAGAAGAACAUUGGGCUGUGUCAGAGGAAAUAUCCGUUUCUCUCCACACAGAAAAGGAGAUUUCAUACACAGUGCCUGAUGUACCAGAGAGGGCUAUCAUUGAAGAAAGAGUGCCAAUUUAUCCUCCUAAAAAAAUUACAAGACCAUCAGCCAAAGUGCCUGAAGUACGCAAGACAGUUGUCCGAAAAGAAAAAGAGUACAUUGAAGUUCCUCAGUAUGAAGAGGAAGAAGAGAUUCCAAGAUACGAGGAGGAAGAUACCACCAGAUACGAGAAGGAGGUAAUCCGUUACAAGGAGGAAGUUCGCCAUUAUGAAGAAGUUAGUCACUAUGAGGAGGAAGUUCCCCCGUAUGAAGAGGAAGAAGUUCCUCAGUAUGAAGAGGAAGAAGUCAUCCAUUAUGAAGAAGAAGCUGCUUAUUAUGGAGAGGAAGUUGCUGAAUAUGAGGAGGAGGAGCCACAGAUUCCUCAGUAUGAAGAGAAGGCUCCUCUACCAGCUAGAGUGCCUGAGGUUCCCAAGAAGCCUGUUCCAGAGGAAAAAAUACCUAUUCUGAAGAAAAAAGAACCUCCUCCAGCAAAAGUGCCUGAGGUGCCAAAGAAACCUGUACCUGAAAAGAAAGUCCAAGUGCCGAAGAAGGAAGCUCCCCCAGCUAAAGUUCCAGAAGUGCCAAAGAAACCUGUGCCAGAAGAGAAGGUUCCUGUUCCUGUCCCAAAAAAGAAGGAUGUUCCACCAGCCAAAGUGCCUGAAGUACCAAAGAAACUCGUGCCAGAAGAGAAGGUACAUGUCCCAGUGCCUAGAAAAGUGGAAGAGCCUCCACCAGCCAAAGUGCCUGAAGUGCCCAAGAAGGUUCCAGCAAAGGCAGUACCUGUACCUGUCCCUGUCCCUGUACAUAAAAAGCCAGAACCUCCACCAGCCAAAGUGCCAGAAAUACCAAGACAUCCCAGUGAAGAGGUAUCUAUGUUUGUUCCUGAAGAAGAGGAAGAGGUUCCAGAGAUGCCAGCAAGAGUGCCAGAGGUGCCCAAGAGAGCUGUCCCAGAAGAAAAAGUACCUGUUGCAGUUCCUAAAGUAAAGAAAAUUCCACCAGCUAAAGCACCUGAGGCUGCAAAGAAAGUUGUGUCUGAAGAAAAGGUGCCCAUUUAUGUUCCUGAGGAAGAAGAAGAAGAAUUUAUUCCAGAGGAAAUUGUACCAGAAAGAGAGCCAGAGAUUCCUAAGAAACCUGUCCCAAAGGAAAAAGCACGUGUACCUCCACCUGAGAAACUGGAACUUCCUCCAGCAAAAGUUCCUGAGAUGCCUAAGAAACCCAUUCCUGAAGUGAAAGAACCAGUUCCUAAAAAGGUGCCAGCUCCACCAGCCAAAGUACCCAAGAUGCCUAAGAAGGUUGCUUCUGAAGAGAAGGUGCUGGUUGCUCCCGCUGAAAAAGUGGAGGUUCCAGCUGCAAAAGUCAUGGAGGUGCGUAAAAGAGCUAUGGCAGAAGAGAAAGUGCAAGCUGUUGUGCCCAAACCCAAAGAACCAGCACCAACCAAAGUUCCUGAAGUAUCCAAGAAACUUGUACGGAAAGAAAAAGUCCCUGCGCCUGUGGUGGAGAAAUAUGAGUAUGCCUAUGAAGAAUAUGAGAAAUAUGAGACAUACGAAAGCAUUGAAGAGUUUGAGAAGAUUCAGGAAGCUGAAGAAAUUGAGGCGUAUGAGGAACCUGAAGAACCUGAGGGAUAUAAGAAAAUUCUGGAACAGGAAUAUGAAGCAGAGGCUGAGGAGAAAGACGCCUAUGAAAAGUAUGAGUUUGAGAAGGAAGAGAUCUAUGAGAAAUAUGAGGAGGUGUAUGAGGAGGCUUAUGAGACCAAACCAGCGAUAGUGCCUGAGUUGCCCAAAAGACCUCUGCCAGAAGAAAAAGUACCUGCUCUUAAAAGAGAAGCUCCACCAGCUAAAGUGCCAGCAGUGCCGAAGAAACCUGUUCCAAGAGAAAAAGCACCACCUGCUAUUCCUAAAAAGGAAAUGCCUCCACCAGCUAAAGGGCCAGAUGAUAUCAAAAGACCUGUCCCUGAAGAAAAGAAACCUACACGUACACCUGAAAUAGAAGUUCCACCAAUGAAAGUUCCUGAGUUUCAUAAGAGAGCUGUCCUUGAAGAGAAAGCACCCACCAUUAUCCCUACAGAAGAGGAGCCUCUUUUUUAUGAAGAACAUGAAGGUUAUGGAGAAGUUCCAACAGAAGAAAAGAUGCCUUUUAUUACUCCUAGUGAACCAGAAGCUCCACCAGCUAAAGUAUCUGCAGUGACAAAGAAAACUGUCCCACUUAAGAAAACACCUGUUGCUGUACCUACAGAAGAAGCUCCUCCAGCUAAAGUUUCUGAAGUACGAAAGAAAGCAGUCCAGAAAGAAAAAAUACCUCCUGCUGUACCUAAAGAAGAACCUUCACACUUUACAGUGCAUGAAGUUUAUGAGGAGAUUCACAUAGAAGAAGAAAUUUCUACUGUUCAUAGGAAAGAGGAGGCUCCAGCAUCUAGAGUGGCUGCAGCCAUUAGGAAACCUGUUCCGGAAGAAAAAGUACCAACUGCUAGGCCUAAAAAACCAGAACCUACUCCUGUGCCUAGAAGACCAGAAUCUCCACCAUCUAAAGUGCCAGAGGUGCCCAAGAAAAUUCCUGAAGAAAAAGUGCCCAUCGCUGUCCCUAAAAAACCAGAACCACCACCAGCAAAAGUGCCUGAGGUGCCCAAGAAAGUGAUUUCUGAAGAAAAAGUACACAUUGAAGCUCCUAAAAAACCAGAACCUCCACCACCCAAAGAACCUGAGGUGCCGAAGAAAGUUGUUCCAGAAAAGAAAAUACCUGUGCAAAAAGUACCAGAACCUGUGGUUGCCCCAGAACCAGAGGCUGCACCUGAAGAACCGGAACUCCCACCAAAGGAAGUGCCGCAACCUGAAAAGAAGAUCCCUGAAAAGCGAAAACCACAACCGCCACCACCACCUGCUCCAACAGAAGAUAUUAAACUGGCAAAAGAUCUACUUAAAGCUCCUGAGGCAAGGAAGAAAGCCGUGGCUGCAAAACCUGGUGAGCCUCCGAAAUUGGAACCCCCACCUGCUAAAGUGCCUGGACUUGUAAAGAAACCUCGCAAAGUAAUUCCUGAGGCUACUCCCCCACCAAAAGAAGAAGUUGUUUUGAAAAGAGUUCUUAAAAAGAAACCUGAAGAGGAAGAGCCUAAACCAGAAAAAGAGCCUAAACCAGAAGUUAAACCAGUACCUACACCACUAGAAAAAAUUAGGAAACCUGAAGUCCCAGAAGUUCCUACGAAGAAAACUGAGAUACCAGCCAUAAAAAAAGAAGAGAAACCUGAACCACCAAAAGCUCUAAAAUCUCCAAAACCAGCUGAAGAACCAGCUCCCACUGUUACUGCUCCUGUGACAGCUCCAGUUGUUGGAAAGAAAGCAGAGGCCAAGCCACCAAAAGAGGAAUCUCCGAAGGGUAUCAGUCCAGUCAAAGCCAAGAAGACACCUUCACCAGCAGAUGCAGAGAGAAGGAAGCUCAGGCCAGGCAGUGGUGGUGAAAAACCUCCUGAAGAGCCUCCAUUUACUUACCAACUCAAAGCUGUACCACUGAAGUUUGUCAAGGAGAUGAAAGAUAUAGUGCUAAAAGAAGCUGAGUCUGUUGGGUCUUCUGCAAUCUUUGAAGUCCUUAUCUCACCAUCCACUGCAAUUACCAGCUGGAUGAAAGAUGGCAGUAACAUCCGAGAGAGCCCAAAACACAAGUUUAUUGCUGAUGGCAAAGAUAGGAAGCUGCAUAUUAUUGAUGUCCAGCUGUCUGAUGCUGGUGAAUAUACUUGUGUAUUACGACUGGGGAACAAAGAGAAGACUUCGACUGCCAAACUCAUUGUUGAAGAACUCCCAGUGCGGUUUGUGAAAACCCUUGAAGAAGAAGUGACUGUCAUUAAAACCCAGCCACUGUACUUAACAUGUGAGCUUAACAAAGAAAGAAAUGUGGUCUGGAGAAAGGAUGGUAAAAUCAUCAAAGCCAAGCCUGGGAAGUUUGCUCUGGGUGUUAUUGGUUUGUCACAUUCCCUCACAGUCUCUGAUUCAGAUGAUGCUGAUGCUGGCACUUACACGGUUACUGUGGAAGACUCUGAGCUAUCAUGCUCAUCUUGUGUUAAGGUAGUAGAAGUUAUAAGGGACUGGUUAGUAAAACCCAUAAGAGACCAGCAUGUUAAACCAAAAGGAACAGCUACUUUCAGCUGUGACAUUGUCAAGGAUACACCAAACAUUAAGUGGUUUAAAGGAGAUGAGGAAAUCCCUGCUGAACCCACUGACAAGACAGAAAUCUUGAAAGAAGGAAAUAAAAUUUUCCUGAAAAUCAAGAAUGCUGGUCCUGCUGAUAUUGGAGAAUAUGCAGUAGAAGUUGAAGGUCGCAGAUACCCAGCUAAACUGACCCUUGGUGAACGUGAAGUUGAGCUUCUGAAGCCAUUAGAGGAUGUUACAGUUUAUGAAAAAGAAACAGCAAAUUUUGAUACAGAAAUAUCUGAAGAAGAUGUUCCUGGUGAAUGGAAGCUGAAAGGAGAAAUCCUGAGACCUUCACCUACAUGUGAAAUCAAAGCUGAAGGAGGAAAACGCUUCCUAACCUUACACAAAGUCAAGCUGGAUCAAGCUGGUGAAGUCCUUUACCAGGCGCUUAACGCCGUCACGACAGCUAUCCUGACAGUAAAAGAAAUCGAAUUGGACUUCGCUGUGCCCCUUAAAGAUGUCACUGUUCCUGAGAAGCGCCAAGCGAGGUUUGAAUGUGUGCUUACCAGAGAGGCCAACGUUAUAUGGUCUAAGGGCACUGAUAUACUCAAGAUCGGAGAAAAAUUUGACAUCAUUGCAGAUGGAAAGAAGCACAUUCUUGUUAUCAAUGAUUCACAGUUUGAUGAUGAGGGAGAAUACACUGCUGAAGUUGAUGGCAAGAAGAGCACAGCAAGACUGUUUGUGGAAGGUAUAAGGCUGAAGUUUAUAUCACCUCUGCAGGAUCAAACAGUGAAAGAGGGGGAAACAGCUCACUUCCAGUUUGAGCUUUCUCAUGAAGACAUGCCUGUGAAAUGGUUCAAAAAUGACAAAAGACUUCACACAAGCAGAACAGUUUUAAUUACUUCAGAAGGCAAAGUUCAUAAACUAGAAAUGAGAGAAGUAACACUUGAUGAUAUUUCAGAAAUAAAGGCCGUAGUCAAGGACUUGAACACACAAGCCAACCUGAAAGUCUUAGAGGCUGAUCCAUAUUUCACUGUGAAAUUACAAGACUACAGUGCUGUAGAGAAGGAUGAUAUUACUCUGGAGUGUGAACUUAGCAAAGAUGUGCCAGUAAAAUGGUACAAAGAUGGUGAAGAACUAAUAGCUUCCAACAGAAUUUCCAUAAAAACGGAUGGCUUGCGCCGUAUCCUGAAGAUCAAGAAGGCUGCAGAGGGUGAUAAAGGUGUUUAUGAGUGUGACUGUGGAACUGACAAGACGAGUGCCAAUAUCAGCGUUGAGUCUCGCCUAAUUAAAGUGGAGCGCCCACUGUAUGGGGUGGAAGUAUUUGUUGGUGAAACAGCACGCUUUGAAAUUGAAAUUUCUGAGCCAGAUGUCCACCCUGUAUGGAAGCUAAAGGGAGAAACCCUAACACCUUCACCUGACUGUGAAAUCAUUGAAGAUGGGAAGAAGCAUAUUCUUGUCCUUCAUAACUGCAAACUUGACAUGACUGGAGAAGUGUCUUUCCAAGCUGCCAAUGCUAAAAGUGCUGCUAAUCUGAAAGUGAAAGAACUGCCUCUUAUCUUUAUCACUCCACUAAGUGAUGUGAAGGUCUUUGAGAAGGAUGAAGCUAAGUUUGAAUGUGAGGUAUCCAGAGAACCCAAGACUUUCCGCUGGUUGAAAGGAACAGAAGAGAUCACUCCUGAUGAAAAAUUUGAAAUUAUUGCAGACGGAACAAAGCAUGCUCUGAUUAUUAAAUCUGUUGCCUUUGAGGAUGAAGUAAAAUACACAUUUGAAGCUGAGGAUAAAAGAACAAGUGCCAAGCUCAUUAUUGAAGGUAUCCGCCUGAAAUUCAUCACUCCUCUCAAGGACGUAACAAAGAAAGAGCGAGAAACUGCAGAGUUCACUGUGGAACUCUCCCAUGAAAAUAUCACUGUGGUCUGGUUCAAGAAUGACCAACGAUUACAUACCAGCAAAGUGGUUUCAAUGACAGAUGAUGGCAAAUUCCAUACACUCACAAUCAAAGAUCUUACUAUCGAUGAUACUUCUCAGAUAAAAGUGGAAGCUAUGGGCAAAUCCUCAGAAGCUAAACUCACUGUUCUUGAGGGAGACCCUUAUUUCACUGGGAAGCUGCAAGAUUACACUGCUGUGGAGAAAGAUGAAGUAAUCUUACAAUGUGAAAUCAGCAAAGCAGAUGCCCCAGUGAAAUGGAUGAAGGAUGGCAAUCCAAUUACUGCAUCAAAGAAUGUCGUUAUUAAGGCUGAUGGUAAAAAGAGAAUCCUUAUUCUCAAGAAAGCUUUGAAGAAAGACAUUGGACAGUACACUUGUGACUGUGGUACUGAUCAAACCUCUGCUAAACUUGAUAUUGAAGACCGGGAUAUUGAGAUUGUACGACCACUCUACAGUGUGGAGGUGAUUGAGACAGAGACUGCCCGUUUUGAUAUUGAAAUCUCUGAGGAAGGUGUCCAUGGCAAUUGGAAGCUAAAAGGAGAACCCCUGACUGAAUCAUCUGAAUGUGAAAUCAAGGAGGAAGGAAAAAAGCACUUCCUUACACUGUACAAUGUACGCUUAGAUCAAGCUGGUGGAGUAGAUUUCCAAGCAGCAAAUGCCAAGUCUGGUGCUCACCUUCGAGUGAAACCUCGAGUAAUUGGCUUGCUGAGACCCCUCAAGGAUGUAACAGUGACAGCUGGGGAAUCAGCAACCUUCGAUUGUGAACUCUCUUAUGAGGGAAUCCCAGUAGAAUGGUUCCUGAAAGGAAAGAAACUGGAGCCCAGUGACAAGGUUGUGACCCGUGCUGAAGGGAGAAUUCACACACUUAUUCUUAGAGACGUCAAGUUAACAGAUGCAGGAGAGGUAUCACUGACAGCAAAAGAUUUCAGAACUCAAGCAAAUCUUUUUGUGAAAGAACCCCCAGUUGAAUUUACUAAACCACUUGAGGACCAGACCGUUGAAGAGGAGGCCACUGCAGUACUGGAAUGUGAAGUUUCCAGGGAAAAUGCAAAAGUUAAAUGGUUCAAAAAUGGAGAAGAAAUUCACAAAUCAAAGAAGUAUGAUAUCAUUUCUGAUGGCAGGGUCAGAAAACUCAUCAUCCAUGGCUGCACACUGGAUGAUGCAAAAACAUACACCUGUGAUGCUAAGGAUUUUAAGACAUCAUGUUUUCUCAAUGUGGAGCCUAUUCGUGUUGACUUCCUGAAACCUCUAACUGACCUUGAGGUUAAAGAAAAAGAAUCUGCUCGGUUUGAAUGCGAAAUUUCUCGUCCAAAUGUCAAGGUGAAGUGGUUUAAGGAUGGCAUGGAAAUUAGAAAAGGCAAAAAGUAUGACAUAAUUUCUAAAGGUGCAGAACACAUUCUUGUCAUCAAUAAAUGUGUCUUUGAUGAUGAAGCUGAAUAUUCCUGUGAAGCAAAAACAGCUCGAACUUCUGGCCUACUUACAGUGAUAGAGGAAGAGGCUGUUUUCACAAAAAAUCUUCCUGAUCUCGAAGUAAAUGAAAAUGACACUGUAAAAUUGAUCUGUGAAGUUUCAAAGCCUAAUGCUGAAGUUACUUGGCUUAAAGGAGAUGAAGAGGUGCCUGAUGGUGGUAGAUUUGAACACAUUUCCGAUGGUAGAAAGAGAAUUCUUGUUAUACAUAAUGCUCAUCCUGAAGAUGCUGCCAAAUACACUUGCAAGCUCCCAAGCUCUAGUACAACAGGAAAACUUACUGUACAUGAACUUGCAGCAGAAUUUCUUACUAGACCACAAAACCUUGAGGUGCUUGAGGGAGAAAAAGCUGAAUUUGUCUGUUCAGUAUCCAAAGAAGCCAUUACAGUACAGUGGCUGAGGGAUAACACAGUCCUGGAGCCUGGUGAUAAGUACGACAUCAUUUCAGAUGGCAAAAAGAGAACACUUGUGGUUAAAGACUCUAUUCUAGGAGACACAGGAAUGUAUACUGUCAUGGUUGGUGAAGCUAAAGCUACAGCACACUUAGCAGUGAUUGAAAAACUCAAGAUUAUAACUCCUCUUAAGGACCAAGAAGUUAAUGAGUGUCAAGAAAUUAUCUUCAACUGUGAAGUCAAUAAAGAAGGUGCCAAAGAGAAGUGGUACAAAAAUGACGAGGCAAUAUUUGAUAGUGCAAAGUACAUUAUUGUUCAGAAGGGUGUAGUCUACACUCUCAGAAUCAGAGAUGCAGAGUUGAAAGAUCAAGCUACCUACACCAUCUCACUGACAAACCAGAGAGGUGAACACGUUAAAAGCUCUGCUGCCUUAAAAGUAUUAGAGGAGGAUCUCAGAAUUGUUGAGCCCCUUGAAGAUAUUGAGACCAUGGAAAAGAAAACUGUCACAUUCUGGUGCAAAGUCAAUCGCCUUAAUGCAACUCUCAAAUGGACAAAGAAUGGAGAAGAAAUCACAUUUGACAGGCGCAUUUUGUACAAAAUUGAUAAAUUUAAGCACUCAUUGAUCAUUAAAGACUGUGGGUUUGUAGAUGAAGGUGAAUACACUGUUACUGCUGGACAAGACAAAUCAGUUGCAGAGCUUCUCAUCACAGAAGCACCAGCAGACUUCACUGAACAUCUUCAGGACCAGACUGUCACUGAAUUUGAUGAUGCUGUCUUUACAUGCCAGCUUUCCAAAGAGAAAGUCAGUGUGAAAUGGUACAGAAAUGGAAGAGAAAUCAAAGAAGGCAAAAAAUACCAGUUUGAAAAGGAUGGAAAUCUGCACAGAUUAAUCAUAAAAGAUUGCAGACUAGAUGAUGAGUGUGAAUAUUCCUGUGGAGUGGAUGACAGGAGAUCUAGAGCGAGACUUUUUGUUGAAGAAAUCCCUGUUGAGAUUAUUCGACCACCACAAGAUAUUUAUGAAGCUCCUGGUGCAGAUGUCAUCUUCAUGGCUGAGUUGAACAAAGAUGGUGUGGAGGUCAAGUGGUUGAGAAACAACAUGAUUAUCAUCCAAGGUGACAAACAUCAGAUGAUGAGUGAAGGAAAGGUCCACAGGCUGCAGGUGUGUGACAUAAAACCCCGUGACCAAGGGGAAUACAGAUUUAUCGCCAAAGAUAAGGAAGCUAGAGCUAAGCUUGAAUUAGCUGCUGCACCUAAAAUCAAGACUGGUGAUCAAAACCUUGUGGUUGAUGUUGGGAAACCUUUAACUAUGACUGUUCCAUAUGAUGCCUACCCAAGAGCAGAAGCUGAAUGGUUGAAAGCAGGGGAAAGUCUGCCCACAACAACUGUUGAUACAACAACUGACUGCACUACCUUCAAAAUCUAUGAAGCAAAGAAAUCAGAUAAGGGCAGGUACAAGGUUGUGCUUCGAAACAAACAUGGCCAGGCAGAAGCAUUCAUCAAUGUAGAGGUCAUUGAUGUUCCAGGUCCAGUAAGAAACUUGGAAGUCACAGAAACUUAUGAUGGUGAAGUUGGUCUCGCAUGGCAAGAGCCAGAAAGUGAUGGUGGAAGUAAAAUCAUAGGCUACGUUGUUGAAAGACGUGAUAUCAAGCGUAAGACCUGGAUUGUGGUCACAGAUCGUGCUGAAAAUUGUGAAUACACUGUUACUGGACUUCAGAAAGGAGGAGUUGAGUACCUCUUCCGUGUUAGUGCACGGAACAGAGUGGGCACUGGUGAGCCAGUGGAAACAGACACACCUGUGGAAGCUAAGAGCAAAUUUGAUGUUCCUGGUCCUCCUCAGAAUGUGGAAGUUACUGAUGUGAACAGGUUUGGAGCCACACUUAGCUGGGAACCACCUGAGGAUGAUGGAGGAUCCCCAAUUACUGGUUACGUUAUUGAACUGCGUAACAGAGCUACCAUCAGAUGGGAGCCAACUAUGACCACAGGAGCUGAUGAACUGUCAGCUGUCCUGACUGAUGUUGUGGAAAAUGAAGAAUAUUUCUUCAGAGUAAGAGCUCAAAACAUGGUUGGAGUUGGGAAACCAAGUCCUGCUACACGUGCAGUAAAAAUCAUGGACCCGAUCGAGAGACCAAGUCCUCCCAUUAACCUUGAGCAUUCAGAUCAAACGAAGUCAUCAGUUCAGCUCACAUGGGAACCCCCUCUUGAAGAUGGAGGAAGUCCAAUUUUAGGCUAUAUUAUUGAAAGGCAAGAAGAAGGAACAGACAAGUGGAUUCGUUGUAACCCAAAACUAGUACCUGCUCUUACUUUUAAGGUAACUGGAUUAAAACAAGGAUCCAGUUAUUACUACAGAGUCUCAGCAGAAAAUGCAGCUGGUGUGUCUGAUCCAGCAGAGGCUAUUGGACCAUUAACUGCAGAUGAUACUUUUGUUGAACCUACAAUGGACCUAAGUGCAUUUAAGGAUGGGCUGGAAGUAAUUGUACCAGAGCCAAUCAAGAUCCGUGUUCCCAUCACUGGGUACCCUGUGCCAACUGCCACAUGGUCUUUUGGUGACCAAGUCUUAGAAGAGGGCGAUCGUGUGAAAAUGAAGACCACUGCCUCCUUUGCAGAACUUGUAAUUACUCCGAGUGAGCGCCCAGACAAGGGAAUUUAUUACUUAACACUGGAAAACCCUGUGUCAUCUGUUUCGGGAGAAAUUAAUGUUAAUGUCAUUGCUUGUCCAAGUGCACCAAGAGAACUCAAUGUUUUAGAAGUACUCAAGAGUACAGUGCAGCUCGCAUGGGAACCUCCAGAAGAUGAUGGUGGAAGUCCAGUUACUGGCUAUAUAAUUGAAAAACGUGAAGUAAGCCGGAAAACAUGGAGCAAAGUUAUGGAUCAUAUUGUUGACCAAGAGUUCACUGUACCUGACCUUGUCCAAGGGAAAGAAUAUUUAUUUAGAGUUUCUGCAUGCAAUAAAUGUGGCCCUGGAGAACCUGCCUAUAUUGAUGAACCUGUAAAUAUGUCAAUACCAGCAACGGUACCUGAUCCACCAGAAAAUGUUAAAUGGAGAAAUCCAACAUCAAAAGGAAUCUUCCUAACAUGGGAGCCUCCCAAAUAUGAUGGUGGUGCACGCAUUAAGGGUUAUCUGGUGGAAAAAUCCCAACGUGGCACAGAUAAGUGGGAGAUAUGUGGGGAGCCUGUUAUUGAAACAAAAAUGGAAGUAACAAAGCUCAAGGAAGGAGAGUGGUAUGCUUAUCGGGUUAAGGCUUUGAACAGAAUGGGAGCAAGUAGGCCAAGUAAGCCAACUGAUGAUAUUCAGGCCAUUGAUGUAAAAGAGGCUCCAGAAAUUUUCUUAGACGUGAAGCUUCUUGCUGGACUUACUGUGAAAGCUGGAACUAAAAUUGAGCUGCCAGCAAAAGUAACUGGAAGGCCUGAGCCCCAGAUUACUUGGACCAAGGCUGACAAAAUUUUGAGACCUGACAACAGAAUCACCAUUGAAAGCCAGCCUAAUCAUUCUACAGUCACUAUUACAGACAGCAAGAGGAGUGACAGUGGAACCUAUAUUAUAGAAGCUGUAAAUUCCAGCGGACGUGCUACUGCUGUUGUUGAAGUUAAUGUUCUUGAUAAACCUGGUCCACCAGCUGCAUUUGAUGUAUCAGAAAUCACAAACGAAUCCUGCCUUCUAACCUGGAAUCCUCCACGAGAUGAUGGGGGUUCUAAAAUUACAAACUACGUCCUUGAGAAAAGAGCUACAGACAGUGAAAUAUGGGACAAGUUGUCAUCAACUAUUAAAGAUACAAAAUUCAGAGCUACCAAUUUAACUCCUCAUAAAGAAUAUGUGUUUCGAGUCAGUGCUGAAAACAUGUACGGUGUUGGGGAGCCAGCACAGUGUAGCCCCAUCAUUGCCAAAUAUUCAUUUGAUCCACCAGGCCCUCCAACAGGUCUCAAGCCUACAGAGGUCACUAAAGAUUCAGUCACUUUAACAUGGAAUGAACCAGAUGAAGAUGGUGGCAGCCCCAUAACUGGCUACUGGGUUGAAAGAUAUGAUCCUGAGCAGGAUAAAUGGAUAAAAUGCAAUAAAAUGCCAGUGAAAGAUACAACAUUCAAAGUUAAAGGUCUUACAAAUAAGAAGAAAUACAAGUUCCGCGUCUUGGCAGAAAAUCUUGCAGGACCUGGAAAACCAAGCCGGGAAACAGAGCCAAUCUUAGUGAAAGAUCCAAUCGAUCCACCAUGGCCUCCUGGAAAGCCAACUGUUAAAGAUAUUGGCAAGACAUUCCUUACCCUGAACUGGACAAAGCCAGAACAUGACGGAGGGGCAAAAAUUGAAUCUUAUGUAAUCGAGCUGUUAAAGACAGGAACAGAUGAAUGGGUGAGAGUGGCUGAAGGAGUUCCCACAACUGAACACUUCCUCAAAGACCUUAUGGAGAAACAAGAAUAUUCAUUCCGUGUAAGAGCUGUGAACAAGGCUGGCGAGAGUGAGCCCAGUGAGCCCAGUGACCCUGUGCUGUGCAAGGAGAGGCUCUAUCCUCCUUCACCACCCCGAUGGCUUGAAGUUAUUAAUAUUACUAAAAAUACAGCAGAUCUUAAAUGGACAGUACCAGAAAAAGAUGGAGGUUCCCCAAUUACCAACUACAUUGUUGAAAAAAGAGAUGUAAGGCGGAAAGGUUGGCAGACAGUUGAUACAACAGUGAAAGAUACCAAGUACACAGUGAGCCCACUGACUGAAGGCUCAUUGUAUGUGUUCCGUGUGGCUGCUGAAAAUGCCAUUGGACAGAGUGACUACUGUGAAAUUGAAGACUCAGUGCUUGCUAAAGAUACUUUCACAACUCCUGGGCCUCCGUAUGCCCUUACAAUAGUUGAAGUGAAAAAAGGCCAUGUAGAUUUGAAAUGGGAACCACCUAAAAAUGAUGGUGGCAGACCGAUUCAAAGAUAUGUUAUUGAAAAGAAAGAAAAGCUAGCUACUCGCUGGGUAAAAGCUGGGAAGACAGCUGGUCCAGACUGCAAUUUCAGAGUGACAGAUGUCAUUGAAGGUACAGAUGUACAGUUCCAGGUUCGUGCAGAAAAUGAAGCUGGUUGUGGUCAUCCCAGUGAACCAACUGACCUCGUUCACAUUGAAGAUCCAACAAGUCCUCCUUCACCUCCUCAGGAUUUACAUGUCACAGAUGCAGGCCGAAAACACAUUUGCAUUGCAUGGAAACCUCCUGAGAAGAAUGGUGGAAGUCCUAUUAUUGGAUACAAUGUUGAGAUGUGUGAAGCAGGAACGGAAAAAUGGAUGCGAAUCAAUUCUCGUCCAAUUAAAGAUCUAAAGUGUAAAGUGGAGGAGGGUGUUGUUCCGGACAAAGAAUAUGUGCUGAGAGUCAGAGCUGUCAAUGCUGUUGGAGCUAGUGAGCCCUCAGACAUCUCAGAAAAAGUUGUUGCCAAGGACCCAGACUGUAAUCCAACCAUUGAUCUGCAAACUCGUGACAUUGUUGUUGUUAAAGGACAGAAACUAAGUAUCCCUAUACCCUUCAGAGCUGUCCCAUCCCCAACUAUAACAUGGCACAAAGAUGGCAAAGAGUUGAAAGCUGGUGACAGAACAACAAUGAAGAGUGACUACACCUCUGCAUUGCUUGAAGUGAUAGACAGUGUUCAUGCUGAUGCUGGUGUUUAUACUAUCACACUGGAGAACAAGCUGGCAUCAACAACUGGUUCAGUCAAUGUCAAAGUCAUAGGUCCACCUGGACAGUGUAAAGACAUUAAGGCAAGCGAAGUAACUAAGAAUUCUUGCAAAGUAUCCUGGGAGCCUCCAGACUUUGAUGGUGGUACUCCUAUUUUGCAUUAUGUUCUGGAACGCAGGGAAGCAGGUCGUAAAACAUACAUCCCAGUCAUGUCUGGUGAAAAUAAGCUUUCAUGGCAAGUCAAAGAUCUUAUCCCAAACUGUGAAUAUUACUUCCGUGUUAAAGCUGUCAAUAAGAUUGGAGGGGGUGAUUAUCUUGAACUAAGAAACCCGAUCAUUGCAGAAGACCCAAAACAGCCCCCAGAUCCGCCUGUCGACCUUGAAGUCCAUAAUCCAACAUCAAAAUCUGUAACUCUUACAUGGAAACCACCCCUGUUUGAUGGUGGAAGCAAGAUUAUGGGCUAUAUAAUAGAAAAGCUUGCUAAGGGCAAAGAGAGGUGGCAGAGAUGCAAUGACUAUCUGGUACCCUUACUAACUUACACAGUGAAAGGCCUUGAGGAAGGAAAUGAGUACCAGUUCCGUGUUCGUGCUGAGAAUGCUGCUGGCAUCAGUGAGCCUUCUCGGAUUACUCCUUUUGUGAAAGCUGUGGAUCCUAUUGAGGCUCCAAAAGUCUUCCUUGCUGCAAACCUACAGUCUGGCCUUGAGGUGAAGAGAGGUGAUGAGAUCGUACUUGAGGCACAUAUUUCAGGGUCACCCUAUCCAUCUAUCACUUGGCUGAGGAAUGAUGAAGUUGUCAGACCAGAGGAUAUCAAAAAGAGAGUAGUGGCACCUAAGAAGAAGAAGGGUGAAGCUGAAGAAGAGAAACCUUUCCAGCUUUCACUGCCAGAACGUAUGAGUGUUGACAACCACAAGGAAGGAGAGUCCAUACUAUCAGUUCGUGACUCCAUUAGAGCUGACCAUGGCACAUUUACAAUUAAAGUAGAAAAUGAUCAUGGAGUUGCAAAAGCCUCAUGUGAAGUCAAUGUGUUGGAUACACCUGGGCCACCAGUCAACUUUGUAUUUGAAGAUUUGAGGAAAAAUUCUGUCAUUUGCAAGUGGGAACCUCCCCUUGAUGAUGGUGGAAGUGAAAUCCUAAACUAUGUACUGGAAAAGAAAGACAAUACAAAAGCUGAAAUGGGCUGGGUCACUGUCAGUUCAACACUCAGACAUUGCAAAUUCCAUGUAACAAAACUGAUAGAAGGGAAAGAAUAUCUAUUCCGUGUAUUUGCUGAAAACAGAGUUGGAGCAGGACCACCAUGUGUUUCAAAACCAGUGACAGCUAAAGAUCCUUUCUCUCCACCAGAUGCACCUAAUAAGCCUGAUGUGGAAGAUGUAACCAGCAACAGUAUGCUGGUUAAGUGGAAUGAACCAAAAGACAAUGGCAGCCCUAUCAUAGGAUACUGGAUUGAAAAACGUGAAAUCAACAGUACUCAUUGGGCUCGGGUCAACAGGAACCUUGUGAAUGCUCUGGAAGUAAAAGUUGAAGGACUGUUGGAAGGUUUAACUUACAUCUUUAGAGUGUGUGCUGAAAAUGCAGCUGGCCCUGGUAAAUUUAGUCCACCAUCAGAUCCAAAAACUGCACAGGACCCAAUAAUGCCACCUGGUCCACCAAUUCCAAGGAUUGCUGACACAAGUGCAACUUCCAUUGAGCUAGAAUGGGAACCUCCUGUGUAUAAUGGUGGUGGAGACAUCACUGGUUACCAUGUGUACAAACAACUGAUGGGAGUAAAUGAGUGGUCACGCUGUACAGCAAAACCCAUUAAGGUCCUGCAGUUUACUGUUGGAGAAGUCAGGGAAGGUGCAGACUAUAAACUCCGUGUUACUGCACUCAAUGCAGCUGGUGAAGGACCACCUGGAGAAACUGAACCCGCAACAGUUGCAGAACCUAAAGAGCCUCCUACUGUUGAGCUGGAUGUUUCUGUGAAAGCAGGCAUUCAGGUCAUGGCUGGGCAGACUAUUAAAAUUCCUGCUACUGUGACAGGGCGUCCUACUCCCACCAUUGUAUGGGCUGUAGAGGAGCGUGAAUUAGACAAAGAUCGAGUUGUUAUUGAAAAUGUUGGCACAAAAUCUGAGUUAACCAUUAAGAAUGCAUUGAGAAAAGACCAUGGAAGAUAUGUAAUUACUGCUUCCAAUAGCAGUGGUUCAAAAUCUGCAGGAACCAGAGUAGAAGUAUUUGAUGUUCCCGGACCAGUCCUUGACCUAAAGCCAGUGGUCACAAACAGAAAGAUGUGUUUGCUUAACUGGUCUGAUCCUGAAGAUGAUGGUGGCAGUGACAUCAUAGGUUUCAUUGUUGAACGGAAGGAUGCCAAAAUGCAUACAUGGAGACUAGCUGUAGACACAGAUAGAUCUAAAUGUGAUAUUACAGGUUUAAUUGAAGGGCAGGAAUAUAAAUUCCGUGUUAGUGCCAAGAACAAAUUUGGUACUGGUCCACCUGUUGAAAUAGGACCCAUUCUUGCAGUUGACCCAUUAGGUCCUCCAACAGCACCUGAGAGGUUUAUGUACACAGAGAGGACUAAGUCAUCCAUUACACUUGAUUGGAAGCCUCCACGCAGUGAUGGUGGUAGUCCCAUCUUAGGAUAUAUUGUUGAGAAGAGGAGACAUGAUUCAAAAGAUUAUGAAAGAGUUAAUGCAAGGCUCUGUCCAAAAACAUCUCUUCUAGUUGAAAAACUUGAUGAACUUCAUAUGUAUGAAUUUCGUGUGAAAGCUGUCAAUGAGAUUGGAGAAAGUGAGCCGUCACUGCCCCUCAAUGUAGUUAUACAAGAUGAUGAAGUGCCUCCAACUGUUACAUUGCGUUUGGCUGUGAGAGGAGAUACUAUCAAAGUCAAGGCUGGAGAACCAGUUAACAUUCCUGCUGAUGUAACAGGCCUGCCAAUGCCAAAGAUUGAAUGGGACAAGAAUGAAGUUUUAAUCGACCAAACAUCCAAUGCACUGAAGAUAACCAAGGAAGAAGUAUCUAGAACUGAGGCAAAAACUGAACUUAGCAUGCCUGCAGCAGUGAGGGAUGAUAAGGGCACUUACACUGUGAGAGCUUCCAAUCGUCUUGGCACUGCAUUUCGCAAUGUGCAUGUCGAAGUGUAUGAUCGUCCUUCUCCACCAAGAAAUCUUGCUGUUUCUGAUAUUAAAGCAGAAUCAUGCUAUUUAACAUGGGAUGCACCUCUUGAUAAUGGUGGUAGUGAAAUUACCCAUUACAUUAUUGAAAAACGUGAUGCUAGUAAGAAGAAAUCUGAGUGGGAAGAAGUCUCCAAAGGCGCUGUUGAGAGAAGAUUUGGGGUAUGGAAUCUUGCAACAAAUGAAAAAUACCAAUUUAGGGUCCGGGCUGUAAACAAAUAUGGAAUAAGUGAUGAAUGCCUCUCAGAAAAAGUUGUUAUUAAGGAUCCCUAUGGUCUUCCUGGACCUCCUGGAAAACCAAAAAUUUUGGAUCGCACCAGAUCAUCUAUGCUGGUGACUUGGGAGCCUCCUUUGGACAAUGGUGGCAGCCCAAUAACUGGAUAUUGGUUGGAGAAGAGAGAGGUGGGAGGUGUCUACUGGGCACGUGUCAACAGGGCUCCAGUAACAAAACCAUCAGUAAAAGGUCUAGAGCACAAUGUGCUUCGUUUGGCUGAAGGAGUUGAAUACCAGUUUAGAGUUAUGGCUGAAAAUCUUGCAGGAAUUGGUCCUCCCAGUGAACCAUCAGAUCCAGCUUUGGCAGCAGAUCCCAUAUUUGUACCUGGUCCACCAUCUUGCCCAGAGGUCAAAGACAAAACCAAAUCAUCUGUAGCACUUGCAUGGAAGCCUCCUCAAAAGGAUGGUGGGAGUCCUAUAAAAGGAUAUAUUGUUGAAAUGCAAGAUGAAGGUAGUACUGACUGGAAAAAGGUGAACGAAGGAGACAAACUCUUUCCUACUUGUGAAUGUGUUAUUCCCAACUUGAAAGAGCUCAGAAAAUACCGAUUUAGGGUGAAAGCUGUAAAUGCUGCUGGAGAAUCAGAACCAAGUCCUGCAACUUCAGAGAUACCUGUCCAAGAUAUUCUAGAGGAACCAGAAAUCUUCCUUGAUAUUGGAGUACAGGAUUUGCUCUCUUGUCGUGCUGGCACAACAAUUAAAAUCCCAGCUGUUAUCAAGGGUCGUCCAGUUCCAAAGACAUUUUGGGAGUACGAAGGAAAAGCAAAAACAGCAGCAAAGGAGGGAGGUCAUAAUGUACCAGAAGAAGCUAAGGUGGAAGCUACUGAUACACGUUCAGAGAUUAUCAUCCCUGAGUGCAACAGAAGCCAUUCUGGACGAUACAGUAUUACAGCAAAGAACAAAGCAGGGCAAAAGACAGUGCAUGUCAGAGUCAAUGUGCUUGAUGUCCCUGGUCCACCAAAAGACCUAAAAGUAAGUGAUAUCACAAGAGGUAGCUGUAAACUUUCAUGGAAGAUGCCAGACGAUGAUGGUGGAGAUAGAAUCAGAGGCUAUGUUAUAGAGAAAAGAAAUAUUGAUGGGAAGGCCUGGACGAAAGUCAAUCCAAACUGUGGCAGUACUUCCUUUGUGGUACCUGAUCUAAUAACUGGCCAAGAGUAUUUCUUCCGGGUACGUGCAGAAAACCGUUUUGGAGUUGGCCCUCCUGCAGAAACCAUCCAGCGGACCACAGCCAGGGAUCCAAUCCAUCCUCCUGAUCCGCCCAUUAAACUGAGGAUUGGCCUUGUAACCAAGAACACAGUGAGCCUGACGUGGAAACCACCAAAGAAUGAUGGUGGAGCUCCUGUUACACAUUAUAACGUUGAAUGUCUCCGCUGGGAUCGUACUGGAGAAGUGAAAGAGUCUUGGAAGCAGUGCAACAGACGUGAUGUGGAAGAAACAAAGUUUACUGUUGAGGAUCUUGUAGAAGGUGGAGAAUAUGAAUUCAGAGUCAAAGCUGUAAAUAUAGCAGGUCCUAGCAGACCUUCAGCCACUGUUGGCCCACUUGUUGUCAAAGACCAGACAUGUCCACCAUCUAUUGAGCUCAAAGAAUUUAUGGAAGUUGAAGAAGGAACAGAUGUUAAAAUUGUGGCCAAGAUAAAGGGUGUACCCUUCCCCACAUUAACAUGGCUCAAAGCUUCUCCAAAGAAACCAGAUGACAAAUCACCAGUGGUGUAUGAUCAACAUGUCAACAAGAUCGUUGAUGAAGAUACUUGCACUUUAUUGAUCCAACAGUCUCGCAGAAACGAUACAGGCUUAUAUACUAUAACAGCUGUAAAUAAUCUGGGAACUGCUUCAAAGGAGAUGCGGCUGAAUGUUCUGGGUCGUCCUGGACCUCCAGUAGGACCUAUUAAAUUUGAAUCCAUUUUGGCCGAUAAAAUGACAAUAUCAUGGCUUCCUCCAUUAGAUGAUGGUGGUUCUAAGAUUACAAACUAUGUUAUAGAGAAAAAAGAAGCAAAUAGGAAGACAUGGGUGUCUGUUACUAAUGAGCCUAAGGAAUGUAUAUUCACUGUUCCCAAGCUGAUGGAAGGCCAUGAAUACGUAUUCCGCAUUAUGGCACAAAACAAAUAUGGUAUUGGAGAACCUUUGGAUAGUGAGCCAGAAACAGCACGAAACCUUUUCACUGUCCCUGGACCACCUGACAAGCCAACAGUUAGCAGUAUAACACGUGACUCAAUGACAGUAAACUGGGAAGAACCAGAACAUGAUGGUGGCUCUCCUAUUACUGGUUACUGGUUGGAGCGCAAAGAGACCACUGGAAAGAGAUGGACCAGGGUUAACCGAGAUCCCAUCAAGCCCAUGACACUGGGGGUUUCAUACAAAGUUACAGGCCUUAUUGAAGGCUCUGAAUAUCAGUUCCGUGUUUCAGCUAUCAAUGCAGCUGGUGUUGGCCCACCAAGCAUGCCAUCCGAUCCAGCACUUGCUAGAGAUCCUAUUGCCCCACCUGGCCCUCCUGUACCAAAAGUUACUGAUUGGACAAAGUCUUCUGUAGACUUGGAGUGGACUCCACCAGUAAAGGAUGGUGGUUCUAGAGUCACUGGCUACAUUGUUGAGUUUAAAGAAGAAGGAAAGGAAGAAUGGGAACGGGUAAAAGAUAAAGAAAUCAGAGGAACCAAGUUUGUUGUGACAGGAUUAAAAGAAGGUUGUUUUUACAAAUUUAGAGUUAGAGCAGUAAAUGCUGCUGGCAUCGGAGAGCCUGGAGAAGUUACAGACAUUAUUGAAAUGAAGGACAGAAUUGUGGCUCCUGAUAUUAACUUGGAUGCAAGUGUCAGGGACAGAAUUGUUGUUCAUGCUGGAGGAGUAAUUCGGAUCAUAGCAUAUGUCUCAGGAAAACCACCUCCAACAGUGACUUGGAGCAGGGAUGAGCAAGCUUUGCCAGAAGAAGCCAAAAUUGAAGAAACAGCUAUUAGUUCUUCUGUGGUCAUCAGGAAUUGCAAAAGGAGUCACCAGGGUUUAUACACUCUUCUUGCUAAAAAUGAUGGCGGUGAGAGGAAGAAGACCGUUAUUGUUGAUGUGCUAGAUGUGCCAGGCCCAGUUGGAAUGCCACUCCUUACAGAAAAUCUAACCAAUGACUCAUGUAAAUUGUCGUGGUUUACUCCAGAAGAUGAUGGUGGCUCUCCUAUAACCAACUAUAUAAUUGAAAAACGUGAAUCUGACCAUAGAGCUUGGACUCCAGUGACCUACACAGUUACAAGGCAGAAUGCUACUAUUCAGGGACUCAUUCAAGGGAAAGCCUACUUCUUCCGAAUUGCAGCUGAGAAUAUAAUUGGCAUGGGUCCUUUCACAGAAACAACAAAAGAGAUUCUCAUUAGAGAUCCAAUAACUGUUCCUGACCGUCCAGAAGACCUAGAAGUAAAAGCAGUUACCAAGAACUCGGUUACACUAACUUGGAACCCUCCAAAAUAUAAUGGAGGCUCAGAUAUCACCAUGUAUGUUCUAGAGAGCCGUCUCAUUGGAAAAGACAAAUUCCACAAAGUUACAAAGGAGAAAAUGCUUGAUAGGAAAUUCACUGUAGAAGGCUUGAAAGAGGGUGACACCUAUGAGUAUCGUGUGAGUGCCUGCAAUAUUGUGGGGCAAGGCAAGCCAUCAUUUUGCACUAAACCAAUCACGUGCAAGGAUGAAAUUGCUCCUCCCACACUUGACCUUGACUUUAGAGACAAGCUUAUUGUCCGAGUUGGUGAAGCUUUCAGCUUGACUGGACGUUACUCAGGCAAACCUGCACCAAAGGUUACUUGGUUAAAGGAUGAUAUUGUUGUGAAAGAAGAUGACAGAAUAAAGAUCAAGACAACUCCUACAACUCUUUGUUUGGGGAUACUAAAAUCUGUCCGUGAAGACACAGGCAAAUACUGUGUUACUGUGGAGAACAGCACAGGAUCAAGAAAAGGAUUUUGUCAAGUUAAUGUCGUCGAUCGCCCAUCACCUCCAGUAGGCCCAGUUAUAUUUGAUGAAGUCUUUAAAGAUCAUAUGGUAGUUUCCUGGAAACCCCCAUUAGAUGAUGGAGGCAGUGAAAUUACAAAUUACAUAAUUGAGAAGAAGGAUACACACAAAGACUUGUGGAUGCCAGUUACAUCUUCCACAGUGAAGACAACAUGCAAAAUUCCCAAGCUUCUUGAAGGAAGAGAAUAUCAAAUUCGAAUUUAUGCUGAAAAUCUUUAUGGCAUAAGUGAUCCUCUCAUCUCUGAUGAGAUGAAAGCCAAGGACCGUUUCCGUGUUCCUGAUGCACCUGAGCAACCAGUCAUUAAAGAUGUAACCAAAGACUCUGCAGUAGUGGUUUGGAACAAACCAUAUGAUGGAGGCAAGCCAAUAACAAACUACAUUGUAGAAAAGAAGGAAACAAUGGCUACCAGAUGGGUCAAAGCUACCAAAGACCCAAUUUUCCCCAGUACAAAGUUCAAAGUACCUGAUCUCCUUGAAGGCUGUCAGUAUGAAUUCCGUGUUUCAGCAGAAAAUGAAAUUGGUGUUGGUGAUCCUAGCCCACCAUCAAAGCCAAUUUUCGCUAGAGAUCCAAUCGCAAAACCAAGUCCACCUGUUAAUCCAGAAGCAGUAGAUAAAACUAAAAGUUCAGUUGAUUUAUCGUGGCAACCACCGCGCCAUGAUGGAAAUGGCAAGAUAAUCGGCUACCUUAUAGAGUAUCAGAAAGUUGGAGAUGAAGAAUGGAAACAGGCUAAUCUUACAGCAGAUUCUUGUCCUGAAACAAACUACAAAGUCACUGGUCUUACUGAGGGAUUAACCUAUAAAUUCAGGGUCAAGGCAGUCAAUGCAGCAGGCGAAUCUGAUCCAGCCCAUGUUCCUGAUCCAGUGGAAGUAAAGGAUAGGCUUGAACCUCCUGAGCUAAUACUUGAUGCUAAUAUGGCCCGAGAACAGCAUGUAAAAGCUGGAGAUACCCUGAGACUUAGUGCUGUUAUUAAAGGUGUUCCAUUCCCAAAAGUUACUUGGAAGAAAGAAGAUCAUGAGGUCUCACCCAAAGCAGAUAUUGAAGUUACGGGAGUUGGCAGUAAGCUUGAAAUCCGUAACACUGUCCAUGAAGAUGGUGGAAUGUACUCCUUGACAGUUGAAAAUCCAGCUGGUUCAAAGACUGUUUCAGUAAAAGUUGUGGUCUUAGAUAAGCCUGGUCCACCCAGAAAUCUGAAUAUCAGUGAUGUUAGAAGUGACUCUUGCUAUCUUACUUGGAUGGAACCAGAAGAUGAUGGCGGCUCUGUGAUUACUAACUAUGUGGUGGAGAGGAAAGAUGUAGCUUCUGCACAGUGGGUAGCCAUCUCAUCAUCCUCCAAGAAACGCAGUCAUAUGGCUAAAUAUCUGAUGGAAGGCACUCAGUAUCUCUUCCGAGUUGCAGCUGAGAAUCAGUAUGGUAGAGGUCCAUAUGUGGAAACACUUAAGCCUAUCAAAGCUAUAGAUCCACUGCAUCCUCCAGGGCCACCAAAGAAUUUGCAUCAUGUAGAUGUUGACAAGACUGAAGUUUCCCUUGUUUGGAAUCGACCAGAUCGUGAUGGUGGUGCUGAGAUAACUGGGUAUUUGGUGGAAUAUCAGGAAGAUGGUGCAGAUGAAUGGACAAAGUUCCAGACGGUCCCUAUGCUAGACUGUGUUGUUACAGGCCUACAGAAAGGAAAAAUAUACAAAUUCCGUGUGAGAGCUCAAAACAUUGUUGGUCUUAGCCUUCCAGAUACGACAAUACCAAUAGAGUGUCAAGAAAAACUAGUACCUCCAUCUGUGGAUCUAGAUGUGAAGUUAAUUGAAGGUCUCGUUGUUAAAGCUGGCACUACAGUGCGCCUUCCAGCAAUUAUGAGAGGUGUGCCAGUUCCCACAGCAAAAUGGGUUACUGAUGACACUGAAAUUAAACCAGAUGGCAAAUACAAGAUUGAGACUGACAAUUACUCAACUGUGCUUACUAUCAAAGACUGUGUAAGAAAAGAUACGGGAGAAUAUCUGCUCACAGUAUCUAAUGCAGCUGGCAGCAAAACUGUGGCUUUGCACCUUACAGUUUUGGAUGUUCCAGGCCCACCAACUGGUCCUAUUAAUAUUCUUGAAGUUACACCAGAAUAUAUGGUUAUUUCUUGGCGUCCUCCUAAAGAUGAUGGUGGGAGUCCUAUAAUAAAUUACAUUGUUGAGAAGCGCCAGUCAAAGAAAGAAACCUGGGGAGUGGUUAGCUCUGGAACAAGUCACACAAAAAUUAAGGUUCCACGAUUGCAGAAAGGCUGUGAAUAUAUUUUCCGUGUUCGUGCAGAAAAUAAGAUAGGCAUUGGUGCACCCCUGGAUUCGGAACCAACAGUUGCUAAAUACAUGUUUGAUCCACCAUCCCCACCUGGUAAACCAACUGUUUAUGAUAUUACAGAAAAUGCUGCAACAGUGUCUUGGACUCUACCAAAAUCUGAUGGUGGAACUCCAAUAACUGGUUAUAUACUUGAGCGUCGGGAAGCAUCUGGUAAAUGGGUGCGUGUCAAUAAGGCACCUAUACUUGAUAUGAAAUACAGAGUUACUGGUCUUUUUGAAGGCAACACAUAUGAAUUCAGAGUUUUUGCAGAAAACAUGGUGGGCUUAAGCAAACCAUCUCCAAGCUCUGAUCCAAUAAAAGCAUCACGUCCUAUCACUCCUCCUGGACCACCUAUAAAUCCAAAAUUAAAAGACAAAACUAAAGAAUCAGCUGAUCUUGUGUGGACAAAACCCCUCAAAGAUGGUGGCAGCCCAAUUCUGGGAUACAUUGUGGAAUGCCAGAAAACUGGAACUACACAGUGGAACAGGAUUAAUAAGGAUGAACUCAUUAGACAGUGUGCUUUCAGAGUACCUGGAUUAAUAGAAGGAAAUGAAUAUAAGUUCCGAAUAAAAGCUGUCAACAUUGUGGGAGAGGGAGAACCAAGAGAGCUACCAGAAACUGUACUUGCAAAAGAUAUUCUUUCUCCUCCAGAAAUAAGCCUAGAUGUGACCUGUCGAGACUUAAUUACUGUCCGAGUAGGUCAAACAAUACGUAUUACUGGUAAGGUAAAAGGCAGACCAGAUCCUGAAAUAACAUGGUCCAAAGAUGGCAAAGUGCUAGUCCAAGAAAAGCAUGUUGAAAUACUUCAUGACCUACCUAAUGUUGAGCUGCAAGUGAAAGAAGCCAAAAGAUCUGAUCAUGGCAAGUAUAUAAUAGCAGCAAAGAACAGCUGUGGACACGCUCAAGCUUUUGCUAUUGUUAAUGUACUUGACAGACCUGGACCAUGUCAGAACCUGAAAAUAAGCUAUGUCACAAAAGACUCUUGUAUGAUCUCUUGGGAGAGUCCAGUGGAUAAUGGUGGCUCUGAAAUUACAAAUUACAUAGUAGAAUACCGUCAACCAAAUCAGAGGGGAUGGUCAAUUGUCUCCUCUGAUGUUACUAAAAGAUUAGUAAAGGCAAAUCUUGUAGAGAACCGUGAGUACUUCUUCAGAGUUUGUGCAGAGAACAAAAUAGGUCCAGGUCCUUGCAUUGAGACCAAGACUCCUAUCCUUGCUAUCAAUCCUAUUGACAAGCCUGGAGAGCCAGAAAAUCUUCACAUUGCAGAGAAAGGAAAGACAUUUGUAUAUCUGAAAUGGAGAAGACCAGAUUAUGAUGGUGGAAGUCCCAAUUUAAGUUAUCACGUUGAGAGAAAACUGAAGGAUUCAGAUGAAUGGGAAAGAGUUCACAAAGGCAGCAUUAAGGAAACACACUACAUGGUAGAUAAAUGUGUGGAAAAUAAAAUUUACCAGUUCCGAGUUCAAACUAAGAAUGAGGCUGGUGAAAGUAACUGGGUAAAAACAGCUGAAGUUGUUGUGAAGGAAGAUCUCCAGAAACCAGUGCUAGAUUUGAAGUUAAGUGGGGUUCUAACCGUGAAAGCAGGUGACACAAUUAGAAUUGAGGCUGGAGUCAGAGGAAAACCACAACCUGAAGUUGUAUGGGCAAAAGACAAAGAUGCCACAGAUCUCACCAGAUCUCCAAGAGUCAGUAUUGAAAACACUCCUGACACAUCUAAGUUUGUUCUCACAAAAUCAAGGCGUACUGAUGGUGGGAAAUAUGUGAUUACAGCAACUAAUACAGCUGGUAGCUUUGUAGCGUAUGCUACUGUUAUUGUCUUGGAUAAACCAGGUCCCGUACGAAACUUGAAAGUCACUGACAUUUCAAGUGAUAGGUGUACUGUUACUUGGGAUCCUCCAGAAGAUGAUGGUGGUUGUGAAAUACAGAACUACAUCCUGGAAAAAUGUGAGAGCAAGCGUAUGGUUUGGUCUACAUACUCUUCCUCUGUCCUAACAAACUAUGCCAAAGUGACACGCCUCAUUGAAGGUAAUGAAUAUAUAUUCAGAGUGCGUGCAGAGAAUAAAAUGGGCACUGGUCCACCAACAGAAACACAUCCAAUUAUUGCAAAAACGAAAUAUGAUAGACCUGGACGCCCCGACCCUCCAGAAGUCACGAGAGUCAGCAAAGAAGAGAUGACUGUAGUUUGGAAUCCACCAGAGUAUGAUGGUGGCAAAUCAAUUACAGGAUACAUUUUAGAGAAGAAAGAGAAACGGUCACUAAGAUGGGUUCCUGUUACUAAAACUCCAAUCCCAGAGAGACGCAAGAAGGUUACUAAUCUCUUCCCUGGUCACGAAUACCAGUUCCGAGUCAGUGCUGAAAAUGAAGUCGGACUUGGAGAACCAAGCUUGCCAUCAAGACCUGUAAUAGCCAAAGACCCAAUAGAACCGCCUGGUCCUCCCACAAACUUGAGAGUGGUUGAUAGCACAAAGACUUCCUUAACCCUUGGCUGGGGAAAACCAGUGUACGAUGGUGGUGCUCCGAUUAUUGGAUAUGUUGUGGAAAUGAGACCAAAAGUUGAGGGUGCUGAUCCUGAAGCAGGGUGGAAACGAUGUAACGUUGCUGCUCAAGUUAUUCAUACAGAAUUCACAGCUACCAGCCUGGAUGAGAAGCAAUUAUAUGAGUUCAGGGUUUCUGCCCAAAACCAGGUUGGCCUUGGCCGACCAGCGGAAUUGAAAGAAGCUGUGUCUCCCAAAGAAAUUCUUGAACCUCCUGAGAUUGAGCUGGAUGCAAGCAUGAGAAAGUUAGUCACAGUCAGAGCAGGAUGCCCUAUUAGACUUUUUGCCAUUGUUAGGGGUCGCCCUGCACCAAAAGUCACCUGGAGGAGAAUGGGUGUUGAUAACGUUAUCAGAAAAGGACAAGUUGAUCUGGUUGACACUAUGGCCUUCUGUGUCAUUCCUGAUUCAACACGUGAUGACUCAGGCAAAUAUUCAUUGACACUUGUUAAUGCAGCUGGAGAAAAGGCUGUAUUUGUGAACGUCAGAGUUCUGGAUACUCCUGGACCUGUGUCAGACUUCAAGGUUUCAGAUGUCACCAAGAUGUCCUGCCAUCUUUCAUGGGGACCUCCAGAGAAUGAUGGGGGUAGCCCAGUGACUCAUUACAUCCUGCAGAAACGGGAGGCUGACAGGAAGACCUGGGCAACUGUCACGGCAGAACUAAAGAAAACUAGUUUCCAAAUAGCAAACCUUGUGCCUGGAAAUGAAUAUUACUUCAGAGUAACAGCAGUAAAUGAAUAUGGGUCAGGUGUUCCAAGUGACAUACCAAAACCUGUUCUAGCAACAGAUCCUCUAAGUGAACCUGAUCCACCAAGAAAACUUGAAGUUACUGAAAUUACAAAGAAUAGUGCUACUCUAGGCUGGCUGCCACCACUGCGUGAUGGAGGCUCUAAAAUUGAUGGAUACAUUGUUAGCUACAAAGAACAUGAUCAACCAGCAGAUCGCUGGACAGAAUAUUCAGUCGUUAAAGAUCUCUCCAUUGUUGUAGCUGGUCUGAAAGAAGGAAAGAAGUACAACUUUAGAGUGGCAGCUAGAAAUGCUGUGGGAGUAAGUUUGCCAAUAGAAGCUACAGGAGAAUAUGAAAUUAAAGAACAACUCAUCCCACCUAAGAUUCUGAUGCCUGAUCAUGUUCACAUUAAAGCUGGAAAGAAACUGAGAAUUGAAGCUCAUGUAUAUGGGAAGCCUCAGCCAGUCUGUAAAUGGCUAAAAGGAGAUCAAGAUGUAGUUACAUCCAGUCGCCUUGCUGUGCAUAAAGCAGAAAAGUCUUCUGUUCUUAUCAUUAAGGAUGUGACUAGAAAAGAUACUGAUUUUUACACUCUUACUGCAGAAAAUAGCUCUGGUACUGAUAGUCAGAAAAUCAGAGUGACUGUCAUGGAUAAACCAGGUCCGCCACAGCCUCCAUUUGAUAUUUCUGAAAUAGAUGCCGAUGCUUGCACUCUUUCUUGGCACAUACCUCUUGAAGAUGGUGGCAGCAACAUUACAAACUAUGUAGUUGAGAAAUGUGAUGUAAGCCGAGGAGACUGGGUAACAGCUUUAUCUUCUGUCACAAAGACAAGCUGCAGAAUUGGAAAACUGAUUCCUGGAGAAGAGUAUAUGUUCCGUGUUCGUGCUGAAAAUCGUUUUGGGAUUUCUGAGCCACUCGUUUCUGGCAAGAUGAUCGCAAGAUACCCAUUUGAUGUUCCCAGUGAACCAAAGAAUGCACGUAUUACCAAGGUCAAUAAGGACUGCAUUUUUGUUGCUUGGGAUAAACCAGAUAGCGAUGGAGGCAGUCCAAUCACUGGCUAUCUUAUAGAGCGCAAAGAAAGGAACAGUUUACUGUGGGUGAAAGCUAACGACACAGCUGUGCGCUCCACAGAAUACCCUUGUGUGGGCCUCAUCGAAGGUCUUGAGUAUACUUUCAGAAUUUAUGCAUUGAACAGAGCUGGAGCAAGUAAACCUAGUAAACCAACCGAGUUUGUCACAGCAAGAGCACCAGUUGAUCCCCCUGGAAAACCUGAGGUUAUUGACGUCACUAAGAGUACUGCAUCACUGGUAUGGACAAGACCAAAGCAUGAUGGUGGUAGCAAACUUAUUGGCUACUUUGUCGAAGCUUGCAAAUUACCUGGUGAUAAGUGGGUUCGUUGCAAUACAACUCCAUAUCAAAUACCCCAAGAAGAGUACACUGUGACUGGUUUGGAAGAGAAUGCUCAGUACCAAUUUAGAGCAAUUGCCAAGACAGCAGUUAACAUUAGCCAACCUUCAGAACCUUCUGAUCCUGUGACCAUUCAUCCAGAAAAUGUUCCUCCCAGAAUAGAGUUGGAUCUGUCUAUGCAAUCACAGCUUACAGUGAAAGCUGGAACUAAUGUGCGUCUGGAGGCAAAUGUGUAUGGCAAACCAAUGCCAGCAAUCACCUGGAAGAAAGAAGGAGAUGUUUUAAAGCCAUCUGAAGGUGUAAAGAUCACCACAAAGAGAAAUCUUGCUACAGUUGAGUUGUUCAGUGUUAACAGGAAGCAAACAGGAGACUACACUAUUACUGCUGAAAAUGCAAGUGGAUCAAAGUCAGCAACCAUUAGGCUUAAAGUACUUGAUAAGCCUGGCCCACCAGCCUCUGUCAAAAUCAAACACAUGUAUGCAGAUCGUGCAAUGCUUUCAUGGGAGCCUCCUCUGGAAGAUGGAGGUUCAGAAAUUACUAACUACAUUGUAGACAAGCGUGAAACAAGCAGACCUAAUUGGGCCCAAGUCAGUGCCAAUGUACCCAUUACAAGCUGCACAGUGGAGAAACUAAUAGAAGGACAUGAGUAUCAGUUCCGCAUUUGUGCUGAAAACAAAUAUGGUGUUGGAGACCCCAUCUUAACUGAACCAGCAGUUGCUAAGAACCCAUAUGAUGUACCUGGACCUUGUGAUCCACCAGUAAUUAGCAAUGUAACAAAGGACUUUAUGACUGUUAGCUGGAAGCCACCAGCUAGUGAUGGUGGAUCCCCAAUAACUGGUUAUAUACUUGAGAAGCGUGAAACAAAAGCUCUUAACUGGACAAAAGUAAACAGAAAGCCUGUUAUUGAAAGAACUGUGAAAGCCACUGGACUCCAAGAAGGAACAGAAUAUGAGUUCCGGGUGAUAGCAUUGAAUAAGGCUGGACCUGGCAAGCCUAGCGCACCAUCUAAAGCAGUGUAUGCUCGAGAUCCUCAAUAUCCUCCUGGCCCACCUGCUUUCCCAAAAGUGGUUGAUACUACUCGUAAUUCGAUAAGCCUGUCAUGGAGCAAACCAGCAUAUGAUGGAGGAAGCCCUAUCAUUGGUUAUUUAGUGGAAUCAAAACGAGCUGACACAGACAACUGGGUCAGAUGCAAUCUACCCAAGAAUUUACAGGCUACACAGUUUGUGGUAACAGGGCUGAUGGAAGAUACAGAGUACCAGUUCCGUGUUUAUGCUGUCAAUAAGAUUGGGUACAGCGAUCCAAGUGAUGUUCCUGAUAAACACACUGCCAAAGACAUUUUAAUUCCACCUGAAGGAGAACUUGAUGCGGAACUAAGGAAAGUCCUUGUGUUGCGUGCUGGAGUCACAAUGAGACUUUACGUGCCAGUAAGAGGACGUCCACCUCCUAAGAUUUCAUGGUCUAAAGUGGGUGCCAACCUAAGAGACAGACAAGGAUUAGACAUCAAGUCAACUGAUUUUGAUACCUUCCUGCGUUGUGAAAAUGUAAAUAAAUAUGAUGCUGGAAAAUACGUCCUCAGUCUGGAGAACAGCUGUGGCCAAAAGUCAUACACCAUUGUUGUAAAAGUACUUGAUACUCCAGGCCCGCCCAUUAACUUGGUUGUAAAGGAAGCAUCUAAAGAUUCUGCCUACAUUACGUGGGAACCUCCUCUAGUAGAUGGGGGCAGUCCAAUCACAAAUUACGUUGUUGAAAAACGUGAUGCAGAAAGAAAAUCAUGGUCCACAGUAACAACAGAAUGUCCAAAGACAAGCUACAGGAUAACUAACUUAGAAGAAGGCAAAUCUUACUUCUUCAGAGUGUUUGCUGAAAAUGAAUAUGGUAUUGGUGAUCCUUGUGAAACUCGUGAUGCUGUCAAAGCUUCUGAAACACCUGGGCCGGUUGUGGAUCUAAAAGCUUCAACUGUAACAAAAUCCUCAUGCAAUUUGGUAUGGAAAAAACCUAUCAGUGAUGGUGGAAGCCGUAUUUCUGCAUAUAUUGUUGAGGUUCUGGUUGGUGAAGAUAAAUGGCAAGAAGUCAUGCGGGGAAAGAACCUCCAUUUUUCAAUGAGAGACUUAAAGGAAGGACAAGAAUACACUUUUAGAGUGAGAGCCCAAAAUGAUGCUGGAUAUGGAACUCCAUCAGAGAUCACAAUUGUAGCAAGAGAUGAUGUUGCGGCACCUGAACUUGACUUAAGAGAUCUACCUGAUUUGUGCUAUACAGCUAAAGAGGGUAGCAAUUUCCGUCUUAAAAUCCCUAUGAAAGGCAAGCCUGUCCCAACUGUAACUUGGAAGAAGGAUGAAGACCAGGCAAUUACUGAGAGUGGAAGAGUUGCAUUUGAAUCUACAGCAGUUAACACCACCCUUGUAGUACAUGACUGCCAGAAAGCUGAUGCAGGAAAAUACACAAUAACUCUGAAGAAUGUUGCUGGCAGCAAGGAAGGCACUAUUUUUGUGAAAGUUGUUGGCAAACCUGGCAUACCAACCGGUCCAGUGAAAUUUGAAGAAGUCACAGCUGAUGCCAUAACCUUAAAAUGGGGCCCUCCAAAAGAUGAUGGUGGUUCAGAAAUCACUAACUAUGUUCUAGAGAAGAGAGAUAAUGUAAACAAUAAGUGGGUGACUUGUGCCUCUGCAGUCCAGAAAACCACAUUUAGAGUUACAAGACUUCAUGAAGGAAAUGAAUAUACUUUCAGGAUCAGGGCUGAAAAUAAGUAUGGAGUAGGGGAAGGUCUUAAAUCAGAGCCUGUCAUUGCAAAACAUCCAUUUGAUGUCCCAGAUGCUCCUCCACCUCCCAAUAUUGUUGCUGUUCGGCAUGAGUCUGUAGCUUUAACUUGGACUGAUCCCAGGAGAAAUGGAGGUUCGCCAAUCACAGGUUAUCACAUUGAAGUUAAAGAAAGAAAUAGUCUUCUGUGGAAGAGAGCAAAUACAACGCCAAUAAGAAUGAAAGAUUUCAGAGUGACAGGGUUAACUGAAGGUCUGGAAUAUGAAUUCAGAGUAAUGGCAAUCAAUAUGGCUGGAGUGGGUAAACCAAGUCUUCCAUCUGAACCAAUUGUGGCACUUGAUCCUAUCGAUCCUCCUGGGAAACCUGAAGUCAUCAAUGUAACCAGAAACUCAGUAACACUCAUUUGGACAGAACCAAAAUAUGAUGGUGGACAUAAAUUAACUGGCUAUAUUGUUGAAAAGCGUGAUUUACCCAAAAAGACUUGGAUGAAAGCUAAUCACGUGAAUGUUCCAGACUGUGCAUUUACUGUAACUGACCUUACUGAAGGCUGCAAAUAUGAAUUCAGAAUUAGAGCAAAGAACACUGCUGGAGCUAUCAGUCCUCCAUCUGAAUCCACAGGAACCAUAAUAUGCAAGGAUGAGUAUGAGGCACCAAGCAUUGUUCUGGAUCCUACUUUGAAGGAAGGUUUAACAGUAAAAGCAGGGGAAACCAUCACGCUGUCUGCUAUUAGUAUUCGUGGCAAACCACCUCCAACUUCAGCAUGGUCAAAAGCUGGAAAAGAUUUUAGACCCUCAGAGCUUGUGCACAUUGAAACCAAACCAACUUCUUCUACUCUAAGUGUCAAAUAUGCAGCCAGAAAAGAUUCUGGAGAAUACACAAUCACUGCAACCAAUCCUUUUGGCACUAAGCAGGAGACUGUACAUGUGAAAGUUUUAGAUAUUCCAGGACCUCCAGGGCCUAUUGAGAUCAGCAAUGUUUCAGCAGAAAAAGCGACUCUUACAUGGACACCUCCUGCAGAAGAUGGUGGAUCACCAGUAAAAUCAUAUGUUCUUGAAAAGAGAGAAACUAGUCGACUGCUCUGGACAUUGGUUGCUGAGAACAUUGAGAGCUGUAGGCAUGUUGUUAGCAAGCUCAUUCAAGGAAAUGAGUAUGUUUUCCGUGUCUCAGCAGUAAAUCAGUAUGGCAAGGGUGAACCAGUACAAUCAGAACCAGUUAAAAUGGUGGAUAGAUUUGGUCCUCCAGGCCCUCCUGGAAAACCAGAAGUAACAAAUGUGACUAAAAAUACUGUCACAGUUACCUGGAAAAGGCCAGUUGAUGAUGGUGGAAGUGAAAUCACAGGUUACCAUGUGGAACGAAGAGAAAAGAAAGGUUUAAGAUGGGUGAGAGCAACAAAGAAACCAGUUUCAGAUCUUAGAUGCAAAGUAACUGGUCUUCUGGAAGGAAACGAGUAUGAAUUCCGUGUCAGUGCAGAAAACAGAGCUGGAGUUGGACCACCAAGUGAUACUUCAAAUUCAGUCCUUUGCAAAGAUGUUGCAUACCCACCUGGUCCACCUUCAAAUCCAAGAGUGACUGAUACCACAAAGACAAGUGCAUCUUUAGCCUGGGGCAAGCCUCACUAUGAUGGUGGACUUGAAAUCACUGGCUAUAUAGUAGAGCAUCAAAAAGAAGGAGAAGAUGAAUGGGUGAAAGACACAAUAGGGACUGCUUUAAGAAUCACUCAGUUUGUUGUAGCUCAUCUGCAGACCGGGGCCAAGUAUAAUUUCAGAAUCUCUGCCAUGAAUGCUGCAGGUGUCGGUGAACCAGCAAUAAUUCCAAGUGUGGAAAUCACUGACCGAGAAGAAAUUCCUGACUUUGAACUGGAUGCUGAGCUAAGAAGAACUCUUGUUGUUAGAGCUGGAUUAACUAUUCGGAUUUUUGUACCAAUUAAAGGACGUCCAGCUCCAGAAGUUACCUGGACAAAAGAUGAUGUUUCACUCAAAGGACGUGCCAGUAUUGAAAAUACCGACUCUUUUACACUCUUGAUUGUCACAGAGUGCACCAGAUAUGAUGCAGGAAAAUACGUAAUGACUCUUGAAAAUGCUGCCGGUAAGAAGACUGGCUUUGUAAAUGUAAAAGUCUUGGAUACACCAGGUCCACCAAUAAACCUUAAGCCUAGAGAAAUAACCAAAGACAGCAUCACCCUCCAAUGGGAUAUGCCUCUGGUAGAUGGAGGUUCACGUAUAACAAACUAUAUUGUUGAGAAACGUGAAUCAACUCGGAAGGCAUAUUCAACAGUCACAACCAACUGCCAGAAGUGUUCCUUCAAGAUUCCUAAUUUGGCUGAGGGCUGUGAAUACUAUUUCAGAGUACUGGCUGAAAAUGAGUAUGGUAUUGGUGAACCAGCUGAAACUACAGAACCAGUAAAAGCUUCUGAGGCCCCAUCCCCACCUGAGAGCCUUAAUAUUAUGGAUGUAACACGAAACUCAGUUAGCCUAGCUUGGCCAAAACCAGAACAUGAUGGUGGCAGCAAGAUCACUGGGUAUGUGAUUGAAGCACAGAGAAAAGGAACCAACCAGUGGGCACACAUCACCACUGUAAAAACGCUGGACUGUGUAGUAAAGAAUCUAACUGAAAAUGAAGAGUAUACUUUCCAGGUUAUGGCAGUGAACAGUGCUGGAAGAAGUGCCCCAAGGGAAAGCAGACCAGUUAUUAUCAAGGAGCAAACAAUGUUACCAGAGUUUGACCUCCGUGCUCUUUACCAGAAGACAGUUAUUGCCAAAGCUGGUGAUAAUAUCAAGAUUGAAAUCCCUGUACUUGGUCGUCCAAGGCCUACUGUGACUUGGAAGAAAGAAGACCAGAUACUUAAGCAGACACAAAGGGUAAAUUAUGAAAAUACAGCGACUGCAACCAUACUGACCAUCAAUGAAUGUAUAAGAAGUGAUAGUGGUCAAUAUCCACUGUCAGCUAAAAAUAUUGUUGGAGAAGUUAGUGAAGUAAUCACAGUUCAGGUUCAUGAUAUACCUGGACCACCUACUGGACCAAUCAAAUUUGAAGAAAUUUCAUGUGAUUUCCUAACAUUCUCGUGGGAGCCUCCUUUGAAUGAUGGUGGUGUGCCAGUAAGUAACUACAUUGUAGAAAUGCGCCAGACUGACAGUACCACAUGGACUGAAUUGGCAACUACAGUGAUACGUACUACAUUUAAAGCCAUUCGUCUUACCACUGGAGUUGAGUAUCAGUUCCGUGUUAAAGCUCAAAACAGAUAUGGAGUUGGUCCAGCCAUUACUUCAGAGUCUGUAGUUGCCAACUACCCAUUUAAGGUCCCUGGGCCUCCUGGCACUCCUCAGGUGAUUGCAGUCACCAAAGAAACCAUGACCAUUAGCUGGAAUGAGCCAGUUACUGAUGGUGGAAGCCCAAUACUGGGAUAUCACAUUGAAAGAAAAGAGCGAAACAGCAUUGUUUGGCAGACUGUAAGUAAAAUGUUGGUGUCAGGAAAUAUCUUUAAAUCAUCUGGACUUACUGAUGGCAUUGCAUAUGAAUUCCGUGUUAUAGCAGAAAAUCUGGCUGGGAAGAGUAAGCCAAGCAAGCCUUCUGAGCCUGUGUUUGCCCUGGACCCAAUAGAUCCGCCUGGUAAACCAAUACCUCUGAACAUCACAAGACAUGCAGUUACACUGAAGUGGACUAAACCAGAAUAUAAUGGAGGUUUUAAGAUAACUGGCUACACUGUUGAAAAAAGAGACCUUCCUAAUGGCCGUUGGCUGAAGGCUAAUUUCAGCAAUAUACUAGAGACUGAAUUCACUGUAAGUGGUUUGACAGAAGAUGCUGCCUAUGAAUUCCGUGUCAUUGCUAGGAAUGCUGGGGGAGCUGUUAGUCAGCCCUCAGAGCCAUCAGAUGCAAUCACUUGUAGAGAUGACAUUGAAGCGCCAAGGAUAAAGGUGGAUGCUAAAUACAAGGACACCAUAGUGCUGAAAGCAGGUGAAGUUUUCAGACUUGAGGCCGAUGUUUCAGGUCGCCCACCACCAACUAUGACAUGGACAAAGGGAGAAAAAGAACUUGAAGACACAUCAAAAUUAGAAAUAAAAAUAGCCGAUUUCUCUACCAUUCUAAUCAACAAAGAUUCCUCAAGAAGAGAUGGUGGUGCUUAUACGCUUACUGCAACAAACCCUGGUGGCUUUGCCAAGCAUAUCUUCAAUGUUAAAGUUCUUGAUAGACCAGGUCCCCCAGAAGGGCCUUUGGCUGUGUCUGAAGUUACCGCAGAAAAAUGUGUGCUGUCAUGGCUACCCCCACUGGAUGAUGGAGGAGCAAAGAUUGACCAUUAUGUGGUUGAAAAACGUGAAACAAGUAGAUUGGCAUGGACAUCUGUAGGCACAGAAGUUCCAGUGACUAAACUGAAGGUUACUAAACUUUUGAAGGGCAAUGAGUAUGUGUUCCGAGUUAUGGCUGUUAACAAGUAUGGAGUUGGUGAGCCUCUGGAAUCAGAGCCCAUUCUUGCAGUAAAUCCGUAUGUUCCACCUGAUCCACCUAAAACGCCUGAAGUUACAGCAAUUACAAAGGAUUCUAUGGUUGUCUGUUGGGGCCAUCCUGAUUCUGAUGGUGGGAGCCCAAUAACUAACUAUAUUGUGGAACGUCGAGAUAAGACUGGUCUUCGGUGGGUGAAAUGUAACAAAAGGAUUGUUACUGACUUACGUUUUAAAGUGUCUGGACUGACAGAAGGCCAUGAAUAUGAGUACAGAGUCAUGGCGGAAAAUGCUGCUGGUGUCAGUGAGCCAAGCCCAACCAGUCCAUUCUAUAAAGCCUGUGAUACUGUAUUUAAGCCUGGUCCCCCAGGUAAUCCUCGUGUUUUGGAUAGCAGCAAGUCCUCUAUUACAAUAGCAUGGAACAAACCAAUAUAUGAUGGUGGUUCGGAGAUCACAGGUUACAUGGUUGAGAUUGCACUACCUGAAGAAGAUGAGUGGAAGAUUGUAACUCCACCAAUGGGUCUAAAGGCUACUUCUUUUACCAUCACUGACUUGAAGGAAAAUCAAGAGUAUAAAAUACGGAUAUACGCUAUGAACUCUGAAGGUCUUGGGGAACCUGCUCUUGUUCCUGGCACUCCAAAAGCUGAAGAAAGAAUGCUACCUCCGGAGAUUGAACUUGAUGCAGAACUACGUAAAGUUGUAACUAUUAGAGCUUGCUGUACUCUAAGACUCUUUGUCCCAAUUAGAGGAAGACCAGCACCUGAAGUGAAAUGGACAAGAGAACAUGGGGAAUCUUUGGAUAGAGCAAGCAUUGAAUCAACAAGCUCUUAUACUUUACUUAUUGUUGAAAAUGUGAAUAGAUUUGAUAGUGGCAAAUACAUACUGACAAUUGAAAACAGCUCAGGUAGUAAGACAGCAUUUGUAAAUGUCAGAGUUCUUGAUACUCCAGGGGCACCUCAAGAUUUGAAAAUAAAGGAAGUUACAAAAUCUUCAGUUACACUCACAUGGGAGCCUCCUCUCAUAGAUGGUGGGUCUAAAAUAAAAAAUUACAUAGUUGAAAAGCGUGAAUCAACAAGAAAAGCUUAUUCAACUGUUAAUGCCAAUUGCCACAAGACCAGCUGGAAAGUUGAUUCACUGCAAGAAGGCUGCAACUACUACUUCAGAGUCCUAGCUGAAAAUGAAUAUGGAAUAGGCCUUCCAGUUGAAACUUCAGAAUCCAUAAAAGUAUCAGAAAGGCCACUGCCACCAGGGAAAAUAACUUUGUUGGAUGUGACAAGAAAUAGUGUAACCUUAUCUUGGGAAAAACCUGAACAUGAUGGUGGUAGCAGAAUUCUGGGCUAUAUUGUAGAAAUGCAAAGCAAAGGCAGUGAAAAGUGGUCAACCUGUGCUACAGUAAAAGUUACUGAAGCCACCAUCACAGGAUUGAUCCAAGGUGAAGAAUACACUUUCCGUGUUUCAGCUCAGAAUGAGAAAGGUAUCAGUGAUCCUCGCCAGCUGGGUAUUCCUGUUGUUGCAAAAGAUCUUGUGAUCCCACCAGCUUUCAAACUACUGUUUACUACUUUCAGUGUUCUAGCAGGAGAGGACUUAAAGGUUGAUGUUCCUUUUGUUGGUCGACCCAAACCAGCAGUGUCUUGGCAUAAAGACAAUGUGGCAUUGAAGCAGACUACAAGAGUAAAUGCAGAAAGCUCAGAAAACAACACAGUGUUGACAAUAAAAGAAGCAUGCCGAGAUGAUGUGGGAACGUAUUUAGUUAAACUUACAAACUCUGCGGGUGAAGCAACUGAGACACUAAAUAUUGUUGUCCUUGACAAACCAGGACCUCCAACUGGACCAGUAAAAGUAGAUGAAGUAACAGCAGAUAGUAUUACCAUUUCCUGGGAGCCACCCAAGUAUGAUGGUGGUAGCUCUAUCAAUAAUUACAUUGUAGAAAGAAGAGACACUUCCACCACAACUUGGCACAUUGUGUCAGCUACCGUUGCAAGAACAACUAUAAAAGCAUGUCGUUUGAAGACUGGCUGUGAAUACCAGUUCAGAAUCGCAGCUGAGAACAGAUAUGGCAAGAGUACAUAUCUCACCUCAGAGUCAAUAAUAGCCCAAUAUCCAUUUAAAGUUCCUGGUCCACCUGGAACUCCUUUUGUAACAAAUAUUUCAAAAGACAGCAUGGUGGUACAGUGGCAUGAACCAGUCAAUGAUGGCGGUAGCAGGAUCAUUGGUUAUCACUUGGAGCGCAAAGAAAGAAACAGCAUUCUGUGGGCUAAACUAAAUAAAACACCUCUUUCAGAUACCAAAUUUAAGACAACUGGCCUUGAGGAAGGCCUUGAAUAUGAAUUCAGGGUCUAUGCAGAAAACAUAGUGGGAAUUGGAAAGGCAAGUAGAGCAUCUGAAUGCUAUACUGCACGUGACCCAUGUGACCCUCCAGGUCGUCCAGAACCUGUAAUUGUCACCAGAAGCUCAGUAACACUCCAGUGGAAGAAACCUAUAUAUGAUGGUGGAAGUAAAAUCACAGGUUAUGUUGUUGAAAAGAAGGAAUUACCUGAUGGCCGUUGGAUGAAAGCAAGCUUUACAAAUGUCAUUGAUACUCAGUUUGAAGUAACUGGUCUAGUUGAAAACCAGCGAUAUGAGUUUCGUGUUAUAGCACGAAAUGCUGCAGGUGUUUUCAGUGAACCAUCUGAGAGCUCAGGAGCAGUUACAGCAAGAGAUGAAGUAGAACCACCUCAAAUAAGUAUGGAUCCAAAAUACAGAGACACUAUUGUAGUGCAUGCUGGUGAGUCAUUCAAGCUUGAUGCUGAUGUUCAUGGCAAACCCAUACCUUCCAUUCAGUGGUUAAAAGGUGAUCGUGAGCUGACAAGCACCGCUCAUAUGGAAAUAAAAACUACUGAUUUUGCAACAAGCCUCAGUGUGAAGGAAGCCACCAGAGUUGACAGUGGGCAGUAUGUACUACUAGCAAAGAAUGUUGCAGGAGAAAAGAAGGCUCCUGUUAAUGUCAAAGUUCUCGAUCAACCUGGACCUCCGGAAGGACCUGUUGAGUUUACAGGCGUUACAGCUGAAAAAUGCACACUGUCAUGGAAACCUCCACUACAAGAUGGUGGUAGCGAUAUUUCACACUAUGUUGUAGAAAAAAGGGAAACUAGUCGCCUGGUGUGGACUGUCGUUGACUCAAAUGUGCAAACCCUGAGUUGCAAAGUUACAAAACUUCUAGAAGGAAAUGAGUAUGUUUUCCGCAUCAUGGCAGUAAAUAAAUACGGUGUUGGUGAACCUCUCGAAUCUGACCCAGUAGUCGCAAAGAAUCCAUUUGUUGUGCCACUUCCUCCAAAGGCUCCAGAAGUCACAGCAGUUACCAAGGAUUCUAUGAUAGUUGUAUGGGAAAGACCAGCCUCGGAUGGUGGCAGUGAAAUCCUAGGCUACGUCCUUGAAAAACGAGAUAAGGAAGGUAUUCGCUGGACAAGAUGUAACAAACGCCUCAUAAGUGAACUGCGAUAUAGAGUGACUGGACUUAUAGAAAAUCAUGAUUAUGAGUACAGAGUUUCGGCUGAAAAUGCUGCUGGUCUUAGUGAACCAAGUCCACCUUCUACUUACUACAGAGCAUGUGAUCCUAUUUACAAGCCAGGUCCACCCAAUAAUCCUAAAGUUACAGAUGUUACAAGAUCAUCAGUUUUUCUUUCAUGGGGUAAACCCAUAUAUGAUGGUGGCUCUGAAAUUCAGGGAUACAUUGUGGAAAAAUGUGAUGUAAGUGAUGGUGAAUGGGCAAUUUGUACCCCUCCAACUGGAAUUAAGAAUACUCACAUGGAAGUAGAAAAAUUAGUGGAAAAACAUGAAUACAAAUUCCGCGUGUGUGCAGUUAAUAAAGCAGGAGUUGGAGAGCAUGCAGAUGUUCCCGGUUCUGUCAUUGUAGAAGAGAAGAUGGAGGCACCAGACCUUGACCUUGACAUGGAAUUGAGGAAGAUUGUAAAUGUGAGAGCAGGAGGUUCGUUAAGACUGUUUGUUCCCAUCAGAGGUCGGCCAACACCUGAAGUGAAAUGGGGUAAAGUGGAUGGUGACAUCAGAGAAGCAGCUAUUAUUGAUACCACUAGCAGCUUUACUUCUCUUGUUCUAGAUAAUGUUAACAGAUUUGAUAGUGGAAAAUACACUCUGACCUUGGAAAACAGCAGUGGAACAAAGUCUGCCUUUGUCAGUGUAAGAGUACUGGAUACCCCAAGUGCACCUGUUAAUUUAAAAAUCAGAGAGAUCACUAAAGACUCUGUUUCACUUUCAUGGGAGCCUCCUCUUUUGGAUGGUGGAGCAAAAAUAAAGAAUUUCAUUAUUGAAAAGCGUGAAGCAACAAGAAAGGCAUAUGCAGCUGUUGUAACAAACUGCCACAAGACUUCAUGGAAAGUAGAUCAACUUCAGGAGGGCUGCUAUUACUUCUUCAGAAUCUCUGCUGAGAAUGAAUAUGGAAUUGGCCUCCCUGCAGAAACCAGUGACCCAAUUAAAGUUGCCGAAGUUCCACAGCCUCCUGGGAAAAUAACAGUGGAUGAUGUCACAAGAAAUAGUGUCUCACUGAGCUGGGCAAAACCUGAACAUGAUGGUGGUAGCAAAAUCAUACAGUAUAUUGUUGAAAUGCAAGCAAAGGGUAGUGAAAAGUGGUCAGAGUGUGCUCGUGUUAAAACACUUGAAGCAGUUGUUACUAAUCUAACUCAAGGGGAAGAGUAUCUUUUUAGAGUAAUGGCUGUAAAUGAAAAGGGCAAGAGUGAUCCUAGAGCACUUGCAGUUCCAAUAGUUGCCAAAGACCUGGUGAUUGAACCUGAUGUAAGACCUGCUUUCCACAGUUACAGUGUUCAGGUGGGACAGGACCUAAAAGUAGAAAUACCAAUUGCAGGUCGACCUAAACCAACUGUUACCUGGGUUAAAGAUGGCCAGCCAUUAAGACAGACAACAAGAGUCAAUGUUAGCGAUUCAACUGAUCUCACUAUAUUGAACCUUAAGGAAACUAGCAAAGAAGACAGUGGCACUUAUGAAAUCACUGUGGCUAAUGUCGUUGGGCAAAAGUCUGCCUCUGUUGAAAUUAUUACUCUAGACAAACCUGACCCUCCAGUUGGACCUGUGAAGUUUGAUGAAAUAAGUGCAGAAAGUAUUACCCUGUCAUGGAAUCCCCCAGUGUACACAGGCGGCUGCCAAAUCACCAACUAUGUUGUUCACAAGAGAGAUACAACAACCACUGUAUGGGAAACAGUUUCGGCUACUGUUGCAAGAACUACACUGAAGGUGACUAAACUGAAAACUGGUUCGGAAUACCAGUUCAGAAUAUUUGCUGAGAACAGGUACGGGCAGAGUUUUGCAUUGGAAUCUGCACCGGUCGUAGCACAGUAUCCCUACAAGGAACCGGGACCUCCUGGCACACCAUUUGUGACAGCAGUUACAAAAGACUCCAUGGUUGUACAAUGGCAUGAACCAGUAAAUGAUGGUGGCAGUAGAGUGUUGGGCUACCAUCUUGAGAGAAAGGAGAAAAACAGCAUUCUAUGGACUAAAGUAAACAAGACUAUUAUUCAGGACACAAGUUUUAAGACAAAUAACCUUGAAGAAGGAAUUGAAUAUGAGUUUCGAGUUUCUGCAGAAAAUAUUGUUGGUGUGGGCAGAACAAGUAAAGUUUCUGAGUGCUAUGUAGCUCGUGAUCCAUGUGAUCCUCCAGGUCGCCCAGAAGCUAUAAUAAUAAAAAGAAGCUCUAUUACUCUACAGUGGACCAAACCAGAAUAUGAUGGUGGAAGUAAGGUUACUGGUUAUAUUGUAGAGAAACGUGACUUACCAGAUGGUCGCUGGAUGAAAGCAAGCUUCACAAAUAUCAUUGAAACUCAGUUCACUGUAACAGGACUUACGGAAGACCAAAGAUAUGAAUUUAGAGUAAUUGCAAAGAAUGCUGCAGGUGCAAUAAGCAAACCUUCUGACAGUACAGGACCAAUAACAGCAAGGGACGAAGUUGAACUUCCACGAAUUUCAAUGGAUCCAAAGUACAAAGACACUAUUGUUGUAAAUGCUGGUGAAACAUUCAGACUUGAGGCUGAUGUUCAUGGAAAGCCGCUGCCAACCAUUAAGUGGUACAAAGGAGAUAAAGAGCUUGAGGAUACUGCUAGAUAUGAAAUAAAGAACACAGAUUUCAGUGCAUUAAUAAUUGUAAAAGAUGCUAUUAGAGUUGAUGGUGGACAGUACAUUCUAGAAGCCUCUAAUGUUGCAGGAACAAAGACAGUUACAGUAAACGUAAAAGUCUUGGACCGGCCAGGACCUCCAGAGGGCCCAGUCCAAGUGACAGGAGUUACAGCUGAAAAAUGUGCAUUGGCAUGGGGUCCUCCUCUUCAUGAUGGUGGCAGUGAUAUUUCUCAUUAUAUUGUAGAGAAGAGAGAAACUAGCCGCCUGGCAUGGACUGUGGUUGCUGCAGAAGUUUUGCCUACAAUGUUGAAAGUAACAAAACUCUUGGAAGGAAAUGAAUACAUCUUCCGUAUCAUGGCAGUUAACAAGUAUGGGGUUGGUGAGCCAUUAGAAUCUGUGCCAGUAAUGAUGAAAAAUCCAUUUGUGGCUCCUGGACCACCAAAAGCCUUGGAAAUUACCAACAUCACCAAGGAUUCUAUGACUGUCUGCUGGACCCGGCCAGAUAGUGAUGGAGGUAGUGAAAUCAUAGGUUACAUUGUAGAAAAGAGAGACCGAGCAGGCAUCAGGUGGAUAAAAUGCAAUAAACGCCGCAUUACAGAUUUGCGAUUAAGAGUUACAGGUUUAACAGAGGAUCAUGAAUAUGAAUUCAGAGUUUCUGCUGAAAAUGCUGCUGGAGUUGGUGAACCAAGCCAAGUUUCUCCCUACUUUAAAGCUUGUGACCCGAUGUUCAAGCCUGGCCCACCUACAAAUACCCAUGUUGUGGAUACCACCAAAAGUUCAGUUAUACUUGGUUGGAGUAAGCCUAUUUAUGAUGGAGGUUGUGAAAUCCAGGGAUACCUUGUAGAAAUCUGUAAAGCAGAUGAAGAUGAAUGGUCACUUGUUACUCCUCAGACAGGUGUACGUGCCACUAGAUUUGAGAUCAAAAAGCUUAUUGAACAUCAAGAAUACAAACUACGAGUGUGUGCUCUCAACAAGAUUGGUGUGGGAGAGGCUGCAUCAGUUCCUGGCACUAUUAAACCAGAAGACAAACUUGAAGCUCCAGAACUUGAUAUUGAUUCAGAGUUAAGAAAAGGGAUAGUGGUUAGAGCUGGUGGGUCUGCUAGGAUUCACAUACCAUUCAGGGGACGACCAACACCUGACAUCACAUGGUCCCGAGAAGAAGGUGAAUUCUCAGAAAGAGUUCAGAUCGAUAAAGGCAUAAACUAUACACAACUUUCAAUUGACAACUGCGAUAGAAAUGAUGCUGGAAAGUAUAUUCUUAAGCUAGAGAACAGCAGUGGUUCUAAAUCUGCAUUUGUUACAGUGAAAGUCUUGGACACACCAGGACCUCCACAAAAUUUAGUGGUAAAGGACAUAAAGAAGGAUUCUGCUGUAUUAUCUUGGGAGCCACCAAUUAUUGAUGGUGGUGCAAAGGUAAAGAACUAUGUGAUAGACAAGCGUGAGUCAACCAGGAAGGCAUUUGCAAAUGUAAGUGCUAAGUGUGGCAAGACAAGUUUUAAAGUUGAAAAUCUUACAGAAGGUGCAAUUUAUUACUUCAGAGUUAUGGCUGAAAAUGAAUAUGGAAUUGGUGUUCCAGUGGAAACUAGGGAUGCUGUUAAAGCCUCAGAGCCACCUCUGCCUCCUGGGAAAGUAACACUCAUUGAUGUGACUCAGAGAAGUGCAUCACUUACAUGGGAAAAACCUGAACAUGAUGGAGGUAGCAGAAUUUUGGGAUACCUUGUUGAAAUGUUGCCAAAAGGAACAGAAAAAUGGAGUGUUGUUAGUGAGACAAAAACAUGUAAUGCAGAGGUGUCUGGUUUGAGUCCAGGACAGGAAUAUCAAUUCCGUGUGAUUGCCUACAAUGAAAAAGGCAAAAGUGAUCCCAGAGCACUUGGAAUUCCUGUGAUAGCUAAAGACUUGACUAUUGAGCCAAGUUUCAAACUGAUGUUUAAUACAUAUAGUGUACAAGCUGGAGAAGAUCUGAAGGUAGAAGUACCAUUUAUAGGUAGACCCAAACCUACGAUUACUUGGACAAAAGAUGAGCAGCCACUGAAACAGACAACCAGAUUAAAUAUUCAGAAUACUACAACAUCAACUAUUUUACAUAUUAAAGAAAGCAACAGGGAAGACUUUGGUAAAUAUACAGUAACAGCAACAAAUGCAGCAGGUACUGCCACAGAGCACCUGAGCAUAAUUGUACUAGAAAAGCCUGGCCCACCACAAGGACCUGUCCGCUUUGACGAAGUUAGUGCAGACUUUGUUGUUUUAUCAUGGGAUCCACCUGAUUAUACUGGUGGCUGCCAGAUAAGCAACUACAUAGUAGAAAAGCGUGACACGAGCACUACCACAUGGAACAUUGUGUCAGCAACAGUUGCAAGAACAACCAUCAAAGCAACAAAGCUUAAAACAGGUUCUGAAUACCAAUUCAGGAUUUCUGCUGAAAAUAGAUAUGGAAAGAGCUCUCCUUUGGCUUCUAAAUCAAUUGUUGUGCAAUACCCCUACAAGGUGCCUGGACCACCUGGAACCCCAUUUGUUACAGCAGCUUCCAAGGACCAUAUGAUCGUACAAUGGCAUGAACCGGUUAACGGAGGAAGCAAAGUUCUUGGCUACCAUCUUGAGCGUAAAGAUAAGAACAGCAUUCUUUGGACAAAACAGAACAAGUCACUUAUUGUGGACACCAAAUACAAAAUAGACGGCCUUGAAGAAGGUCUUGAAUAUGAGUUCAGAGUUUUCUGCUGAAACAUUGUUGGCAUUGGCAAAGUCAGCAAAGUUUCAGAACUGUAUGUUGCCCGAGAUCCUUGUGAUCCACCUGGCCGUCCAGAGGCCAUUGUUGUUACAAGAAAUAAUAUUACAUUGAAGUGGAAAAAGCCAGAAUAUGAUGGUGGAAGCAAAAUAACUGGUUAUAUUGUAGAAAAGAAAGAACUGCCAGAUGGUCGCUGGAUGAAAGCCAGCUUUACAAAUGUGUUGGAAACAGAAUUUACAGUAAGUGGUCUUGUUGAAAACCAACGAUACGAAUUCAGAGUAAUUGCAAGAAAUGCAGCAGGUUGCUUGAGUGAACCAUCUGAAAGUACAGGGCCUAUUACUGCCAGAGAUGAAAUUGAAGCACCAGGAGCAUCAUUAGAUCCUAAGUACAGAGAUGUCAUUGUUGUUCGUGCUGGAGAAACCUUUGUUCUUGAAGCUGAUAUCCAUGGCAAACCUAUUCCUGACAUUACAUGGUCAAAAGAUGGUAAAGACCUUGAAGAAACAACUGCAAGAAUGGAAAUUAAGUCUACCAUUGAGAAAACAGUUCUCACUGUUAAAGACUGUAUAAGAGUGGAUGGAGGUCACUAUACUCUUAACCUCAAAAAUGUUGGUGGCACCAAAUCUAUACCAAUCACUGUAAAAGUCCUUGACAGACCAGGACCUCCAGAAGGACCUUUGAAUGUUACAGGUGUCACUGCAGAGAAAUGUUACUUGUCAUGGUCUCCACCUUUGCAUGAUGGUGGUUCUAGUAUCUCACAUUAUAUCAUUGAGAAGAGAGAGACAAGUAGGCUUUCAUGGACGCAAGUAGCAACAGACGUGCAGGCUCUUAACCACAAAGUAACCAAACUCCUUCCUGGAAAUGAAUACAUUUUCCGUGUAAUGGCAGUGAAUAAAUAUGGAAUUGGAGAGCCCUUGGAAUCUGAACCAGUAGUGGCUCGUAAUCCAUACAAACCCCCUGGUCCUCCUUCAACACCUGAAGUUUCAGCAAUCACAAAAGAUUCUAUGGUGGUAACAUGGGGUCGCCCAGAAGACAAUGGCGGAGCUGAAAUUGAAGGUUACAUCCUUGAAAAACGAGACAAAGAUGGUAUCCGGUGGACCAAAUGCAAUAAGAAAAGGCUAACGGACUUGAGAUUCAGAGUAACAGGUCUAACUGACGGGCAUUUCUAUGAAUUUAGAGUGUCUGCUGAAAAUGCUGCUGGGGUAGGGGAACCCAGUGAGCCAUCCAUUUUCUAUCGUGCUUGUGAUGUAUUAUAUCCACCAGGUCCACCUAGUAAUCCAAAGGUUACAGAUACUUCCAGGUCGUCAGUCUCCCUUGCCUGGAGUAAGCCCAUUUAUGAUGGUGGUGCUCCUGUUAAAGGAUAUGUAGUAGAAGUAAAAGAAGCUGCUGCUGAUGAAUGGACUACCUGCACCCCACCAACAGGCCUACAAGCAAAACAGUUCACUGUGACAAAACUAAAAGAGAACCAGGAGUAUAACUUCCGCAUCUGUGCCAUCAACUCAGAAGGAGUAGGAGAACCUGCGAAUAUACCUGGUGCAGUCUUAGCAGAGGACAAGGUUGAACCUCCUGAAAUUGAACUUGAUGCAGAUCUCAGAAAAGUUGUCACUGUACGUGCUAGUGGUACUUUACGCCUGUUUGUCACCAUCAAAGGAAGACCAGAACCUGAAGUUAAAUGGGAGAAAGCAGAAGGAAAAAUUAGUGAGCGAGCUCAGAUUGAAGUCACCAGUUCCUACACAAUGCUGGUCAUUGACAAUGUCAAUAGAUUUGAUAGUGGCAGAUACAAUCUUACUUUAGAGAACAACAGUGGCAAAAAGUCAGCUUUUGUUAAUGUCAGAGUGCUUGAUACACCUAGUGCACCUCUAAACCUGACAAUCAGAGAAGUGAAAAAAGAUUUUGUAACUUUAGCCUGGGAGGAACCACUUAUUGAUGGCGGAGCUAAAAUUACCAACUAUGUAGUUGAAAAGCGAGAAUCCACGAGAAAGGCAUAUGCCACAGUUACAAGCAACUGUACUAAGAAUUCCUUCAAGAUUACUCAACUACAAGAAGGAUGUAGUUAUUACUUCCGUGUUCUAGCUGUAAAUGAAUAUGGGGCUGGCUUACCAGCUGAAACUGCUGAUCCAGUUAAGGUGUCUGAACCACCUUCUCCACCUUCAAAAGUCAUUCUUGUUGAUGUGACUCGCAAUUCUGCUUCAAUUAAAUGGGAAAAGCCAGAGAGUGAUGGUGGUAGUAAAAUUACUGGUUACAUAGUAGAAAUGCAGACUAAAGGAAGUGUAAAAUGGAGUGCAUGUACACAGGUGAAAACAUUGGAAACAACAAUAACAGGUUUAAGUAUGGGAGAAGAGUACAGUUUCAGGGUGAUUGCUGUUAAUGAAAAAGGAAAAAGUGAUCCAAGAGAACUUGGUGUCCCGGUCAUUGCAAAAGAUAUCGAAAUCCAGCCAUCUCUUGAGCUCCUUUUUAACACAUUCACAGUAAAAGCUGGAGAUGAUCUUAAGAUUGACAUUCCAUUCAGAGGGCGACCUCUUCCCACUGCUAUCUGGAAAAAGGAUGGGAAUCCCUUAAAACAGACAACCAGGGUAAAUGUUCAGACAUCAAAGACUUUAACUUCACUGUCCAUCAAGGAGGCUACAAAUGAAGAUCUAGGGCAGUAUGAAUUACAUCUUUCAAAUACUGCUGGAUCAACAACAGCUUCUCUAACUGUAGUUGUCCUUGACAGACCAGGACCACCAACUGAUGUUAAAAUUGAUGAAGUUAGUGCUGAUAGUGUAACUCUGUCUUGGAAACCUCCAGCAUACGAUGGUGGAUGUCAUAUUAGCAAUUACAUUGUGGAGAAGAGAGAUACCACCACAACAACAUGGGAGGUAGUAUCUGCAGCUGUUGCAAGAACAUCAGUUAAAGUAUCUCGACUUGUCACUGGAUCUGAAUAUCAGUUCCGUGUUUGUGCAGAAAACCGCUAUGGGAAAAGCUCUUACAUCAAUUCUCCUUCUGUUGUGGCAGAGUAUCCAUUUAAGCCUCCAGGUCCACCUGGAACACCUCGUGUGGCACAUGCAACUAAAUCUUUCAUGAUUGUAACUUGGCAGGUACCAGUUAAUGAUGGAGGUAGCGUAGUACUAGGAUACCACUUGGAGCAUAAAGAAAGAAGCAGCAUUCUUUGGACAAAAGUCAACAAGAGCCUCAUAACUGAUACACAAAUGAAAGUUACAGGUCUUGAUGAAGGACUGAUGUAUGAAUAUCGUGUGUAUGCAGAAAACAUUGCUGGAAUAGGCAAAUGCAGCAAAGCAUGUGAACCGGUUGCUGCAAGAGAUCCAUGUGAUCCUCCUGGUCAACCAGAAGUUACUAAUAUUACAAGAACAUCUGUCUCAUUGAAAUGGACAAAACCAGAAUACGAUGGUGGAGCUAAAGUAACAGGAUAUAUUAUUGAACGCCGAGAACUACCAGAUGGUCGUUGGCUAAAAUGUAAUUUUACUAAUGUGCAAGAAACAUACUUUGAUGUAGGUGGACUUACAGAAGACCAGCGUUACGAAUUCCAUGUGAUUGCAAAGAAUGCUGCUGGACUCUUCAGUCAACCAUCUGAAUCAACUGGGCCUGUGACCGUGAAAGAUGAUGUAGAGGCUCCAAGAAUUAUGAUGGAUGCCAAAUUCAGGGAUGUUGUAGUUGUGAAAGCUGGAGAAGUAUUUAAAGUUAAUGCUGAUGUUGCAGGACGGCCAUUACCAGUGAUUUCAUGGACAAAGGAUGGCAAGGAGCUUGAAGGAAAAGCUAGAGUUGAAAUAGUCUCAACAGAUUACACUACUGCAAUAACCAUUAAGGACUGUAUCCGAGGUGAUUCAGGACAGUAUGUACUAACAUUACAGAAUGUUGCAGGAACAAAAUCUUUGACAAUUAAUUGCAAAGUACUUGAUAGACCUGGCCCACCUGCAGGUCCAUUAGAAAUAAAUGGCCUUACUGCUGAAAAAUGCCAUCUAUCAUGGGGUCCCCCUCAAGAAAAUGGUGGUGCAGAUAUUGAUCAUUAUAUUGUGGAAAAACGUGAGACCAGCAGAAUUGCAUGGACACUUUGUGAAGGAGAGCUUAAAACAACAUCUUGUAAAGUGACAAAAUUACUGAAGGGUAAUGAGUAUAUUUUUAGAGUAAUGGGAGUUAACAAAUAUGGUGUUGGUGAGCCUCUAGAAAGUGUUGCUGUCAAAGCCUUAGAUCCGUUUACAGUUCCAACUCCACCUAUGUCUUUAGAGAUCACCAGUGUGAGCAAAGAUUCAAUAACGCUGUGCUGGGCAAGACCUGAGUCUGAUGGAGGCAGUGAGAUCUCUGGAUAUGUAAUUGAAAGGCGUGAGAAAACCAGCCUAAGAUGGAUUCGUGUAAACAAAAAGCCAGUUUAUGAUUUAAGAGUGAAAUCAUCGGGUCUCCGUGAGGGUUGUGAAUAUGAAUUCCGGGUUUAUGCAGAAAAUGCUGCUGGCCUCAGUCUCCCGAGUGAAACCACACCACUGAUUAAGGCAGAAGAUCCAAUCUUCUUGCCAUCGCCCCCAUCUAAACCUAAGAUUAUGGAUUCUACAAGGUCAAAUAUCACAAUUGGUUGGACAAAGCCACUGUUUGAUGGAGGUGCUCCAGUAACAGGAUACACUGUUGAAUACAAGAAAACUGAUGAAACUGACUGGACAACAGCUAUUCAGAAUUUAAGAGGCACAGAAUAUACCAUAACUGGGUUAACAUCAGGCUCUGAGUACGUUUUUAGAGUGAAAUCCAUUAACAAAAUGGGUGUCAGUGAACCAAGCGAUGUCUCAGAGCCUCAGGUAGCAAAAGAAAGAGAGGAAGAACCUGCCUUUGAAAUUGACAGUGAAAUGCGGAAGACUUUAAUAGUAAAGGCUGGUGGAUCAUUCACAAUGACUGUUCCUUUCAGAGGCAAACCAGUCCCAAAUGUAACAUGGAACAAACCAGACACUGAUCUCCGUACACGUGCAAGCAUUGACACUUCAAGUAAUUGUACAUCUCUUACUAUUGAAAAAGCAACAAGAAAUGAUUCUGGAAAAUACACAUUAACAUUGCAAAACAUCCUAAACACUACCACCUUGACUUUAAUUGUCAAAGUUCUUGAUACCCCUGGCCCACCAUCUAAUAUUGCAACAAAAGAUGUAACUAAAGAAUCUGCUGUGUUAUCUUGGGAUGUUCCUGAAAAUGAUGGUGGAGCACCUGUAAAGAACUAUGUAAUUGAAAAACGAGAAGCUAGCAAAAAGGCAUGGGUUACUGUGACAAACAACUGUCAUCGCCUGUCCUACAAAGUAACUGGUUUGCAAGAAGGUGCCAUUUACUACUUCCGUGUCUCUGGAGAAAAUGAAUAUGGUGUUGGAGUGCCUUCUGAGACCAAAGAGGGAACAAAAAUAACAGAAAAACCCAGUCCACCAGAAAAGCUAGGAGUAACAAACGUCACAAAGGACAGUGUUGCUCUUUCAUGGCUAAAACCAGAACAUGAUGGUGGAAGCAGAGUUGUUAGCUACCUUCUUGAAGCUCUUGAGAAAGGACAACAAAAAUGGGUUAAGUGUGCAGUUGUAAAGACAACUCAUCACGUUGUCCAUGGUCUUAAGGAAAAUGUUGACUAUUUCUUCAGGGUGUCUGCAGAAAACCAAGCCGGUUUAAGUGACCCUAAGGAACUACUGCUCCCUGUUACAGUUAAAGAACAAUUAGAAUCUCCUGAGAUUGACAUGAAGGGCUUCCCUCAUAACACUGUAUAUGUUAGAGCAGGCUCAAACCUGAAAGUUGAAAUUCCAGUUUCUGGAAAACCAGUGCCAAAGGUGACACUGUCUAGAGAUGGUGUUGCACUGAAACCUACCAUGAGAUUUCACACAGAAACCACGGCAGAAGGUCUCAUCAUUAACCUUAAAGAAAGUGUGGCUGCUGAUGCUGGCAGAUAUGACAUCACUGCUGCCAACUCAAGUGGCACCACAAAAUCUUUUGUUAAUAUUGUUGUGUUGGAUAGACCCGGUCCUCCUGUUGGUCCUGUUGUCCUUAGCGAUGUCACUGAAGAGAGUGUAACACUCAGAUGGCAACCACCAGCUUAUGACGGUGGAAGUCAGGUUACCAACUAUAUUGUACUGAAAAGAGAAACAAGUACUGCUGCUUGGUCUGAAGUGUCUGCCACUGUUGCUAGAACUGUUAUCAAAGUUAUGAGGCUCACAACAGGAGAAGAAUACCAAUUCCGCAUCAAAGCUGAGAACCGCUUUGGCAUCAGUGAUCACAUAGACUCGCAAUGUGUGGUUGUCAAGCUUCCUUACACUACCCCAGGCCCUCCUUCUACACCAUGGGUCACUAAUGUUACUCGAGAGAGUAUUACAGUCGGUUGGCAUGAACCAGUCACUAAUGGUGGCAAUGCUAUCGUUGGAUAUCACCUGGAAAUGAAAGACAGAAAUAGCAUAUUAUGGCAGAAGGCUAACAAGACCCUUAUUCGUACCACUCACUUCAAAGUCACCACAAUCAGUGCUGGUCUUAUCUAUGAAUUUAGAGUUUAUGCAGAAAAUGCGGCUGGCAUUGGAAAAGCAAGUCGUCCUUCUGAUCCAGUCCUUGCAAUUGAUGCUUGUGGUAUAACCACCAGAAAUGUUCGUGCCUCAGAUAUUUCCAAGACCUCCAUCACUCUCUCCUGGCAGAAGCCAGCAUUUGAGUGGUCGUGCAAAAUCACUGGAUACAUUGUAGAAAAACGUGAUCUUCCAGAUGGCAGAUGGAACAAAGCUAGCUUCACCAAUGUAUUAGAGCCUCAGUUCACAGUAUCUGGCCUGACACAGAAUUCCAAGUAUGAAUUCCGGGUCUUUGCAAAGAAUGCUGUUGGUUCCAUUAGUAAUCCAUCAGAUGUUGUGGGUCCUAUCACAUGUGUUGAUACAUACGGUGCACCUGAAAUCGAUGUGCCACCAGAAUAUACGGAAGUGGUGAAAUACAAAGCAGGAACUUCAGUUAAGCUAAAACUAGGCAUCUCAGGCAAGCCUCUACCCACAAUUGAAUGGUUCAAAAAUGGCAAUGAGGUACUAACCAGUGCACUAGUGUCUUUUGAAAACACAACAGAAUUUGCUUCUAUACUCAUCAAGGAUGCAAAUCGACUUGACAGUGGCACCUAUGAAUUAAAAUUGAAGAAUGCCAUGGGUUCAGCAUCAGCCCACAUUAGAGUACAGAUACUUGACAAGCCAGGACCCCCAGGUGGACCUAUACAGUUUAAGACAGUCACUGCUGAAAAGAUAACAAUAAUGUGGGACCCGCCAGCAGAUGAUGGUGGUGCACCUAUAACACACUAUGUUGUUGAAAAGCGGGAAACAAGUCGGGUUGUAUGGUCUUUAAUUUCUGAAAAACUUGAAGCAUGCAUCGUAACGACAACAAAACUCAUCAAAGGAAAUGAAUACGUGUUCCGUGUCCGUGGUGUGAACAAGUUUGGAAUUGGUGAUCCACUGGAAUCUGAGCCUGUUAUAGCCAAAAAUUCAUUUGUUACACCUGGACCACCUAGUACACCAGAAGUCACGAAGAUAACCAAGAAUUCUAUGACUGUUGUCUGGAAUAGGCCCACUGUUGAUGGAGGCAGUGAAAUAUCAGGAUAUUUUCUGGAGAAACGUGACAAGAAGAGUCUGAGUUGGUUCAAGGUCUCUAAAGAAACCAUUCGGGACACCAGACAGAAAGUAACAGGUCUGACUGAAAACAGCGAAUAUCAUUUCCGAGUUUGUGCUGUCAAUGCAGCUGGACCAGGUCCAUUCUCUGAGGCUUCUGACUUCUACAAAGCUGCAGAUCCUGUUGAUAAGCCAGGCUCACCAACAAAGCUUAAAGUUGUGGAUACAACCAAGACAUCUGUUACCCUUGGCUGGAUUAAACCUGCUUAUGAUGGAGGAAGUCCAAUUACCCACUAUGUGGUGGAGAAGAGGGAAGGUGAAGAGCAAGAAUGGACUGUAGUCAGUACCAAGGGAGAAGUGAGAACAACUGAAUAUGUUGUAUCCCACCUUCAGCCAAGCGUUAAUUACUAUUUCCGUGUAUCUGCUAUGAAUUGUGCUGGACAAGGAGAGCCUAUUGAAAUGAUGGAACCUGUUCAAGCUAAAGAUAUUCUUGUGGCACCAGAGAUUGAUCUGGAUGUUGCUCUUCGGACAUCUAUUGUUGCUAAAGCAGGUGAAGAUGUGGAAAUAAUGAUUCCAUUCAAGGGAAGGCCUCCUCCAACAGUCACAUGGAGAAAGGGUGACAAGAAUCUUGGGAGUGAUGAAAGAUAUGUCAUCCAGAACACAGAGUCAUCUACACUACUUAUUAUUCCUCAAGUUACACGAAAUGAUACAGGAAAAUAUGUUCUUACAAUUGAAAAUGGAGUUGGAGAAGCAAAAUCAUCAUUUGUGAAUGUAAAAGUACUUGACACACCUUCUGCAUGCCAGAAGCUGCAGCUCAAGCAUGUUUCUCGUGGCACAGUUACACUGGUAUGGGAGCCACCUCUCAUCAAUGUGGUUCUGAAAAUAACAAAUUAUGUUGUUGAAAAAAGAGAUGCUACAAAGAGGGCCUGGUCAACUGUUACAACAAAGUGUUCUCAUACCACCUUUAAACUGACUAACCUGUCAGAAAAGACUUCAUUCUUUUUCCGUGUUCUUGCUGAAAAUGAAAUUGGACUAGGUGAACCCUGUGAAACAGCUGAACCAGUGAAAGCUGCAGAUGUUCCUGGACCUGUAAAAGACCUAGCCAUGAAAGACCUACAAAGAGUUCUGUUAAAUUGCAGUGGGAGCAAGCCUGACUAUGAUGGUGGUAGCAUUAUAUCAGACUAUGUUAUUGAAAAGAAACUUCAGGAAGAGAAAGAAUGGACAUAUGCAGGCACAAGCAAGAGCUGUGAAUUUGUAGCUGACAAACUUAAAGAGCUUUCUGUCAUGGAAUUCAGAGUCUUUGCUAAAAACGAAAAAGGCAUGAGUGACUCUGUUACUGUUGGACCCAUUACAGUGAAAGAACUUAUUAUAACACCUGAAGCUGACCUUUCUGAUAUUCCUGGAGGUCAGAUUGCAGUAAGAAUUGGACAUAACCUGCAUGUUGAAUUGCCCUAUAAGGGUAAGCCUAAUCCAUCAAUGAGCUGGCUCAAGGACAAUCUCCCUCUUAAAGAAACAGAACAUCUUCGUUUCAAGAAAACUGAAAACAAGAUAAGCCUAAGUAUCAAGAAUGUGAAAAAGGAGCAUGGUGGGAAAUAUACUUUAAUUCUUGAUAACGUAGUCUGCAGAAAGUCAUUCACAAUCACUGUAAUCACUCUUGGUCCUCCAUCUAGGCCAAAAGCACCUUUAAGAAUAGAUGAAAUCAAAGCAGAUAGUGUCGUUUUGUCAUGGGAUGCUCCUGAUGAUGAUGGGGGAGGAGAAAUUACUGGCUACAGUAUUGAGAAGAGAGAAACAUCACAAAUGAACUGGAAGCUGGUGUGUUCAAGUGCUGCAAGAACAACCUUCAAAGUACCAAACCUUGUUAAAGAUACUGAGUAUCAGUUUAGAGUUCGUGCAGAAAACAGAUACGGAGUGAGCCCACCUCUUGUCUCAGCAGAUGUUGUGGCAAAGCAUCAGUUUAAACCACCAGGUGCCCCAGGCAAGCCUGUUGUAUACAACGUAACUGCUGAUGGAAUGACCAUUUCUUGGGAUGCUCCCGUUUAUGAUGGUGGUUCAGAGAUUAUGGGAUACCAUGUUGAAAAGAAGGAAAGAAACAGUAUUUUGUGGCAGAAGGUUAAUGUUGCAUUAAUAUCUAACAGAGAAUACAGGAUUACUGGACUGCUUGAGGGCCUGGAUUACCAGUUCCAAGUAUAUGCUGAAAAUGCUGCAGGUCUAAGCCGAGCUAGUGAGCCAAGCAAAUUUACUUUGGCAGUCUCUCCAGUGGAUCCACCUGGUACUCCUGACUACAUUGAUGUCACUAGAGAAACAAUCACCCUGAAAUGGAACCCCCCGUUGCGUGAUGGAGGCAGUAAGAUUGUGGCUUACAGCAUUGAGAAGCGGCAAGGAAGUGCAGACCGUUGGCUCAGGUGUAACUUUACUGAUGUCAGCGAGUGCCAAUAUACAGUUACAGGGCUCAGUCCAGGUGACCGAUAUGAAUUCAGAGUGCUUGCAAGAAAUGCUGUUGGUACAAUCAGCCCACCUUCACAGUCUUCAGGCUAUAUCAUGACCAGAGAUGAAAAUGUUGCUCCAACAAUUGAAUUUGGUGCUGAACACUUUGAAGGCCUUACUGUUAAAGCUGGAGAGAGCAUUAGACUUAAAGCUCUAAUCAAAGGACGUCCAGUACCUAAAGUGACAUGGUUUAAGGAUGGUAAAGAGAUUGAUAAAAUGAUGAAUAUAGAAAUCACUACAGCUAUUGGAUAUAGUACAAUCUUCAUUAGAGAUGCUCUCCGGGAACAUCGUGGAGUGUACACAGUAGAAGCCAAAAAUGCAUCAGGCACUAAACGAGAAGAUAUUACCAUCAGAGUACAAGACGCACCAGGAAAAGUUGGUGGACCAAUACGAUUCACAAACGUCACUGGAGAAAAAGUCACAUUAUGGUGGGAGCCUCCAGCUAAUGAUGGUUGUGCUUCUGUUUCUCACUACAUAAUUGAAAAGCGUGAAACCAGCAGGAUUGCUUGGGCAUUAGUUGAAGAUAAAUGUGAAGCUUGCAGCUAUACAGCACUUAAAUUAAUUAAAGGCAAUGAGUAUCAGUUCCGUGUCUCUGCAGUGAACAAAUUUGGAGUUGGCAGACCAUUGGAGUCUGAUCCAGUCAUUGCACAAAUCCCUUACACUCUCCCUGAUGCACCAGGAACUCCAGAGCCUACCAAUGUAACAGGAGACAGUAUCACACUCACAUGGGCAAGACCGGAGUCAGAUGGUGGAAGCGAGAUAAACGAAUACAUUCUUGAAAGGAGAGAAAAGAAGAGCAUGCGCUGGGUUAAAGUGUCCAGUAAACGGCCCAUUACUGAGAACAGAUACAGAGUAACUGGCCUUAUUGAAGGCAAUGAGUAUGAGUUCCAUGUCAUGGCUGAAAAUGCUGCAGGAGUUGGACCUCCAAGUGAUGUUUCAAAGCUGAUUAAAUGCAGAGAGCCAGUCAGCCCACCAAGUGCUCCUAAUGUUGUAAAGGUGACAGACACAUCAAAGACUAGUGUAAGCUUAGAGUGGACAAAGCCAGUUUUUGAUGGAGGCAUGGAAAUAAUUGGGUACAUCAUUGAGAUGUGCAAAGCUGAUCUUGAAGCAUGGCAGAAAGUCAAUGCAGAGACUGUUAUUGCUACUAAAUAUACCGUUGUUGAUCUGGAGGCAGGAGAACACUAUAAAUUCAGAGUUAGUGCUGUUAAUGGUGCUGGCAGAGGAGAAAGUUGCGAAGUUCCUGCUUCAGUCCAAACCGUGGACAGGCUUUCUGCACCUGAAAUAGAUAUUGAUGCAAACUUCAAGCAGACCCAUAUUGUAAGAGCAGGUGCAAGCAUUCGUCUAUUUAUUGCCUUCUCUGGAAGGCCAGUUCCUACUGCAGUGUGGUCCAAAGCAGAUGCUAAUCUUAGUUUGCGUGCUGACAUUCAAACAACGGAUUCAUUCGGCACAUUGACUGUAGAGGAAUGCAAUAGAAUGAUGCUGGCCAAGUAUGUAUUUACUGUGGAAAACAACAGUGGAAGCAAGUCUAUUACAUUUACUGUCAAGGUUUUGGACACACCUGGUCCACCAGGUCCUAUUACAUUUAAAGAUGUGACUCGAACAUCUAUUACUUUAAUGUGGGAUGCUCCUGUUCUGGAUGGAGGUUCUCGUAUCCACCACUAUGUUGUGGAAAAACGCGAAGCAAGUCGUCGUAGCUGGCAAGUAGUGAGUUCAAAAUGCACUCGACAAAUCUUUAAGGUCACAGAUCUAGCAGAAGGUAUGCCAUAUUACUACCGAGUAUCAGCAGAAAAUGAAUAUGGUGUUGGUGAACCCUGUGAAUUAACAGAACCAGUUGUGGCCACUGAAGAACCUGCUCCACCAAAGAGACUAGAUAUUGUUGAUACAACCAAAUCUUCUGGUUUAGCUUGGCUUAAACCUGAUCAUGAUGGUGGUAGCCGUAUUACUGGAUACCUUCUUGAAAUGAAACAAAAGGGAUCUGACUCCUGGACUGGAGCUGGACAAACCAAGCAACUUACUUUCACUGUUGAAGGCCUUGUGGAGAACACAGAAUAUGAGUUCCGGGUCAAGGCAAGGAAUGACGCUGGCUACAGUGAGCCGAGAAGCUUUCUCUUCUGUAUUGUUAAGGAGCCACAGAUUGAACCAACAGCAGAUCUCAGUGACAUAAGCAGACAGCUUAUAACAUGCAAGGCUGGAAGCAUUACUAUUGAUAUACCAAUCAGUGGGCGCCCAGCUCCAAAAGUGACAUGGAAGCUUGAGGAGAUGAGGCUGAAGGAAAACUGAAGAGUGACCAUCAAGACAACAAAAGACCGAACCACACUGACUGUAAAAGACAGUAUGAGAGGUGACUCUGGUAAAUACUACCUUACACUUGAGAACACUGCUGGUGUGAAAACAUUUACUGUCACAGUGGUAGUCAUAGGAAGGCCAGGUCCUGUCACUGGCCCAAUUGAAAUAUCGUCUGUAAUCUGCAGUCCUGUGGUGUUGACCUGGAAAGAACCUGAAGAUGAUGGUGGCAGUGACAUUACAAACUACAUUGUAGAGAAACGUGAAUCUGGCACAACAGCAUGGCAGCUGGUGAAUUCCAGUGUGAAACGCACACAGAUCAAAGUUAGUCAUCUCACGAAAUAUCAAGAGUACAGUUUCCGAGUAAGCUCAGAAAAUAGAUUCGGUGUCAGCAAGCCAGUUGAAUCAAAAACAAUUGUUGCUGAGCAUCCAUUUGUCCCACCAAGCCCACCUUCAAGGCCAGAAGUCUGUUCUGUGUCUGCAAGUGCCAUGGCCAUACGCUGGGAGGAACCCUACCAUGAUGGUGGCAGCAAAGUCAUUGGAUAUUGGGUGGAAAAGAAGGAGCGCAACACCAUCCUUUGGGUGAAGGAGAACAAAGUACCAUGCUGUGACUGCAACUAUAAAGUCACUGGGUUGGUGGAAGGCCUAGAAUAUCAAUUCAGAAUCUAUGCUCUAAAUGCUGCAGGUGUUAGCAAAGCUAGUGAAGCUUCCAGACCUGUAGUGGCUCAAAAUCCGGUUGAUCCACCAGGUAGACCAGAAGUAACAGAUGUCACCAGAUCUACAGUGUCUCUGAGCUGGUCACCUCCACUUUAUGAUGGUGGAGGAAGCAAAAUAAUCGGAUAUAUUAUUGAGCGCAAACCAUAUAAUGAAUCUGGUGAUGGACGCUGGCUGAAAUGCAAUUAUACCAUUGUCUCAGAAAACUUUUUUACUGUGAACAGCCUUAGUGAAGAUGAAGCCUAUGAAUUCCGUGUACUAGCAAAGAAUGCUGCUGGUGUGAUUAGCAAAGGAUCUGAAUCAACUGGUGCUGUCAUUUGCAAAGAUGAAUACACACCACCAAAGGCUGAACUUGAUGCCAGACUGCAGGGAGAAGUUUUGACCAUUAGGGCUGGAUCAGACCUCGUUCUUGAUGCAGCCAUUGGUGGAAAACCAGAACCAAAAGUCUUCUGGUCCAAAGGUGACAGGGAACUGGAGUUAUGCAGAAAGAUAUCUCUGCAAUAUACCAGCAAACGAGAUGCAAUUAUCAAGUUCUGUGACAGAAGUGAUACUGGAAAAUAUACCCUAACAGUUAAAAAUGCCAGUGGGAUGAAACAAAUUUCUGUUCUUGUCAAAGUGCUUGAUUCACCAGGUCCAUGUGCAGGCAAAAUCACAGUUAGCAGAGUAACAGAAGAGAAAUGUACUCUGGCUUGGAACAUUCCUGAGGAAGAUGGAGGUGCAGAAAUCACUCACUAUAUCAUAGAAACUGAAACCAGCAGACUUCACUGGGUUAUUGUUGAGGCUGAAUGCCAGACUUUAUCAACUGUGGUAACAAAGCUUAUUAAAAAUAAUGAAUACAUUUUCCGUGUGAGAGCUGUCAACAAAUAUGGAGCAGGUGUUCCCCUUGAAUCAGAACCUGUGAUUGCCAGGAAUGCUUUCACUAUUCCAACACAGCCUGGUGCUCCUGAGGAAGUGACUGUCGGCAAGGAACAUAUCAUUAUUCAGUGGUCAAAGCCAGAAUCGGAUGGUGGCAGUGAGAUUAAGGACUAUCUUGUGGACAAACGUGAAAGGAAAAGUUUGCGCUGGACACGAGUGAAUAGAGAUUUUACCAUUUAUGACACCAGACUGAAAGUCACUGGUCUCAUGGAAGGGAGCCAGUACCAAUUCCGUGUUACUGCAGUGAAUGCUGCUGGAAACAGUGAGCCAAGUGAACCUUCACAAUACAUGUUAUGUAAAGAACCAUCAUACACUCCUGCGUCACCUUCAGUUCCAAGAGUUGUGGAUACUACAAUGCACAGCAUAAGUUUAGCAUGGUCAAAGCCCACAUAUGACGGUGGUGCUGACCUCUUAGGCUAUGUUCUUGAAAUGAAAGAAGAAGGUAGUGAACAGUUAGGCGAGCACAUACAAACUGCCACUCUGAGGAAUGCUGAGGUUCACCGUGACUGUCUUAAAACAAACCAGAAAUACCAAUUCCGAGUUGCCUGCACAAACGUGAAUGGUAUGAGUGAAUUUAGCGAAUCAUCAGCAGAACUAGAACCUGUGGAAAGAAUAGAAACACCUGAACUUGAGCUUGCUGAUGAUCUGAAGAAGACUGUUACAGUCAGAGGUGGUUCCCUGCGCCUAAUGGUCUCUGUAUCUGGCAGACCUACUCCUGUAAUCACAUGGAGCAAGCAGGGUGUUGACCUAGUAAGACCGAGGUUAUUAUAUGAUACUAACAAGCAGCUACACUUGCAUUAUGGUGAUAAAGUUAAUCGGUAUGACGCUGGAAAAUACAUCAUUGAGGCUGAAAAUCAAAUCAGGGAAAAAAAAUCUGCAACUAUUGCUGUGAAAGGUGUAUGAGAUACACCUGGUCCACCACCUGAAGUGAGAGUUAAGGAAGUAUCAAAAGAUUCUGUGACACUUACUUACAUUCCAGUCAUUGAUGGUGGAGCCCCAGUCAACAAUUACAUAAUUGAGAAACGUGAAGCUUCCAUGAGAGCUUACAAGACUGUCACUACCAAAUGCAGCAAGACAUUUUACAGAGUUACCGGACUUCUGGAAGGAGCUUUGUAUUAUUUCAGAGUACUACCAGAAAAUAUUUAUGGCAUUGGUGAAGGCUGUGAAACAUCUGAUGCAGUACUGGUAUCUGAUGUCCCCAUGGUACCACAAAAACUCGAAGUGAUUGACACCACUAAAUCAACUGUUACACUUGCCUGGGAGAAACCAUUGCAUGAUGGUGGCAGCAGAUUGACUGGUUAUGUUAUUGAGGCUAGCAAAGCUGGAACAGAAAGAUGGUUGAAGGUAGUGACAUUGAAGCCUACCGUCUAUGAACAUACCAUUAUCUCUCUCAAUGAAGGUGAACAGUACUUGUUCAGGGUCAGAGCACAGAAUCAGAAGGGCGUGUCAGAACCACGAGAGAUUGUCACAGCAGUGACAGUUCAAGACCGAAAAGUUCUACCAACAAUUGACUUCACUGGAAUACCUCAGAAGACAAUCCACGUACCUGCUGGCAAGCCCAUUGAAUUAGCCAUUCCAAUUGAAGGACGACCACCUCCAACUGCAUCUUGGUUCUUUGCUGGUUCUAAACUAAAAGAAUCAGAACGCAUCAAAAUGAGACUGCUGCCAAAGUUGGCCAAAUUAACUGUGCGUGAGACCACCACUGAUACUGGGGAGUAUACACUUGAAUUGAAGAACACAACUGGAACAGUAACUGAUACAUUAAAGGUUAUAAUCCUUGACAAGCCUGGACCACCUGUUGGACCUAUCAGAAUUGAUGAAAUUGAUGCAAAUUAUGUAACCAUCUCCUGGGAGCCUCCUGAGCUGGAUGGUGGAGCUGCCCUUAGUGGGUAUGUGGUAGAGCAGCGUGAUGCUCACCGUCCUGGAUGGCUGCCAGUUUCAGAGUCAGUAACAAGGACAACAUUUAAGUUCACCAGACUUGUUGAAGGUGCAGAAUAUGUGUUCCGUGUGGCUGCUACAAACCGCUUUGGAAUUGGAUCUUAUCUGCAGUCUGAAAUUAUAGAAUGCAAGAGCAGAAUCCGUAUUCCUGGUCCUCCUGGCACUCCAGAAGUGUUCGAUAUCUCUCGAGAUGGCAUGACAUUGACUUGGUAUCCUCCAGAAGAUGAUGGUGACUCACAGAUUACUGGUUAUAUUGUGGAACGCAAAGAAGUUAGAGCAGAUAGAUGGAUCCGUGCAAAUAAAGUUCCAGUCACCAUGACUCGUUACCGUUCCACUGGGUUGGUUGAAGGAUUAGAGUAUGAACACCGGGUCACAGCAAUCAAUGCCAGAGGCACUGGGAAACCCAGCCGUCCUUCCAAGUCUGCUGUUGCCAGAGAUCCAAUUGCUCCUCCAGGUAAACCUCAGAAUCCAAGAGUCACUGAUACUACAAGAACAUCUGUCUCCCUGGCUUGGAGUCCACCAGAAGAUGAAGGUGGUUCUAAAGUUACUGGCUACUUAAUUGAAAUGCAGAAAGUUGAUCAAUUUGAAUGGACCAAAUGCAAUACUACGCCGACCAAGAUUCGGGAAUACACCUUGACACAUCUUCCCCAGGGUGCAGAGUACAGAUUCCGAGUGCUAGCCUGUAAUGCUGGUGGGCCAGGAGAACCUGCUGAAGUGCCAGGAACAGUCAAAAUAACAGAAAUGCUUGAAUAUCCUGAUUAUGAACUUGAUGAAAAAUACCAAGAAGGUCUCAUGGUGAGACAAGGAGGAGUAAUCAGGCUUACAAUACCCAUUAAGGGUAAGCCCAUCCCAGUAUGCAAAUGGACAAAAGAAGGACAGGACAUCAGCAAGAGGGCCAUGAUUGCAACUUCUGAGACUCACACAGAACUUGUGAUUAAAGAUGCAGAAAGAGAAGAUUCAGGCACCUAUGAUUUGGUACUUGAAAACAAGUGUGGCAAGAAAGCCGUGUACAUUAAAGUCAGAGUGAUUGGCAUUCCAAAUCCACCAGAAGGACCACUUGAGUAUGAUGAUAUACAAGCUCGUUCUGUCAGAGUAAGCUGGAGACCUCCUACAGAUGAUGGCGGAGCAGAUAUCCUGGGUUAUAUUGUUGAGAGAAGAGAAGUACCAAAGAGUGCCUGGUACACUGUUGACUCUCGAGUGAAAGGGACAUCACUAGUGGUGAAAGGACUCAAAGAAAACGUGGAAUAUCACUUCCGUGUUUCUGCUGAAAACCAUUUUGGUAUUAGCAAAUCUCUCAAAUCUGAAGAACCAGCAGUACCAAAGACACCUCUAAAUCCACCAGAGCCUCCAAACAACCCGCCUGAAGUGCUUGAUGUUACAAAGAGUUCUGUCAACUUGUCCUGGUCCAGACCUAAAGAUGAUGGUGGUUCUCGUGUAACUGGCUACUAUAUUGAACGUAAAGAGACAUCUACAGAAAAAUGGGUCCGGCAUAAUAAGACACAGAUUACCACUACAAUGUACACAGUCACAGGACUUGUUCCAGAUGCUGAAUAUCAAUUCCGUGUCAUUGCUCAAAAUGACAUCGGGGAAAGUGAAGCAAGUCCUGCUUCUGAACCAGUUGUAUGCAAGGAUCCAUUCGACAAACCAAGCCAACCUGGAGAAAUUGAGAUCACUUCUAUAUUUAAGGACAGCAUUACAUUAGAAUGGGAACGACCUGAAAGUGACGGUGGCAAAGAGAUCCUUGGCUAUUGGGUUGAAUAUCGCCAGUCUGGAGAAAGCACCUGGAAAAAAUGCAAUAAGGAACGCAUCAAGGACAGGCAGUUUACAGUAGGAGGUUUACUUGAGGCCACAGAAUAUGAGUUCCGUGUUUUUGCAGAAAAUCAGACUGGCCUCAGCAGACCUCGAAGGACUGCUAUGGCAGUGAAAACUAAAUUAACAUCCGGAGAAGCACCUGCCAUAAAGAAAGAAAUGCAGGAUGUUACAACUAAACUGGGAGAGGCAGCUCAGCUGACAUGCCAGAUUGUUGGGAGACCUUUGCCUGAUAUUAAAUGGUACCGUUUCGGCAAAGAGCUGGUACAAAGCAGAAAAUACAAAAUGUCGUCUGAUGGACGCAAUCAUACACUGACAGUAAUGACAGAUGAACAGGAGGAUGAAGGUCUCUACACUUGUAUGGCUACCAAUGAUGUUGGAGAAAUUGAAACUAGUGGCAAGCUAUUAUUGCAGGCUCCUCCUCAGUUCCACCCCGGCUUCCCAUUGAAAGAGAAAUACUACGCAGGUGCAGGUGGCACCCUCCGCCUUCACGUUGUGUAUAUUGGCCGGCCAGUACCAGCAAUAACUUGGUUCCAUGGCAACAAACCUUUGAGAGGAUCAGAAACAGUUACUAUUGAGAACACAGAACAGUAUACUCAUCUUGCUAUUAAGAAUGUCCAGCACAAGACUCAUGCUGGGAAGUACAAAGUACAACUCAGUAACACAUUUGGAACAGUUGACACUGUACUUAAAGUGGAAAUACAAGAUAAACCAGAAAAACCAGUAGGGCCAAUUGUCCUAGAGUCUAUACUGAAGAAUUCUGUGGUGAUAAGCUGGAAACCACCAGAGGAUGAUGGAGGUGUUAUGAUCACCAAUUACAUCAUAGAGAAACGUGAAGCCAAGGAAGGAGCAGAAUGGCAACUUGUAUCUUCAAGUAUUUCAGGCACAACCUGUAGAAUUGUUAACCUAACUGAAAAUGCAGGCUAUUAUUUCCGUGUUUCUGCUCAGAAUAUAUAUGGCAUUAGUGACGCAUUGGAGGUCUCAUCAGUAGUUUUUAUAAAGCCUCCGUUUGAUAAACCAGGACAACCUGGCCAGCCAGUAGCAAGUGCUGUCACAAAGGAUUCUUGUGUUGUCUCAUGGAAGCCACCUGCAAGUGAUGGUGGUGCAAAGAUUAGAACCUACUAUCUUGAGAAGCGUGAGAAAAAACAAAACAAGUGGAUUUCUGUAACAACAGAUGAAAUUCGUGAAACAGUCUACUCUGUGAAAGAUCUUAUUGAAGGUCUUGAAUAUGAGUUCCGUGUAAAAUGUGAAAAUCUUGGCGGUGAAAGUGAAUGGAGUGAGGUAUCCCAGCCAGUCAUUCCAAAAUCUGAUGUACCAAUUAAAGCUCCACAUUUCAAGGAAGAACUAAGGAAUCUGAAUGUGAAAUUUCAAGCUAAUGCCACAUUUGUCUGCAAAGUCACUGGUCAUCCUAAGCCAAUUGUGAAGUGGUACAGACAGGGCAAAGAAAUCAUGCCAGAUGGGGAAAAGAUCAAGAUACAGGAAUUCAAGGGUGGAUAUUACCAGCUGGUCAUCACAAACGUAACAGAUGAUGAUGCCACGGUAUAUCAAGUUAGAGCUACCAACCAAGGAGGAUCCGUGUCUGGCACUGCCUCUCUGGAUGUUGAAGUUCCUGCAAAGAUUCAUUUGCCCAAAAACUUGGAAGGCAUGGGAGCUGUUCAUGCCCUCCGAGGGGAAGUGGUGAGCAUCAAGAUUCCAUUCAGUGGCAAGCCACCCCCUGUGAUCACAUGGCAGAAGGGACAAGAUCUCAUCGAUACUAAUGGACACUACCAAGUCAUUGUUACACGAUCAUUCACAUCUCUUGUUUUCCCAAAUGGUGUUGACAGAAAAGAUGCAGGAUUUUACAUUGUUUGUGCCAAAAACAGAUUUGGAAUCGAUCAAAAAACUGUUGAAUUAGAUGUGGCUGAUGUGCCUGAUCCACCAAGAGGUCUGAAGGUAACUGAUGUUUCACGGGAUUCAGUCAACUUAACCUGGAGUGAACCAGCCACUGAUGGUGGAAGCAGGAUCAUAAACUAUAUUAUUGAGAAACGCGCUACAACAGCAGAGCGAUGGAUUCGUGUUGCGCAAGCUCGUGAUACACGAUACACAGUGGUGAACCUAUUUGGCAAGACCACCUACCAGUUCCGUGUAAUUGCAGAGAAUAAGUUUGGCCAAAGUCAGCCUUCUGAACCUACUGAUCCAAUUGUUACAAAGGAAGAUAAGACCAGAGUAAUGAACUAUGAUGAAGAAGUUGAUGAAACAAGAGAAAUUACAGCAGCUAAAGCAGCUCACUAUUCUACAAAGGAACUCUAUGACAAAUAUAUGAUUGCAGAAGAGCUUGGACGUGGGCAGUUUGGCAUUGCACACCGCUGUGUUGAGGCAGUUUCAAAAAAGACUUACCUGGCCAAAUUUGUCAAAGUAAAGGGUGCUGACCAAGUUUUGGUAAAGAAAGAAAUUUCCAUCCUAAACAUUGCUAGGCACCAAAAUAUCCUGUAUCUUCAUGAAUCAUUUGAGAGCCUAGAAGAAUUGGUCAUGAUCUUUGAAUUCAUUUCUGGGGUUGACAUCUUUGAAAGAAUCGGCACAGCUUCAUUUGAACUUAAUGAAAGGGAAAUAGUAAGUUACGUACGCCAGGUCUGUGAUGCACUAGAAUUUUUACAUCGUCAUAGCAUUGGACAUUUUGAUAUUAGACCAGACAAUAUUAUUUACUUUACAAGAAGAAGCUCUGUAAUUAAAAUUGUUGAAUUUGGUCAAGCCAGACAGUUAAGGCCUGGAGACAGCUUUAGACUCCAGUUCACUUCUCCUGAAUAUUAUGCGCCUGAAGUACAUCACCAUGACUUGGUCAGCACAGCUACGGACAUGUGGUCAGUUGGUGCUCUAACAUACAUACUGCUCAGUGGCCUUAACCCUUUCAUUGCUGAAACAAACCAACAAGUUAUUGAAAAUAUUCUGAAUGCUGAAUACAGCUUUGAGGAUGAAGCAUUCAAAGACAUAAGCAUUGAAGCCAUGGACUUCAUUGAUCGCCUACUAGUAAAGGAAAGAAAAUCUCGGAUGACAGCUGCUGAAGCACUUAAUCACGUGUGGCUAAAACAGCAGACGGAAAAGACCAGCACUAAAACCAUUAAAACCUUGAGGCACAGGCGUUACUAUCAAACUCUAGUAAAGAAGGAGUGGAACACAGUUGUGUCAGUAGCCCGCAUUUCCUGUGGAGGCGCAAUUAGAUCCCAGAAAGGCAUAACAGUGGCUAAAGUUAAAGUUGCCCCAAUAGACAUUGGGCCUAUUGCUGGGCAAAUAAAGCAUAAUGUUGCAGAAGAAGGAGGCCAUGCCAAAUAUGUAUGUACAAUUGAAAACUAUGAUGAGUCCACACAAGUCACAUGGUACUUUGGUAUGAGGCAGUUAGAAAACAAUGAGAAAUAUGAAAUCAAAUAUGAAGAUGGUGUGGCAACCAUGUAUGUCAAAGAUGUUUCUAAAUCAGAUGAUGGAACUUACCGAUGCAAGGUAGUAAAUGAUUAUGGUGAGGACAGCUCUUAUGCAGAACUUUUUGUUAAAGGUGUGAGAGAAAUUUCUGAGCACUACAGAUGCAGAACUGUUAGGAAAGUGAAACGACGGGUUGAUACUAUGAGACUAUUAGAGCAUCCCCCAGAAUUUACUCUGCCUUUGUAUAACCGCACUGCAUAUGUUGGAGAAAAUGUCAGGUUUGGAGUAACCAUAACAGUUCACCCAGAACCUCGCUUAACAUGGUACAAAUCAGGCCAGAAAAUCAAACCUGGGGAUGAUGAUAAGAAGUAUACUUUUGAAUCAGAUAAGGGUCUUUACCAACUUGUCAUCAAUAAUGUCACUGAAGAGGAUGAUGCUGAAUACAGUAUUGUGGCACGCAAUAAAUAUGGUGAAGACAGCUGCAAAGCUAAGCUGACUGUGAUUCCGCAUCCGCCUCCAGCAGAUGCCACACUCAGGCCAAUGUUUAAAAGAUUGCUGGCAAAUGCUGAAUGUCAAGAAGGCCAAAAUGUCAGUUUUGAGAUCAGGGUAUCUGGUGUGCCAAAACCAACUUUGACAUGGGAGAAAGACGGUCAACCUCUAUCCUUUGGUCCCAACUUUGAUAUAAUUCAUGAAGGUUUAGAUUAUUAUGCUUUGCAUAUCAGAGAUACUUUACCAGAAGACAGUGGCUACUACAGAGUUACUGCUACAAACAGUGCUGGAUCUACAAGCUGUCAGGCUUAUCUAAAAGUUGAACGCUUGAAAUAUGUCAAGCGUGAGUACAAGACAGAAGAAGAGCGGGAGAAGCAUGUACAAAGGCAAAUUGACAAGACAUUACGAAUGGCAGAAAUCCUUUCUGGGGCUGAAGCUGUUCCACUGACACAAACUGCACAAGAAGCUCUCAGAGAAGCUGCUAUCCUAUAUAAACCAGCCGUUAGCUCAAAGACUGUUAAGGGUGAAUAUGAAAUUCAGAAAGAAGAAAAGAAGGAGAAGGAGGAAAGGAGACUUCGUAUGCCAUAUGAGAUCCCAGAGCCUCGCAAACAUGUGCGUGCUGCUAUUGAGGAAGAUCAGCAUAUUAAACACUUUGUGCCUCUGUCUGACAUGAAGUGGUACAAGAGGCUGCGAGACCAGUAUGAAAUGCCAGGAAAACUUGAGAGGACUGUUCAGAAACGCCAGAAACGCAUACGUCUUUCCAGGUGGGAGCAAUUUUAUGUGAUGCCACUGCCACGCAUUUCUGAUCAGUACAAGCCUAAAUGGCGCAUACCAAAGCUGACACAAGACGAUCUUGAAAUUGUGAGACCAGCACGCCGGCGUUCCCCAUCUCCAGAGUAUGAAUAUCACUAUAGACCAAGAAGGCGAUCACUUGGCGACUUGUCUGAUGAGGAAUUGCUCAUGCCAAUAGAUGACUACUUAGCCAUGAAGAGAACUGAAGAGGAAAGACUGCGCCUUGAAGAAGAGCUGGAGUUAGGCUUUUCUGCUUCCCCACCAAGUAGAAGCCCUCCACGCUUUGAACUGUCUGCCCUUCGAUACUCUACUGCAGGAGCACAGGUCAGUUCCGAGGAAGAAAGAAAAAGAGAGCUGAGGUAUUCAAGCUAUCACAUUCCAACUAAAGCUGAGACCAGUGCAAGCUAUGCAGAACUUCGUCAACGUCAUGACAGGGCUGCCUACAGACCACCUAAACAAAAGCAAAGGAUAAUGGAUGAGAGGGAGGAUGAAGAAUUGCUCCGGCCUGUUGGCACUGAUCAGCGACUCUCUGAAUACCGGAGUGAGCUCAAAUAUAUGGCAGAGGAAGAAAAGAGUAGACUCAGGAGAAGGAGGGAAAGAGAAAUAACUGAGAUCACAUCAGAAGAAGAAGAAGAAAUAGAAAUGGUGCAAUAUGCUCACAGGGAAUUUUCACCUCCCUCUAGAUUACUAAGGAGAAGAAGAUCCCUUUCUCCAACUUACAUUGAGUUGAUGCGUCCUGUAUCAGAAUUAAUUCGACCUCGGUCACGGCCUCCUGAAGAAAGUGAGAGAAGAUCCCCAACACCAGAGAGAACUCGACCACGCUCACCUAGCCCAGUCUCUAGUGAAAGAUCUCUCUCCCGGUUUGAGAGGAUGGCAAGAUUUGAUAUAUUUUCUAGAUACGAGUCCAUGAAAUCUGCUCUGAAAACUCAAAAAACGAUGGAAAGGAAAUACGAAGUUCUGACUCAGCAGCCUUUCACCCUUGACCAUGCUCCUCGCAUUACCCUGAGAAUGCGCUCACACCGGGUACCGUGUGGCCAUAAUACCAGGUUCAUUCUAAAUGUCCAAUCAAAACCAACCGCCGAAGUGAAGUGGUACCACAAUGGUAUUGAGCUCCAAGAGAGCAGUAAAAUACACUUCACCAAUACGAGUGGUGUAUUAACUCUGGAGAUUCUCGACUGCCACAUUGAUGACAGUGGAACAUACCGAGCUGUAUGCACAAACUACAAAGGGGAAUGCUCUGAUUAUGCAACACUAGAUGUUACUGGAGGAGAUUACACUACAUACUCUUCCCAGAGGAGAGAUGAAGAAGUACCAAGGUCAAUUUUACCUGACUUGACAAAAACAGAGGCAUAUGCAAUCUCCUCAUUUAAGAAAGCAUCUGCAACAGAAGCAAGUUCCUCAGUAAGAGAGGUCAAAUCAGAAGUGUCAGCCACAAGAGAAUCACUUUUAUCCUAUGAACACUACGCUGCUUCUGAAGAAAAAGUCACUGCAGCUGAAAAAAAAUCAUUGGAAGAAAGGACUUCACACAAAGCAUUUAAAAGCACUCUGCCAGCAACAAUCCUUACAAAGCCACGGUCAAUCACAGUUUCUGAAGGGGAGACUGCAAGAUUUUCCUGUGAUGUUGAUGGUGAACCAGCACCAACAAUAACAUGGCUCCGUGCUGGUCAACCUAUGGUUUCUUCAAGGCGCUUCCAAGUAACACGAACACAGUACAAGUCUACCUUUGAAAUUUCUUCCGUCCAGAUAUCAGAUGAAGGAAGUUACACUGUUGUGGUAGAAAACUCUGAAGGAAGACAGGAAGCCCAUUUUACUUUGACCAUUCAAAGAACAAAAAUCCCUGAAAAAACAAUUAUAUCACCUCCAAGGAUAAAAUCUCCUGAGCCUCGUGUGAAGUCACCAGAGCCAGUUAAGUCUCCUAAACGAGUGAAAUCUCCUGAACCCAUCAGCAGUCCCCCAAAAGCUAAGUCACCACCUGGAGACAAAACGGUACCAACGGAGAAAGUACAAUUACCAACUGCUUCUCCACCAAAGAUAAAACAGCAUCUGAAAGCCGAAACUCUUGGAGAUAAGGUGAAGUUAUCCUGUGCAGUUGAAAGCAAUGUUUUAAGUGUCAGAGAAGUGGCUUGGUAUAAGGAUGGUAAAAAACUGAAGGAGGACCAUCAUUUCAAGUUUCAUUAUGCAGCAGAUGGCACUUAUGAGCUCAAAAUCCAUGAACUCACGGAAUCUGAUAAAGGAGAAUACACCUGUGAAAUUAUCGGGGAAGGAGGUGUUUCAAAAACUAAAUUCCAGUUUACUGGCCAAGUAUUUAAAAAUAUCCAUUCCCAGGUAAGAGAUGUGUCUGAAUCUCAUAAAACAGUUCAGAAAGAAGAUGAAUUACUUAUGGUUUCUACCCAGAAGAAAUCAGUAGUGGCAACUGAAGAGAAAUCUGAAGUUCAAGAAGUCAUUAAAAAGUCAGUUGUUACCGAAGAUGUCAAACAAUUGAAAGCAGAAAUUACAGCUUCUUCAACUAAAAUGACAAUGUCUGAAGGGCAGAAAGUAACAUUGAAAGCCAACAUUCCAGGUGCCUCUGAAGUGAAAUGGGUGCUGAAUGGAAUGGAGCUGAGAAAUUCAGACGAUUACAGAUACGGUGUUUCUGGAAGUGAUCACACGCUAACUAUCAAAAAGGCCAGUAGUAAGGAUGAAGGUAUACUCACCUGUGAGGGUAAAACUGAUGAAGGCAUUAUUAAAUGCCAGUAUGUCGUGACCCUUUCUAAAGAGCGCUCCAGUGAACCAGCAUUCAUCAUGCAGCCUAAGUCUCAAAAUGUCAAUGAAGGACAAGACGUGUUGUUCACCUGUGAAGUUUCUGGGGAGCCUUCUCCUGAAGUAGAGUGGUUAAAGAAUAAUCAACCUAUUGCAGUUUCAUCGCACCUCAGAGUAUCUCGCUCUAAAAAUAUAUAUUCUCUUGAGAUUCGAAAUGCAGCAGUGAGUGACACUGGAAAAUACACAGUCAAGGCAAAAAAUUACCAUGGGCAGUGUUCUGCUACAGCAUCUUUGACUGUACUCCCUCUAGUUGAAGAACCUCCGAAAGAGGUAGUAUUGAAGACCAGUGGCGACGCAAGCAUGCACGAAAGUUUUUCUUCUCAGUCCUUUCAAAUGGCUUCUUCUAAACAAGAGGCUUCAUUCAGCAGUUUCAGCAGUAGCAGCAUGACUGAAAUGAAAUUUGAAAGCAUGUCUGCCAAAAGCAUGUCCUCCAUGAAAGAAUCCUUUAUAGAGAUGAGCUCCAGCAGUAUUAUGGGGAAAUCUAGCAUGGCUCAACUGGAGAGUUCAACUAGUAAAAUGCUUAAAUCAGGUCUGAGAGGAGUACCACCCAAAAUUGAAGCUCUCCCAUCUGAUAUCAGCAUUGAGGAAGGAAAAGUUCUCACACUAUCCUGUGCCUUUUCGGGUGAACCUGCCCCUGAAAUAACAUGGUACUGCAGAGGGAGAAAAAUUACGAGUCAGGACCAGCAAGGCAGAUUCCACAUUGAAACCAGUGAAGAUCUAACCACCCUGAUCAUUAUGGAUGUCCAGAAGAACGACGGUGGACUUUAUACUCUGAAUUUAGGGAAUGAAUUUGGUACCGAUUCUGCCACUGUGAAUAUAAAUAUCCGAUCACCUUAGAAUGCUUAAUCUGUAUUAUUUACACUUGUAUUUUUACAAGUGAUUCAUAUAUGGACUGAAAUAUCUGAUAUGUAAAUAUAAAAGAAAAAUAUUUUUUUACCUACCUGAACGAGACAAAGUCCAGAUCUAUACAUUAUGACUUAUAGUCAUUAUUGACCUAAGAAUUUAAAACACUUUUUUCACUGACAUGUACAUACUGUAUAUAGCCGAAGUUAACGGUUAUGAAGUUUUGUACCGUUUAUUUUAUGACAUUUUGAAACGUAACUUUUGGAACUAACAGUUGGCAGGGGAAAGUUUCCUAGCAAACGACUACCCUGCUCAACAUUUAACUAAUUUUUGCGCCUCAACUGAUUGUUGAUGUCUAAGAAUGCCUCAACAGGUAGAGAAGCUCCCUGUUGAAGAUUACCGACACCUGAGACAUGAUACUGUGCACAGUAUUUCAUACGUGCACAAAUAUUUAUGUUGAAUCAGAAAUGUAAGGCAUUGGUGAUGUUUGCAAUUACCCUCCUGUAAGCAUUACUUUAAUGUUUUACAUUGGAUCUGAUUAUGUCAUAAUUUUCAUACCUGACUGACAAUUUCUGAACAAAGUGCAAGCGGCCAGCACUUUGUUCACCCACUGUGUACUGUUUCUGACAUAUUGACUGCCUGAAUAGCUUUUAAAAAAGCAACAUCACCUGGCCAUCCCCUUAAUAAACAAAGCUGUUUAGGUAUUCAAGUGCAGCAGCAGUACCCCAUCUCGGAGGUUCUUAGGGUGCAGUGAUUGAGUUUGUGUGGUAGUAUUAGACACCCAGUAGUCACUCCCAGGCAACUAAGCAAUGAACCACAGUUUGAAAACAAACUGUUGCUACAACAUCAAAUACCAGCCUGCACUUCAACUUGCUUUAGUUCUCCUAAUGUAGUAAUAGAGCUUGGUAGUAGCUGUUGAACCUCCUUGAGAUAGAAUUUUCAUUUGAAAUAAAGCAUGCUUUCUGCACCAUAAA